GAGCAAUGAAAUCAGCAAAAUGUUUCAAUUAAAUAAACAAAAAUCAUUUAUAUGUUGCAAUCAAACUCAAUCAUACCACUUCAACCUCCUGGGUCAUACCAUAAUACACAAAAGACGGGGGUGUCACAGCCAAACUGGACAAUCUUACAAUCACGAAUUCGGGUCUCUUUUUCGUUAAGACUAGCAAUGGCACUAUUGUUAUAUUUAAAUUAUAUGUACAUUCAAUAUUUUGACGACGUCAGAAACAUAUGUGACCUCGUUAUUUAGAAAAUAUAAAUGCUCCCCCCUCCUUUUUACAGGACAUUGGUCUAUCCAGGAAGCAUGUCGCUCUGUUUGGGGAAAUACCAUAAACAAACUGUUUUUUCCCCCCUCAACUGAAACCAACGGUUCCUCCAUCGUGUCGGUUUUUAUUGCGAUAAAAAUAUACUUAACUCAGUUCUUUGGGAAGUUACAGUUUUUCCCGUACUCGUCUGAAUCGGCUGGUCCACGGUGUCGGUCUGUGUGACCCGGAGGAGGACGUUUUAGGCUCCACGGAUUGAGUAAACUGCACUAUCUAUCUGCAGCUGCAACGUUCCCGCUGUUUGAAACCAUGUCUGACUUAAUCCUGGUUCUCCUGAUUGUCGUGCUGCUGGUGUGUUUGCUUUUGACAGUGGGGGGUUUCUUGCUGUACUCGGGACUGCUGUCAGAAGUGGUUAUAAAGACCGGGCCACCUCCUAUCAGAAAUGUGACCAUUGCUUAUAAAUUCAAAGAGGGAUCAUACAAGGACUGCGGGGCAGCCUACACCGAGACAUGCAGCAUUGGGCCAAAGCUUAGCACCAUCAGUGUCUUCUACGAUGACCCUAAACAGGUGAGACCCUUGGAGCCUGACUACGAUACACUGUACUUAAACAACAUAUAUGACCUCAUGACAUAACUACAAAACCUCAAGUACUUUGCAUCCUGAUAAGAUGUAACAGUAAGUGAGAUAUGCUUUGUUUGACCUACACAGUCUUUAAGAUAAACCAGGUUGAUGUCAGUUAUUCAAGCAGAUUUUCACUGUUUUAGAAAGUAUUUAUGAACUGUGGUAAACAGCCGUAACCCUUUAUUUAGUGAUGGGCACGGCAGUUCUUUUAGAUGUACUGAAUCACUGGAAUCAGUUCACAUAAAAAAUUCGUUCAAAAGAUUUGUUCAUCGAAUCACUGAAUCAUUCAGUUCUUGGCGGGAGGAGCCUGUGACUCCGGAUGUGUCCGAAAUGAAUCACUCAAUCCCUAACCCCUAACCCCCAUAUGGGGUUUCACUAUAUAGUUGACUAUGUAGCGAGCUCAAUUACUGGAGGUUUACGACACUACAUGGCAUGACGCAAUGCAUGACGGGAUGCCCACCACCGGUGAGUGACCAUCGGAUGAUCACUACAUUUUGCAAUGCUCUAUGGGAAAUUUGAGUUGCCUAUAUGGGGCAUUGGAAUUGAUCACUCGGGUUUCAGACACCCCUCAAAAUGGUGCUAUCUCCAAUAUAGUCGCCUAUAUAGGGGUUAGGGAUCCAUUUUGGACACAGCCUCAGACUUCCUUGACUUAUACACAGCUGAGUGAUUCGGUCACUGAACGUUUAGAAGAAUUCACACUGAACAUGCAUCAUUCCCUAGUAAACCCCUGCAAUGAUCGGAUGCUGCGGGUUUUAUCUACUACUUGUUACAUGCUGUGUCCUAUUGUAUGAAAGUUGUUGUGGUGGCAAUUUAGCAGUAAAAAGUUUAAAAAGUUAGUUUUGUCCUACAAAAAUGAUUCCAGAGAGUGUAGUUCAAUGCGUGAUUCCAUUACCAAGUGAUUCAGGUGUCGGUGCAUGCGGUCCCUCGUUUGCCGGCUGCUCACCUGGCAAUGCUACGUGCUGUAGCAUCUGCCCUGCUAACAGAUCAACUGAAAUGACAAAUGAACAAAUCACUUGAGGAAGUGAUUCGGUUCAGUAUGUUCACUUAAAAGAUUCGGCUCUUUUGAACGAAUCGUUCGCGAACAACACAACACUACCUCUAUUGCCUUUUUAUCAUAUUUGAUGCAUACUUUUAUGAUAUUUCUGUCAAAUUAAUAUAAUCAACAAAUUACUAAAAAAACACCUUAAUACAGUCCGAUAAGUGAUAAAAAUGUCCUCUUGUGGCUUAUCAGUUUUCAAAAACAUCUAAUGUAUCAAACAAGAUCAAUGAAUAUAUUUGUUAAAUUUUAAGGAAAUUUUGAUUUUUUUGGUUUUCAAUAGUGAAUGAAAUAAACAUUUCAGCUCCAAAAAAAUGUGAAUUUUCUGACCAUAAUUUGUGGUUUCAGGCAGUAAAGGGUUAACUUUGAGAUAUGACAGUCUAAUGAUAAUGUGACAGGCUAUGAAAAACAAAACACUCCCACAGUCAAUGAUAUGCUGAGGUGGCUGACAUUAUCCAGUGAACAUGUACAAUCAGACAUGUCUAAAACUGUUGCUAAAUCCUUAAACAAAUCCCAACAUGAAAGAGGCUGAAAGCAGUAGAUGUUUGCAGUUUUACAUUGAAAGAGACAAAAAUCACUAAUAAACCCCAAAGAUUGUAUCUGUUUCUUCAGUUCCAAUAAGUUUCCUGUGUGACUUUUCUACCCUCUUUCAAGGCCCUGAAUACAUCACAUGAAAGUUUACUGCACCGAAUUAGUAAAAGCAAUUUGUUCUAAAUCCAGUGUGUCUGGCUCAAGGGGUUAACAGCACAAGCAGUCUUUUGAAGGAACUGAGCCUGAAUGAUGAAACCAGUGAGCUGUUCAAUGCCACGUUGCACUGUUGAUAUUUUUUCCCCUCUCAUGUGCUGUUCCAGUAUGCUUGAGCAAUGACUGCUACCAACUGAGUGUUUCCCCAAAAGGGCAAACACACCCUCUUCACAUGUCUCUGAAGAGAGCUGAUGGCUCUGUGUAAUUGUCCCCUUCAAGCCCUAGUCUAAAUAUUUGUGAAUAACAGUCACAAUCUCAAUGCAGAAAGGCGAUGAAUCUCUUACUGUCACCCUGAUCUGAAACUGUAUAAUUGGAUCAUUUCUCAGCUGAGAUCUGUGGUCACCCCAGACUUUUAUGUCACAUUCAGCAGAUCAUCACGAGUUGUGUUUUCAGUCAACAAGAAAUGUCUGCAUAACAGCUGCUAGUUAGACGGGAAUGUUUACUGUGUGCCCAGCUGAUACGGGAUGAGUACACACUCUUGGUGCUAGGUUUGAUAUAGUUUCUCACAGGCCCAAGAGCUAAUUUUAUUGUUUUUUCUUGACCUAACAUCAAAAUAGCCAGUGUAACUCUUUGCUUAUCUUUUAUUGUGUCUGUUCUAUUGGCAUCGCAAAAGCUUUCUGCAGUUUGUUGAUUCAAGCCAUCUGACAAACACAGAUGCUUCUGGAUCAUCAGCCAAGAGGUCAUAGUGACCAGGUCAGAUUAGCUGAUAACAGGUAUAGCCUCUUAAAAGUAGGACAGGUAAGCAGGUAUUAUUAACUCAGUUGUGUUUUCUGACUCGUAGUGCUAAAGAUGAGCUCAACUUGUGUCUGUGUUACUGUAAAAUCCCUAGCUGCUGAGCUGGCUAUUCAUAAUGGAAUAAAGACUGUGGCACCCUGGCAGCGUUUACAUUGCUCUGCUUACCCUUGCCAGUUUGUCUGUGUCCUGUUUUAAAUAAAGGCUUUCAGUGGAAACCGUGACGUUGAGUCAUACCAGUGGAAAGUUGUGGCAAGAAGAGGCUCAUCAAGGAGUUUUUGAAACCUUUCUGCUGGUUUUAGAGUUUAGGGAGGGUCCGGAUCAUACUAGGAUGUCCAGAUGGCAAAAAAGUUUUUAUAUCGUUCUUAUGAUUCUGUCUGGGUGUCAUUGCAUUUGGCUCCAUUACAAUAAGCAAUAAGUCAGAAUUCACAGAAAAAAAAAAGUUGUAAAAAGUAAGGCUGUGCAAAAUCUUGUUUUCUUAGUAUGGGUGUUUUUAAUAAACAUUAUUAGCAAAAGUCAAAAUAUAUUUAGAAAAAAAUCAGUUUAAAUAGAUUGUGAGAACUUUUUCAUUUAGGAUGCCAACAUGUUAUCUGCGGGAAUUUAACGGCUGGGAUAGCUGUUAGCUAUCUCCAGAUUCACUGCUGCCUGUUAAGUGGUAAAAAAAUGCUUUUUAGAUUUUAUUUGAAUUCAAGAGAGAAAUGUUACAACAGAUUGAAAAUUGAGUUAUGUCUGUUUUACACUCUUUUGUCUUCGUGAAGAUUCCACACUUUAAGUCUUACUGUGAUCCUGAAUGCUGAAAUUCCCCUCAGUUAUUGUUCUCAUAGUUUAUAAGUUCAGUAUGCGCACAACAAACAUACUUAUCUGUAUUUUUAUAUUGAUUACCAAAAUGGUAACAGUUAUACCCCCACUAAAUCUCUGAAGGUGUGCUCUGUUAUCAGGACUCAAGAUCUUAGCAGCAGUCUUGCUAGUUGUGAGGUUGGGCUCCCAUGGGUUAGACUUGGUUGUUCAGGGUAUUCCUCAAAUGAUUGAAUGAUUGAAUGAAAUUCAGAAAGGCUGGAGGUCAAGUCAAAACUGCUGUAUUCCUCCAGAUGGCCUUCUUCAAUUGUUUUGUGAUCUAGCUGUGAUGCUUACAUACUCAUUGUAAGUGCUUACAGCUGUGGAUGGGGGUCAACAUGUGCACUCUGACCUGUACUACAAACCCAUCUACAUCAAAAGCGAUGAACUGUGUGGUCUGACACCUCUUUAUCAGAACUAACAAUAACCUAAUCAGCAAUUUGAUAAUAGCUCUUCUGUUAGAUUGGAUCACAUAGGCCAACCUUUGCCCCUUUGUUGCAUCAGCGAGGCUUGACCACCCAUGACCUUGUCACCGGUUCACUGUCCUUACUUCCAACUAAUUGUGUCCCACCCUCUAACACGUGCUAAGACAAUCAAUAUCAAACAAGACAAUCAAUAUUAUUCACUUGACCGUUCAGAUCUUAUAACAUUAGGGCUGAGUGGUGGAAAUACACUAAGACAAUUUAGGUAUUAUUAUUAUAGUUAAUGAUAACUAUAAUAAUGAUAAAACUUCGACCAACAUUAACAUUUCUAGUGCCUGGUGUUUCUUAUUUUAUGACAUUGGGAUACCUAAAUAAAUAUUUGUAUUGAUUUAUACUAAUAAAUAUAUUUACACAACUUCAAUGUAAACCUAAAAGUUAACACUUAUUUUUACAUAAUAUCACUGGAGGAUGAUAAUUCCUGUCAUAAUGGCUUCUGUGAUUGCAUUAACUUGAUAAUAUAUCUAGUUCUGUUUUGCCUGAGAACCUUCAGACUUGACUGAGAUUGUUUGGCUCACGAACUUACGCCGGAAUUACUGAUUGACUGUUAAAUCUUUUUUAUGCCAUUGAAAAUCCAAUGCAGUGAUUGUAGACCAAUGAGGGCACAAUACUCCUUGUAUAAACUUGAAGGGGGCAAAAAAAUUCCACUUUCCUUUCAGCUUUUGCACAAUCACAGUGGACUUUGAAACCCUCUGUAACCUCAAUACUUAGGAUGGCCACUGCAUAUAGAGUAAAUAACUAUUAAACCGUUUCAUUGUGCUGUCAAAGCCACUGAUUUCUAAAGAGGACAGUCAUUUCUGCAAAAUGAAAAAAGAUGAAAAGAGAUGGGAAAUUUAAUGAUGAAAACUCAAAAUAUCCAUUUGAGUAUUUUCCUUAAAUAAACAAUUAACAUAGUUUGAGUUCUGUUUUGUUUGUACAUGCGCAGUCAUUCUAGCAGAGCUGAAUUAAUGUGAUUAUGCAAAUGAGGUUAUUUCACAAUCAUGUUGUUCAAUAGAAUGGUUUGACUUGAGCAUAUAACAAUGAAUAAAUACUGUCUCUCUCGUCUAUAGUACAACAGGACAAUGUUUAUUUCUUUGCAUAUGAGCAUUCAUCAAGAAAGACAUAGUGUGGCGUCUGCCUCAUGGGCAUUAUGAGCAUUUUUAGCCUGUUUGUGAACUGAAUGCUGUGGCCACUAGCUGGCAGUGUUGGCACUGGAAUUAAGUGUCAAGUGUAGAAGGUGGGCAUAUCCUCCAAACCACCGAUCUUGAUAUUUAAUUUCUGAUCAUUUCAUUGGCAGUGUGACUCAUCCUUUCAUCCAUUUGUCAUACAAUUUGUCAAAAUGAAUUUUUAUCAAAUAAGAGUCCCCCCCACCCCUUAAAUUCACUUUGAAUUUAAGCUGUAACACAGACUCUACUUAAUAACUACAGUGAAAGCAAGUAUUUAAAAAAGCACCAGUGGUUUGUAUUUGUCACAGAUCACUUCUGAAUUUAUCAGUGAUAUCUCUCUCUCUCUCUCUCUCUCUCUCUCUCUCUAUAUAUAUAUAUAUAUAUAUAUAUAUAUAUAUAUACACAUAUAUAUAUUAAGUGAAGCAGCUCUUUGCACUGGAGUCGAUUUGAAUUCCCUGGUACACACGAGUAAAAAAACGUAUCGAUCCCCUAGAGGCAACACCAAUUAGCUCCAAAACAAGUUGCUUUUCUUGACGCCUUUUUCUUGUGUAUAUCCAUUCCAGUGCACUUGUGUUUGCAUGCAUACUUCUGAUUGCUGCAACUUAACGACACAAACGUCCUUAGCAGAGUUUAGCAGUCUGAUUCACAGGGGGUCAGUCAACCAGAGAAUGAGCGAUAGCACUGGAGGUUACACUUCAACCUCAGUAAACAAUUCAAAGCACAGUCGCCUCAGGCUCUGCUGUAAUGGGGCAUUGGCACAAGUAUUGAAUAAAUCCCAGACCAGAUUAAGUGCAGAUAUAAUAGUUGAAUUUUUGGUUCGCUACCUUUUGUUGUGUUGUUGAGUAUAAAGUCUACCGGCUGGCUGCCUGUCUGCGAGGAAUCUCCAGAGAAAAAUUCAUUAAUAAGAACGGGCAGCAGGGGAAGCUAAGAGGCCAGUGUAUAUGUGUGUGUGUGUAUUUGUGUGGGUGUUAUGAAGAAAAAAACUACCAGACAGCAAGCAACUCCAAAGAUAAAUGUCAUCUCAUAGCUUUAGAUAGAUUGGUUGAAGCUAGUGCUGGACGAUAAUUCGAUAACAAUAUAUAUUGAUCGAUAGACGUGUGGUGCGAUAGAAAAAAAACGGGUCGAUAAAAAGUUCGAUAGAAAAACACAGUUUCCCUUUCUUUUUCAUCAUAGCCUAUCAUGUAGCUUUUACUACAGUCAUUACUUCCUCCCAACCAAUCACAAACGCAGACCCAGGUACGCUACGGCACCAAGCCCAGCCCCUAUCAAACCACAACAGACAGCACGUGUAUUAGAAAAAAUGAUACAGCAAGGAGAAGGAGGACAUUGUCCCGAAAAAAGGUUUCAGUAGUUCACCAGCAUGGCAAUGUUUUGGUUUUUAGAAGUCUGACAAAAAGCGAACAGCGGUCGUUUGCAAAAUUUGCAGAGAAUUAGUAAAAACCAAGUCUGGUAACACAACCAACUUGUUUAACCAUCUAAACCGAUCGCACCCGCAGGAGUACGAGCUGUGUCGGCCGCGCCGCGGCUCCACGUCAUCGUCGGAGGAAUCCUCUGGAACCGCUGCCAGCACCAGCACAAAGCAAGUGAAGCAGACCAAACUGGACUUCGUUUCUUGCCAAAAUACGACAAAGCGUCCGAGCGGCAUAAGGACAUCACCCAUGCAGUAACAUGCUCCAUAGCGAGGGACAUACUGCCAAUAACUACCGCUGAAAAGCCUGGCUUCGACCAGCUUCUAGCCACUCUCGACCCGCGAUAUGAAGUGCCCGGCCGCAAGUAUUUCUCAAACACAGCGCUUCAGGCAUGAAAAUGGGUCAGGGGUUGAAAAGGUGAGAAUGGUGCGGAGGAAAUACGUUCAAAUGAGCUCAUAUUUUACAAAGACGCGAGUAUUUGGAUCAUGGCUACUAGCAGGGGGUGCAUUCGGCAGGGGUGCAUUCUACGACACAACACCGGCGUGGAUAAGUCCUGCUUCUCGUGCUUAGUUUGUGUAUUAAGUCAAUCACAUGAUAAUUAAAAAUAAAUAAAUCUCCCGACCCCGGGAGAAAUAUUUCAGUGUUCAGACACCAGGCUGUGGGCAGUUUCCCACACAGUUAAAACUGGUAGUAUGCUAUUCCCACCUAAAGCUAUUCUGUUUAUUUAUAUAUUUGUUUGUUUUGUUUAUUUUCAUCAAAAGACUAUUUAAAUAUUUAUUUAUCAGAUUUUCUGGUCACUUUAGUCUUUAUGUUUGUCAGUAUUUACUGACGUCACUCAGGCCACUUAAGUUGAUUUCUUUUUUUUUUUAGUUCUUUUUUUAAAAACUUUCAGUUGUGGUAAAAUAAAAAAGGUGGUUGAAUAAAGGUUUGAAUUUGAAUUCAGUGCUUGUGUGUUCUUUAUUAAAAGUAGGUCAUUCAGCAAUAGCAUAAAACAUCCAGGGCUGCAAUUAAAAUAUAUGUUAAAUAAUUAUAAUAAUUAUAUCGAUAAUUAUCGAUAUCGAUCAAUAUGAUUUAUUUUUUAUCGAUAUGCUUUUUUUCUAUAUCGUCCAGGCCUAGUUGAAGCAUUUUUAAGGUGCUAUGUUUUCUGCAGUGGAUAUGAUCAAAGCCUGUCCAUACUUUGUAAAUGUUCACAUCAAAUGCAGCUGUCGCUGUCACUGAUACCAUGAUAUGUUUGUAUCCAGGCCAAAGCUGAGCUGCUGUUUGGUUCAUCCUCUGAUCUGCUGAAUUCCUCACUUUGUUUUGGCUCUUGAAGCAAAGCCCCACGAGUGGCUCCCCAUAACAAGCAGGAGAAAAUGAAAUGUCAUGUGUAGACUCAUAUGGGAGUGGCAGAGAGAGAUGAGGAGAGGUGUGCUACUGCCUUAGAAGAGGGGCGCUAAACUGGUAGGAGUCUGACUCACCUUGAGAGCAUUGCAGUGCUCCAAUUCAUCAAUCAGAAUUUCAGAUCAGAGCACCGAGCAUCGCCUGCGCUCCCAGUCAAAUUUAUUAGCAUUUACGGCCGCUUGUCUGUCUGUCGAUGGCAACAACAUGAAAGGGGGGCUUCUGGCGAGGAGUUACCGCUUUUAAAGGUGGAUAUAAAAUGAGAAAUAAAUACGUGGAUACUCUGAAGUCGGGUCCCACAGGUCUUCAAGUCAAUAUUAUGCAAGAGUGUGGACAUGCAAGCUAUCCCCAUAGUACACCCCCGACCAUUAAUGUCUACAGUGAGAAAAAAAUGAGUAGGCAGCAAACCAGACAGAAUCUAUUAGAUAGAGGCUGCUUUUUAUGCAGGAACACAACUGUUAUAUGUGUGUAUUUUUGCAUGCAAUUUUGAUCUGUUCCUGCAAACAGUGUUGAAGAAAAACAUUCAAGCUGACAUAUUACCAUUAGUCAGUGAAAGAAGAUGGUGAAGAAUGCCUGUAAAUCUUCUGCACCAUCAAGCCUGUGACAUGCAUUGGCUGUUCACCCUGUGUUAUGAUGCGCAGGAUAUUGGAUUACACAGCCGAAUAUUUAUCAGAACAGCUUCCACAGAGCGCAGAGAUGCAGAGAGAGGGUUGGACUUUUAAAAGGGAGGAAGUGAGCCUAUGUAAAGGAGGCAGGGAUCCGUUCAUACCUCCUUUUAGAUAAGAUUAUCUCCUUGCUCUUCGACAUCUGGCUGGACAAGUGCCACACCAUGUCCAGCUGGCCAAGAAGUGGUGAACCAGCCCAACGGCUGUGGUGAGGGAAAACUGUGUUCUGCCUCCAGCAGGCUGCUUAUCCUCGCCAGUAAUUAUACAUGCCAGAACUCCCAGGAUGCCAUGUGUAAUUACCAGCUCAGUCUGAGAGCCGCCUAAAGGCACAGAGAUGCAUUUGGUUGAAGGAGAGAGAGAGUUAAAAAAAAAAAAAUGCACUGGCUCCUGACUCAAGGGCCCAUGCCUCAUCACUGCAGUGGACGCAUAAUCUGAUUUGGGCGCCUGAGGAGAUAGGACAUAUUGAUGUUUUGAACUUAAAAUGUAGUUAAGAUAAACCUCAAUUUUAUUUCAAUGUCAUUACAAGCAAUGGCAUAUUCAAGUGGUUUAAAUUAUGCAUGUCAGUGCAAUACUCUCUCUUUACACCAAAAUUGUGAAUUGACUAUACUCUGUAUUUAAUGACCAGCCAAUGUGACUUCACCCUGUGGUUGGCCGACCUUUUUUAUGAUGCCUUGAGUCUGAGCUGUCACUGUGUGGGCUAUCAGGAAAAAGACGUUAAGAAUUUGGUUGAUAUAGAGUAGAAAAAGUGCAUGAAGGAAGAUAAGAAGAACUUAACUUAUCUCAGAGGGGAAAUUCAAUACAUGUAUGUGCCAUAAAAUGAAAACAGUAUUAAUGUAUGGACCUCAAAGCUGGUGCACAGCAUUUGUGGGUUUUAAAAAACAUUAUUUGGCCGCUCUUUACGUACAUAAAAAAAGAAAUGACAACAACAUAAGUACUACUGAGAAGUUUAACUCAGUAAUUUAAGUUAUCUAAAGAGAUUAGGGGAAAUAGUUGCAUUUACCUGUUGGUCAAAAAAUGAUACCCCUUACACUUAGGGCUGGACGAUAAAACGAUAACGAUAUAUAUCAAAAAUUAAUUUCCCUCAAUAUCAAUAUAAACAUAGUCAGUAUGCUUUUCGGCAUUCUGGCAUUCUGCCAUGUUUUAGUAGACUAUACCAAUAGCCAAAGAAAAGGGGAGUCUGGGUCCGCUUCAUGCUGAACCAAUCAUGCUGAAUUAGAACCAAGUAGCAAACAACUGCGUAGUAGCAGGCUGCAGCUACACGCAACUAUAGCACUUUAACAUGUGAAGCCGACAGCACUGUCGGUGAGAAAAAAAGAAAAAAAAAAAGAUGACGACAUCGUCGACAACACUGGCAUGAAAAUGUCGGUGGUGUGGAGGUAUUUCGUUUUUUUGAGGUUGGACAUGAAGCAGAGUAAUGUGCACUUCAAAUUAGGUUGAGUACAUGUUCUCACAAAGUCGGGGGAAUACCUCAAAUCUUUUUCACCACCUGAAGCAGUGCUACGCAGUUGUGCUACGCAGCAGAGCAUGCGCAUUGAAAAUGGUUACAGAGCAAGGAGCCCAUGGCGCCUGUGCAGCCGAAACAGCCGACCAUUCAGUCUGCUUUCUCUAAGCGUAAUGUCUUACGACAAAACGUUGAAGAGACACAAAGAUCUCACAGAUGCAGUAGCUUAAUGUUUUGCAAAAGACAUGCUACCAAUAAGCACUGUUAUAUUUCAUUUUUUAUAUCGUGAUAUAUAUCGAUAUUGACUGAUAUGAAAAAAUAUUAGAUAUAUACUGUAUGUAUAUAUAUGUAAAUAUAUCGUGAUAAACUUUUUCCCAUAUUGCCCAGCCCCACUUACACUAGGGAUGGAACGAUAUCAAAACCUCAUGGUACUAUAUCCUCAGGAUAUUAAGGCCACGGUACUGUGGCUACACUGGUAGGUGUACUCCAAGUUCUUGUUUGAUACUGUCACAUGCCACGGCAUUAUUGCGAGAAUUUUGAAACCAAGAUACCAUGAUAUUUACAAAACCAUUACAUUCCUACUUUACACAGUUGUCACGAAUGAAGAAAUUACCUCAAGGGACUGAAACUUUCUCUGUAACAGAACAUUUUUUGUUCUGUAUCUUGACUGUGUUUAAGACCAGGUUCUGACUGGCUAAAAACCAGCAGUAAUUUAUUUUCGAUAGCAAAAGCAACGCCAAGAACAACCUGAUCAUAAAAGUCAUAUCCAAAAAACCUGCAGAAAAGGGUCUGGUACAUUUUAUUUUCACUUUGCCUCUUGACACUGUGAUUUAAAUGAAAUCUUCAGAGUAAUUGAUGCCAGCCAGUGGGCACAGACGUGAGAGCAGCCUGUUAAGCAAAGUAUAGCAAAAUUCUCAUCCUGCAAUCCUACCAGAGCUAGUGACUGCUUUAAACUUUAACCCUAAGUAGUCAUAAUAAUAGCAGCAAUUUUAAAGGUGCAACAUUUGUAUUUAUUCAGUUAGCUUUGUUUGGGUAAAACUAUACUCUCCUUGUUGCAAUUGGUGAUCUAUUAAUUUAAAUGAAAACAUCCCAUCACAGCCUACCUGCGGCCCCAGUGCUGUUGAGCCCUAUUAGUUUCAAUUUCCCACCCAGUGACUUUGUUUCUGCUGCCUUGUCUGUCUGCAGGGGGGCUGAAUGGCUCCCAAUCAGCUGAGACAGGUUAUCACUUUGACACACUGAGGCAAAAGACAGCUUUCGUUGAGAGAUAGCUUCUCCUGCAGUCCUCUUUUCUUCUCGCUCCCCUCAUGUCAGGCUCUUUGCUUGUGCGUUGAAGUGCCCCAAACACCAUCUGUCUCCUUGCCCCUGUUAUAGAAAGAAAGCGAUUUUGUGUGAACCACUGAACAGAAAAAGAGGGCACUCCAGCAAAUGCAGUUAUGUAGCUUGUUUGUGCGUUAUCUUUAUCCAAUGGAACUGGACUGCGGCUGAGUCGUGUUUUUUUUAAAUAUUUUUAUUUUUUCUAGGCUCUUUCAUGCUUUUCACAAACUUGGUCUGUUCUUUCUUAAUGAAUGCUACAUUUGCUGCUUGUCAUGCUUCACUGCAGAUGUUGAUUUGACAGUGCAGGAGUCCAGACAGGCUCCAAAUUUGCAGAUUUAUUGACUUCAGUUCAGUGAAGGACUCUUGUACAUCCACAGCCUCUUCUACAUUCUAGUAUAACGGUAACUCAGUGUGCCAACAGGAGCAUGAAGGACAAACAUGAUGUUUUGCUCCAAGGCUUUUUAUCAGCCAACAAUUUUUUUGAAUAACACUUUACAGUUAUUAUGCAAACUAUAUGUCAACCUGAAAAAGAUAGUCUUGUAGAAAUUGAUUUAUUCAUCUUUAAAACCUUGAUUUCUGCAAGAAAUGUGAAGAUAUUUAUCCUUGUGUCACUAUCCAUACCAGUAUAACUUAGAACAGUUUUUAUUUGCAGUAUACAGCAGUCAACAUGUUUAUUUUGACGGUGAAAAUAGGGAUUUUUUAACCGGAGCCCUAAAGAGGAAUUCUUCAGCCUUUUGCAUCCAGCCCCAAGAGGACACUUGAGGGACAGCAGCUCUUUGCACUUCUUUUUUCUGCUUGGUGUUUUUGGAGUGUUCGGGAACAGCUCAUUCCCUAGUCUCGGUCUUUAGGGUCAGUUCUUAGAAGGAAAAAUGGUAUCUAAACAACACUAUCAUGUGUCUCAUAGCAGCACUGCUUUGUUGCCUUUUCAUUGUUUAUGCUUUUCCUUUUAUGAGGGAGCUGAAGUCAUUGCCUUUUGACAUUGCCGCCACACUCUGCUUAUUCAUUUGAACUUUUUGUCCAUCAGUCAGUUGAGUUUUAAUGAGUGUGCUUAUAGUCUUUGGUCAGUCAGACCAUGAUACACUCAUUAUGAUCCUGGCUGAAGUCCCUGCAAAACAGAUUACAGGCCUGUUGGUCUCUGUCCUUUGUAACCUGCUAACACUUCACAAAUGACCAACUGUAAACCCGGCCAGCGUUGAAAGUAAUGCAUCCCGAUUGAUGAUAGCCAGGAGGGGAAAUGAUGCAGGGACCAAGAAGAGGAAAGAUGAAAAGAGUAAAUCCUCAUUACAUGUCUGCUAAUAAAGAAUUACCUCUGUCAGCUGUAUCGUUUUAUUGUUGGAGAGUCCUCAUCCAUCAAAAAAAAGCUCUUGUAGCCUCAAGCAAAGAAUUGCUUUUGAAAUUACUUUCUCCACCAACAGGUCCUUGGAGACUUGGAUAACAGGAAUCAGGUAGAGAUGGGGACAGCACCAUUUGUGACAUGAAGCCAUCUUAUCUCUCCUGGGUCAAGAGCUUUACCAAACUUAGACGUAUAUGUCUCCUUUUCUUUUUUAAAUUCAAUUUAAUGAGCUUGCUGAGAACACAGAAAUGUAGAAAAUGAUGAAAUCAGCAGAGGCUUAUUCAGAGGAAUUAUAAAAUAUAAAUGGGUGAGUUGGUCCUGCAGCUUAGUGUAGAAACAUAACAUGCCAGAGUUCAGUUACAGGAUAAAAGCGCACAAGUUUUCUCCCAUUAGCCUACUGUCUGCCUCUCACCUCAGCUUAUCAGAGGCCACAGUGGGCUUUCCUCAGCUACCUGUUAGAAAUGGGAUGGCCCAUUGUCUUUUAAAACACAGCUUUAGUAGCAGCAGACUUCAAGAGACAGUGUCUUAGAAAUUCUACCUUUUGUGGUGGUAGAAUUUCAGACACAAACAAAACAACUUUGGUGGAGAGGAUGAGACAAGUCAAGUACAUGGAGUGGUGUUCUUCUCUUUCCUAAUUGGCGGCAGUCUCAGGGGUUGUUAUCUGGAGGGAAGCAGAGAUGAGAUGCAGUCAGGACGGCUGUUUGUUUUUUAGCCCCUGUGUGGGAUGUGAAUGAUAGCUACAGCCCUGAAUGAUAUCAUUAGUGAACUACUGGCUCGGCGAACACACUACAGUCAAUCAGUGUGGCGAGCUUGAAAGAUAGGGAGAUGGUAGGAUACUGGAGCGAGACGUGGGAGGACAGUUGUUAUCCCCUUUGUGUUUGAAUGGCUAUUGUAGCAUCUUAUCAUAGACCACCAGUGUUGACAAGGAGCAGCUCAGUACAGAGAGCUUGUUGACUUCCACUUAUAUGUAUGAUACUUUCAUGUUCAGAUGAGCCUCUGAGUAGAAAUCCAAUUAGAUAAGACCUUGUAAAAUAUAUGUUAAAUGUAUAUAAAAAUGAAGGUCUUUAAUAUUUUAUUCAGUGUUUAAAGCUGCAAUUUGAAGCUAUCCCUCAGUUAUUCUGGAUCAGUGAUUUACUCCAAAUUGUGAUAAGAAAAAUUUAUACAAUAUUUAAGUGAAGUUUUACCAGCAGGAAUCAUUUUUUGAUAUUACUUAUAACAUGAGGACAUAACAGUUGAUUAUUUUCCCCAUGUUUUUCCAUACAUUUGACAUACUAUGAUAAAUACAUAUUGAUAUUUACAGCCAUAGUAGCAGCUUCUAAGGUAGCAGUUAAACAAAGUGAAACAAGAGGCUAUAUGCUUUUGCUAGCAUGUUAUAAAUGAAUGGUAAAAUCUGUAUUAAAGGAUAUUCCAGCGUAAAAUUAAUUUAGGGUCAAACACACCAUAACACCGAGUUAGAAACACCCUCGACAGAUAAAUGUUGCCGACUGCUUGCUUCUCUAGUUAUACCAACUUUAGUAACAACCACACAAUAGCAAUACACAGCGGUGUGAGGAGCCUUAAACAAACCUUUAACAAAAAGCCACUCUAUAGCCACAAAUAAUGCUCAGAACAGCACCUAACUUCAUCAACAGAACAUAUAGGGUCCCAGCCAUAGUACUACCCACCAAACAUCUUUUUAACUUUGCCUAAUUUCUUUAGCAAAGAGACUAAACACAACUCACCUACUCUCUUCCAGCAGCCACUUGUUUGUUGCAAGACCUCAGGCCAGUCCAUUACGGACUGCUGCGGGGUGACGCAGCUCAAGGAAGAACAUUUAUGAUCAUUUCUUAAUGGAAAUGCAAUUAGACUGAGACGCUAAGGCAGAAGAACUACCGCGUCUGCAGUGCAAAUUGAUUAAUAUGGUGAUUAUAACUUCAAGGAAAUUCUAAAGUAAUGAUCAUAAAUGUUCUUUGAGCUGCUUCACCCCGCAGCAGUCCGUAGUGGACUGGCCUGAGGUCUUGCUACAAACAAGCGGCUGCUAUUGCUAUCGUGCGGUUGUUACUAAAGUUGGUAUAACUAGAGAAGCAAGCGGUCGGCAACAUUCAUUUGUCGAGUUACGGUGUGUUUGACCCUAAAUUAAUUGUAUGCCGGAAUAUCCCUUUAAAAAGUAAAUGGUCAAUGAACUUGCACUAACAUAGUGCUUUUCCAGUCAUAGCACUUUUAUGGUACUUACCACAUCAACACAUCCACACUACAUUCAUACAGUGAAAACACUGACACUAUAGCAGGGGACUGUCAUUAUUAUCUGGGACUGAACUCCCAAUCUUUUGACCAAGGGACUCUAUCAUUGAGCCAUAGCCGCUCCCCAGACACAAACAAAUGUAGCUAAACCUAGUUUAAUACAUAAAAUGCCCAUGAUGAUAAAGGCUCCUGUUGCCAGCAAACUGUCCUUAUGAAUUGUUGCUGCCAGAGUUUUGGCAGCCUGAUGUCGGGUUGAAUGUUGUCUAAAUAGAUGCCAUCUCAUUAUAAACUCUCCCCCAUAUUUUAUUUUAUUGCAAUAUGUGUUACUAGAGUAAGACAUGGAUUUGAUUUAACAUUGCUGUGAUGAUUGACUCCAACAGUGCUUAUACAGCCAUUAUGACUGCUCAUGUUUACAGUGACUCACUGCUACAUCGUAAAUAGAUCCAGUGUAUCUUAUGCUGCCUUGGAUGAAUGAUACUCUGUCAGAAUUAGGUGAUCUGUGAUGUCUUCCUCAUGGUUAAACACAGAAACAAGGGUCUCUGUCAGGUGACAGUGGAGAUUAUCGCCUCAUGCUGAACAGAUGCUGUCAGUCAUUAUUAUUACCCUCAUGAUGCAGGCAUUAAGCGGCACUGAGGGUUAGGGGUGGGGUGAUCAAAUAGAUUUAUUUCAGCCUGGGAGUCUCACUGGCAGCCAACAAAUGCUGAAUUAUGCCACAAAAGCUGCUGUGUGAACAAAGUGGGAUGACUUGGAGGAGUGCAGUGUAGUAGCAGUACAAUGCCGUCAAAAAUAUCCCCGAAAGUGAAAAAAGGAAGGGAGAAGAAGAGAAGAUUGUGGCGUUUAGAUGUGGUAAUUAUGCAAGGAUGCCAGGGACAUGAGGAUGAGUGUUGCUGGCUUCCAUCUGUGCCCCCUCAGUGCCAGCCCUUCAUAGUCCGCCACUGUCACAGAGCACAAACCAGCAGCAAGUCUUCAAGGACUGUAGCAUGGUUUUUGUGGUUUAUCUCUUUGGUAGAGAUCACACAGACUAGAUUUCUAAGACUAGAAAUCAAUAUUGUACUAACUUUCUACAAUUAAGGUUGGAUAUGCUUUAUUUUUUUUAAUAUAAAGUACAGUAUGACAGUCAGAGACCAGGCUUAUCUGAACUGUAUUAUACAGAAGUCCAUGUUUCUUUGUUCUCUUUAUCAUAAAUCAGCUGAUUUGUAUCCUAAAGUUGAGUUUCAUACAGUGCAGACAUUAAGGGAAGUAAGUAGUAUCUAACAUUAAAGAUAUUUGUGAUUAUAGUCUGUGCAUGUUUUUCUCCAGUGUUAUAUCAGUACACAUGGCAAUAAACCUGCAUAAAUAAAGGAAUCCAGUUUAUUUUACCUGGCUUAAAAUCAAGAGAAAUAUAGAUCCACUAUAAAAUUGAUAUCAGUAGAUUAAGAGAAAUAUAGAUCCACUCUAAAAUUAACAGCAGUACUGGCCUCUUACAUAGACUAAAAGGGAUAUUAAGUAUCAACAAAAACACAUAUAAACACACCAGUCCCCUUGGUAUCAAAAUAAAACAACACUAAACCCCCUGCUAAUAAAGACUUCAGUGUUGUUUUAUUGAAACUAAAAACAGUCUGUCUUGAGUCAGUAAUAUUAGUGUGAUAGUGACACUGUAUUCUUAUAUUUUCACCUAUUUAUAUCAUGUGUUAUGUGGAAAAUGUGCAACAAGGGAAAAGUGCAAAACAUGUUGUUUGUGGUUGUCAUUGGUAUGUGUUAUUUUGUAUGUCGGCUGUCAGUUGCAAGCUUUUUAUUGGUUAAUCUGUGGGAGCAUCUAAAUUUUAGCAGCACUCAAAUCCCAGACCUACAGAAUAUAAUGUUUUAUCACAUAGUAUCAUAUUGUUUGCAUCGUAUUGUGUCAUGAUCAAUUGUAUUGUAUUGUUGCAUAUUGUAUUUUAUUGUAUCAUAUUGAUUAGCAUCAUGUCAUAUCAUAUCAUAUCGUAUCGCAUUGCAUUGUAUCAUAAUCGUAAUUGUAUCGCAUUGCAUUGGAUUGGAUUAUGUUUUUUGGCGUAUCUUAUCUUAUGGUAUUUUAUCACACUGUAUGUUAUUGCAUUGUUUUGUGCCAUAGCAUGACUGGAGCCAUCAGAGUUUUUCCAUUAACAACAUAACUCUCAUAUUUGUGACACUGGUAUCAUUCAGCUGUUGUCCAGUACUUCAUUUCAGAGAUUGUUUUUGAGAGACAAAAAUGUUAUCAACAUACUUUCCUAAAGAUGUACCUGGCUACUUCAAAUUAAAAGCACCAGAAACUUUCUGAAAUAUAAAGUGUACCUGUUGAACAUGAUUUGCAGUACUCUGACAUGAAAUCAAAAGAAGUGAAAGCCACGUUAACAACAGCUCCCAUUUUCCAUCUAAAGCUCCACCUCCAGUCUGCAGACAGAUGUGAGUGGGUGAUACUCUAUCAGAUACUUUGACAAUUUAUGAGGUGAUUGUGUGUCUCUGUCUGUCUCAUCUGCAUGCAGACAUGUGGGCAGUCUUGGAGGUUUUAUAGUGGCAGAGAUGCUUAGUAGUAUAAAAGAGUUAACAUCAAUGUCUGCACCUUUUUUCUGCUCUCUCCAAGCGUUAUUAGGAAGAUGAAUGAUGUGCAAGCUCGUGGCUAUUCUGAAGAAACAAGUGUACACAAACUGCAUCUUGUUAAUUUAUUUAAUUUAAUGUUAAUUUAUGUGUCAGUAUCUCCAUAUCUUUAUAUCUUUGUUUUGAGUGGGAAAUAUACUGUAAAAAUAGCUUCAUUUUUAUUAUACCUUAAUUAUAGCGUGAAAAGAAGGGACCAUUUUCAGUACGGCUAAAGUUUAAUCUGUCACAUAUGUGACCCUGGCUGUGUGACGUUUACUACUGAUGGCAGCGCUCUGUGCAUUGGCUGUGAGGACUAUGUGAGGAUGCAAUGUCUCCUUAAAUUUAAAUCAAACUAUCUGUUUUUUCACUUUCUUGCAUGUUUAGCUUUUUGCUGUUGCAGCAUAUAUCACAUCAGUGACAAGAACCAGUUACAUCCUGAUUCGCCCCUUCCUCUGGGUCUUCCUGUUUUCUUUUGAGCCCUCUUUUCUUAUUAAUAAUAUUGCAACCAACAAUAAUGUUCUGCAGUAAAACACAACAGAACAACUAUCACACUUUUCUUCCAACAGAUGGAGCUGCAUUGCUUUGUUUUGUGGUCGUAUAUGUAGGCUACACAUUUCCCCCCUUGCAAAGCUCUGCAAAGGGCUUAAAGGGGAUUAAUACAUAUUUAUGUAAACUUCUACCCAUCUUUUCUGUCCCCUCAGAGGCCAGCAGAGAAAUGUCGCUAUGUGGUGGGCAGCGUCCUGAGCGAGGGUGAAGAGAGGCCAGAUGAAGAACUGCAGGAGAUGUAUCAGAAGUUUGGCUUCAAAGUAUUUUCUCUGCCUGAAGUGAGCCAUGCUGUGACCACCAGCUUUCCCUGCACCACAACUUUGUCCAAUGUGCUGGGACCUUACAGAGUCUACCCCAGACUUUCUUCCUACAUCGAGGUAAAGACAUCUUAAAAAUUUAUUACCAUGAUGUGGAGCAGAAGCCAACUGAAAAAAGCUGUUUACACCUGGUAUUAAACAUCUCCAUAAUGUGUCAACCUUAAGCACUGCUGUACUAAUGCACCUCACAUGCGUCUCUAGUGACCACUUAAUGCUGGUAAACAAACACUCAAACACAUGGUCUUGAUUCCUUUAAUUAGUCCAUGUAAACAUAAACUGAUAAAAAAAUACCCUGUCAUGCAUAGUUGCAGAUUAGAGAGAAGGGAGGCAGUCAUGGACAAGCAAGAGUAAGAAAAUGAGUGGGUGAAAAUAAACAGAGGGGUUGAUGAAGUGGUAAACUUUCUUGGCUUGUGAAGCCUUGUGUUUCUCUAUACUUUUGUUGUUCAUCAGCGAGUAUAUAAACUACACUGCUACAUGAAGUUUACUAGACCUCACCAUGAAAAGCCUGUUUUGUCACUGAGCUGAAUCAUUAUAAGCUAUGAAUAACUGCUACAGCUGUAACCCAAUUUCUUCUUUUGUUUGGUAUCAGUGAAUAAAAUUCACCCUUCUUGCAGAAUUAUACGAGGCACGAUUUAUCUUUUAUUUUUGUGCACAGCCUAUAGUAAUGCAUAAUGCUUUAAAUUAGAUGAGAAUUAGAAAAAUUUCAAAUGAUAUUCAUGAAAAACAGCAAAGAAUUAUUACACCAGACAACAAUAAAUAGCUGACUGGGGGCCCUUCGAUGUGCCAUCCAUGCUCCCAAACAAAUGUAUGUCUCAGACUUAGGGCAACCUUUGGUGUUACAGUUUAGAGCCAACAAAAGUGCAGUUCCAUGUGUCUACUUACGGUUGGAUUGAAAUGCCAAAGAAUCUCCAUCAGGCCUUGUAUGGAAAAUGAAUAUGAUUACAGCUAUAUACAUUCAAUCAUUGCAGCCUCAAUAGUGUAUUUUUCUAUUCAUGAUAACUGUGUAGGAUAAAAGUUUCCAUAUCAUUCAUGCAUAUUGAUUUUAUUUUGGCUAAGGGUUAACCAUAAAAAUUGCAUUAUAAGGGGUGUGGGUGUUGAAUAAUAGAAGGGUGUUUUGACGCUAUUUGACAGGGAGCAUAAGGCCCUCAAAGCUCCACCUAUUUCUCUCAAACAAGAUGAAUCAUAACACCUCUUUAACUCCUCUUCAGAAACCAAUGAGUCUUUGUCCAUGUUUCAUACAGUCCGUUUUAUCUCAGACCACUUUCUAAUACGGACCGAAAUACUGAAUGUCAAUGAGCCCUUGUGAUUGGAUUACAAUAGUUGCAUGUUAAUGCCAGGUGUAAACAGGCUCAAUGGCACUUUCGACCACAUGGGAUCACCAGAUUAUGUAAGCUGCUGUUUUUGAAUGCUUAUAACAAAGAUGGAUCCCAAAGGAAACCCCAAACUGCUUGACAACACAUGCAUACAUGUAGGAAAACCAAACCAAGGUUAUUUCUUCACUCUCUUGUUUCUCUGAAUUUCAAAUUCUACUAUCACUUGUCCUUCUUCUGUUUCCCGCUUGCAAAAUGACCCUCACUCACAUGUUGUUAAACUCAUCACAUGUACAGAUGAGGUUCUCAUAAGCAGAUUAAGAAUGGAUGAGUUAGAAGAUAAUGAAGGUAGGUGUGAUUCCUGCAGCCCAUAUGCUGGGCUUCAUGUCCCGAGGACAGGCCUCAAAAUGCUAUUGACAUUUACUGAUGACAUUUACACACAUGGAUUCAUUUAGGGGCAUCCCACUGCAUGAAUAAUGCUUAGAGUAUGCGUGAGAGUGUGUGUGAGAGUGUGGGCACGCUCUUGCUGGUCUCUUCACAUUAGGUAAAAAGGAUUCACUUACAGUAUAGAUGCACUUUUUUACCUGUUGUAGGGGUUCUAACUUUUUCUUCCUCAUAUGCAUGACAGUAAAAAAAAACAAAAAAAACGGGCUGUUUUAUAGCUAGAGGGGUCGCACUUGAACUUUAAUCAAUCGCUGUUCCUCUUUAAUUCUGGGAACCAUUUUAUUAGUUGACUGCAAGGUUGGAGCUGUCUGUUCAAAGCCAGCGCAUCAUCAGCAUGUAGUGCCAAAACAGUGAAGCUUUUUCUGUGUUGAGUCACCCAUCUGUUGUUGUGUUUGGUCGAGCAAAAGGAAGAAGAGGGGCAAUGACCUUGGCGAUGGCAUUAUUCAUUGGCUGUAUCCAAAUCUGCAAGCAUAUCAAAGCCAUGCUAAAGAUAGCCUGUUUGUCAUAGGCAGACUAUUCUGAAAGGUCUAAGUUGGUUGUGGUGUUGACUUUCGGCACUGAGGAAAUAACUGAGAUUUUGCACCUUUCUUCAAAUACGGCAGUAGCUGCACAUAAUAUGAAGAGAGAAGAGUUACACAAUGAUGAUCAGCUCUAUUUUUUGCCUCCCAAUCUGGAAUGUUUUGCUGUCAAUAUACUACAUUUCUUGUGAUCUCUGAGCGCCUUCUGCUCUUUCUGUUAACUUCAACUCCCCCCAACGUUUUUCACCUUUCUUGUGUUACACCCUAAUAGCAUUCCUGCACCCACAUGGCUUAACCAACCAGUAUGAGCUGCUGGUCCUUAGAGAAUGAUCUCUGUGGGUGUCCUAUCAAGCAAACACAAAUGUUGUUUUUGUUGGUUUGUUGCAGCCUGGAAAUGAACAUUUGUGGCUCCAGGGGCGUCACUAGACCUAAUGCUGUACUGGGGCACACCUGGGGCACAAAAAAUUCAUGAGAGCGCGCAAAGUGUGUGAGAAAAAAAACAUAUUCAGCACUUAUUUCUCAUAAAAAAUACCACCCUUCCUUGUGACAAAACAGUCACCUGACCAAAAAGCAUUCUGUAAGAAACUGGCAGGUUUUUUGUUUUCCAAAAAAUUGUUUUUUGUUUUUUCCUCAUAUGGGAGGUUUUGUAUUUCUGUAUUUUUGUAUAUUCUGCCAACACUCUGUUGUUCCACUUUGUUUGGACAGACAUGAAAAUAUAGAUAUAAAAAAUGUUUUUCUUCCUGAAGAUAGGCCAUUUGAGAACCACUGCACCAUCCAUAGGCUAUAUCUGUCAACUAACACAAGCUUACUCAAAAUCAUCCUUGAUGCACAGGUCUAGAGCAGAACCAGCAGAACCAGCAGAUCAUAACCAUCAUUAUGUUUCAUGCUGAUGAAACUCACUGGAAAUUCCCCCCACAGCUCGUACAACAAAUUAAUAUGGUUGUCUUGAUACAAGGAAUAACUUUAGCUAACUUAGCAUUAAUUUAAGACAGACUUAUGUUGCCUAGCUAGCUAGGACUUCACUUACCUCUCUCAUUCCUCGCUGCUUUAUCCCUGCUUUCUAACUUUCUGAUAUCCAUCUAGGAGUUACAGUUCGAGUCAAAUCAAAAUCAAAAUAAUAUAUUUAACAAGUUGUUGUCGGCUAACGUUACCUGCCUCACGCAGUGAUUCUCAUCGCCUGCUCUCUCUCUCUCUCUCUCGCUCUCUCGACUUCGAGUUGACACGGAAGUAUUAUCAACCGAAGUCACAACACGUGAAUAAAUUACCAUAUUAAUUAGCCAUGUGCGCAUUGUUUAUGUGGAGUGAAUACAGUAGCACUGAAUUACCAUACUAAAUAGUAUGUGCGCUGUAGUCGAUGCCAUGUAGACUUAAAAACUCUGAAGGGAUUUUUUUUUUAUUGGUGAAAUUUUUACUGGGGCACUGCAGAUCAAUACUGGGGCACGUGCCCUAGUGAAAUCUGUCUGGCGACGCCACUGUGUGGCUCCAGAAGACUUUGCAAUAAAGUCAAUAAAAUAAUUCUGAUGUAUGAUGGUUUCAGUUCCCAAACUCUGGUGAAGACAACUAAAACAAAUGCAGAAGUGCAACAAACUGCUUUUUUUGGCCCCAAACAUAGACUGUAUAUAGAAUGGAUGCCGUCUGCCUCCUCGCUGGGUGAAGCCACUCUGAGAACAGCACCCUCUGUUGAUGGGCUGCAGUAUAGGUCAUAAAUCCCGCUUCCGCCAGCAAACCUUAUGGGGCUGUGGACAAACUUUAGAAAUGUAUUACACAAAACAUAAAUUUUUCUCCCCCCGGUUUGUGAUGUUGACAUGUAGUUAAGUUAAUAAGUUAUUAGAAGGUUCAUGUUUUCUAUGAUUGAUACCUGAUACGUAGCUCUCCCGGGCGAUACACUGUUUUAGCCGAGCGUCAUCACAGCGACUCUUGGCGGAAUGCGCACAUCGCUACUGCGCAGCACUGGUUUUAGGAAAUGAAGAAAAAUCCCGGAAAUACCGAGAGCUGUUUGGUUUCAAAUCCAUAUACAGGCGGUAGGCGGAACCAAAUUGUCCAUAGUUUAUACACUCUAUGGCCCCAAACAUCAAGAAAAACUCAUGAGCACUCAUGUUAAAAUGCCCUUUUUAGCACAUUUCCAUGUAACAGAUAAGAAGGUGCAUAGUUGGUUGCCAGGGUAGCAUAAGCUCAGCUCCACCUCAUUGGCAGUUAUGCAGCUUAGCCAAAAGUUAAUUGGAGUCAGCAUUUCCGAUAUGGUGACCAGUAGGAGUCGGGAUCACUUGUGGCCCCACGAUACAAUAUUAUCACGAUACUUGAGCCACGAUUCGAUAUUAUUGCGAUUUUAAACAUUUUACGAUACAGUAAGUACUGCUUUAGCAUAUACUGCAAAUUGUAAAAAAUUUCAACUACUUAGCUGAUUUAGCAUCUGUCUUUCUCUUAUGUUUGUCUUACUGUCGAAAUAUUUUAUUUUCAUGUAGCAUUUCUUGCAAACCUCAUGUGUCAGGUCCAUCUCAUUUGUGCCCUGCUUGCAUUCCUAAUGUCUUUCCCCAGGUGCUCUAUGAUAUCACCUCUGCUAACCUCACUGGACAAACAAUUGAUUUUAUUUUUCCAUUAUCAUAGAUCUGAGUCCAUAUCAAUUAAUUUGAAAAAAUGAUACUUCGUAGAUGAGACAAUAGGCAAAAUAUCACAACACUUUGCUGUAUCCAAAUUUUCUCCCACCCCUAGGGUUCAGAAUUACUACGCUUAUGUUAGUAUAUGUUUGCAAAUGGAGCUGGUGAUGAUUCCCAGAAAGUAAAGACCAAAAAGUUUCAGCAGCAACAUUAUUUAGCUCAUCAUCCUUCCUUACCUUUGUAGCUUUUUGUGGUGCGGUUUAGCUGUUACACCACACACAAAAAAGGUAUAACUCCAACAUGUGCCCUGACACAGUUCAAACAGUCUGAAGGAGUAGGAGUAGAUUCCCUUCAUGUUAAAAUUCAGCAGUGUUCCCUUUUAGGAUCUAGCACUGUUGCAUAAUCAUAGCCAGUGUCAGUGUGCAGCUUCUGUCUGUCAGAUAGAUUAUGUCAGCGUACAUAUAGCAUCAGUUUUUACUCUCUAAACUCGCCCGCCAUGAGGCAGAAAGGCUUGUUACAGACUAUCAGUUGACUCAAGUGCUGUGACAGGCUGUUACAGAGCAGCUCGUGCACUGUAGAUGGUCUGAUAACACUGUAACAUUCAGUUUGAAUCCUGGAGUGGCAAGUACAUCAUGCAUACUUACUACAGUGAGGCUCAUUAAUAAUGGAGUAUCGUUUAGAGGAGCCUGGUUUGGAGGGGGGUGGGUGAAUGCGUUGUAAAUGUGUGCUUGUGUACUAUAUGAUUAGGUUUAGAGGAGAUGGGAGACACUGGUGUGACGUACCUUUGUGCUUUACUGUAUGAAACUCUUGCCAGUCUGUGUACAAAUAAUGAAAUAGAUUCCCGACAUGCAUUGUUUAACUUGUGGUGGUGAAUAGAUGGCAGUAAAACAGGCUGAUAUAUUUUUGUCCAUCCCUCUGCUGUAAAAAUAAUAAUGCAAAUGGUGCUAACUCUUUCAGCAAACACAGUGAAAUAUCAGCAAUGUGUGUCUAAAGUUGCCUAAACAAUUAAUUGUUGUCUCCCUUUCUUGUCAGUUGAACAAAUUCUUGAAUAUUUUUAUUACUCUAGGCGUGAGUUGUUUGUCAUAUGUUGUGUAGCUUGGCCAGCUGUCACUAGCCAGGACUACUGCCUAAAUGCUCUACUACCUGAGUGCUAACAAUCAUUCACGCACAAAACUUCAACACGUAAUCAACACAUUAUCCAAAAUCACUGGCUACACCGUCCCAUCCAUAGAGACUCUGUAUCAAAGACAAAUCACACAGUGAGCACUGAAAAUCACCUCUGACCAUACACACCCUACGCACCACCUGUUCACACUCAUGCCCUCUGGAAGGCAUUACAGGUCUUUGUCAGCCAACUCAGCCGGAUUUAAGAACCAUUUUUCCCCACUGCCAAACGGUCACUAAGUGAAUAUCUGAAGUUAAUUGUAUCUACAUCUGUUGUCUUGUAAUGUUGCAUUGUUUGAUUUCUGAUGUGAGCAUGAUGUGCUGUACCGAAAAAACAAAUUCCACCAACACUGGUGUGGGGCCAUUUACAAAUGAUUCUGAUUCUGAUCAUAGUUUUUGCCCAAGGUGAAAUCACCAGCUGGUGAGUUAGUUAGUAGGACUGAGCGCAGACAGAGCACGUAUUCAUCAGAAUAAAUGGUUGAGAUAUUUACAGUUAAAAGAGUAUAUAAAGAAGAUAAUGUUACAAUUGCAGAAAGAGGAACAUAGAUUUCUUGAAUGGGCUGUUAAUACGGUACACACAUGAUUAGCCAUUUAAAUUGUAAACGGUGAAGCUGAUAAAGACAAUUAUGAAAUCUUAGUGACUAGAAAUUAAACCUGAAUGACUGCGAUAAGUAUGCUCUUCAGUAUACAUGCGUAAAAGUAUUAAAAUUCACGUUCAAGCACUCAAACUGAUUGCCAUGAAAUUAAAAAAAGUGGUAAAGACAAUAACAGAAUUUUGAUCUUUGCUUUUAUUAUGGUUAAAUCUUCCAAUAAAGUUGGAUGUUAAAGUUGAACAUGUGUCUAUUGGGACGGACUCGCUUUUGGAGUCACCCUCAAGUGGCCAUUAGAGGUACUACAGUUUCUGCACCACUAUGUUUGACUUAAUUUUUCAGUCUGUUUUACAACCUCCCUCUGUUUGAAGCCUGUCCCUUUUCAUGCGUGCCAGUUUCUUUUAACAUACUGUGACUGAGAAGACAAGCGGGGUGACAUCUUUGAAUCCAUAGAUGUUAAAACUGUGGGCGGACCAAAUGUGUUUGCUGAAGAACAAGAAAAUACAUCAAACUGGAUAAAGAAUACCCAAAUCUGUAUCACCACCUUACACAAUUAGGCUCCUGUAGGUUGAUUAUGUUUCACAUAAAAAUAUUGUGUGCACGCAGCUUUAAUCCUUUUAACUCUUAGUCAAGCAAAGCCAACCAGCACUGCCAGCACAACUAGGGGGCUUACUGGAGGUGAGCCUACUAUCUGGCUGUGUGCCCAGCCUUCUGUGUGAAAGUGUUUUAUCACAGGCUCCGGUACACCACCUGGACUCCUACAGAGCUUUAGAUAUCAGAGAGCAGGUUAAGUGGAGACCUGCCCUUUUUCACUCAGUCACUGUUUCUUCAGUCCAGAGGAGAGCUCCAGCUCCUUCUCAACACCUGCUUACUCUGCCUUAUCUCGUCCAUGCACAACACAUAAUCUAAUACACACGCAAACACCCAGGGAGGUAAAACGGGAGCUCAGAAAUCAAGGUGUAAAUGUUUUUUAAUCCUGAUGUUUUUAUGUACUCCUUAUAACCAGAGGUUACCAGUUUAUCAGAUCCUGUGAAUUUGUGCUCAAAAACUGGGUAUUUAUCUUCGUCUAAAUGUCAGCAGUGGAUGAGUGGGUAUGCGCACAGUAUGCCUAAGAUUAUAUCAUCUUCUGGUUGAGAGGGACGCCGGUGAAAGAUGGAAAAAAUGAGCGGAUAAAGACAUAGCUGUCACACUAUAUUACAGGAUUUGGUCGAAUCUUUGAUGUUUGUGAAAGCAUCUUUUCAGGAUCUGAAGAAUGAAAGCAAACAAUGACUUGAGGGGGUAUUUUGGUGGCAUGUCAGACAAAACUCCAAAUAGCCCCUCUGGGCACAUGCAAGAUGAGAAACAGAUAGCUUCAGUACAUCUAGUAAUCCAUUUAUGCAAGGCAAGCUUUAAGCAUCGUAUUAUGCUAUUCCCUAUGAUUGUACUACAGUUUUGUUUGCCUCGCAGGUCCCAAAACAGUGAAGAUGUAAACUUAUAAGGAAUAUUUUUGGUUGUGCCAUACGGGCUUUUCAGUCAUUGCAUAGAUGUAUUAUUCUGUUUAUUGUUUUGUAAUGCUGCAAUAGAAAAACAAUGUUAAAAAGAAGAACCUUAAAGUUGGUUAGAGCCUUGAAGUGAAGGCAGUUUUGUGAGUUGUUUUUUAAGAGAUUAAAUUCGUUGGAAGAGGAUUUUUGAAAACUUGUUCAAAGUGUGUGACGGCUUAUACAUUUUGAAGUUGUGCUGCCAAACUGAUUCUCGGUGUUUCAUCUUAGGGAUUUUUUGUGCGUGGUUCAAAGGGGUACCUCAUGAAGGACUAAAGCCUUUUGUAUAGGGUGACCAUAUUUUUUUUUACCGAAAACCAAGAUAAAAACCAGGACUUGGCACUGCAAUGAGAUUAGGGCUGCAACUAACGAUUAUUUUGUUAAUCGAUUAAUCUGCAGACUAUUUUAAUAACUAAUCGAUUAAUCGGAUAAACAGGCUAAAUUCAUCAAUGCAGCUGUUAAUAGCAAUAGCAUAGGGCUUUAGUUUAUCAUAUGAGUUUAUCUGCCAUGAGGUGUUGAGGUCUCUGCAUGUGUAGGUUACUGACUUACUGUAAUCAUCGGGUCUUUCUCGUCCUUAUAAAAACCUGCUCUAUUUCGGCGAGUGUCUGUCUUCUUCUGUAGUCAAACCGCAAGAUAUCAAAAUCUACCCGGAUACAGCAAUGCUGCUUUUUGAUUGGCUGUUCAGUAGACAUACUUUAUUUGAUUGGCUUGCGCGUGGCACGCAGCUUCUGAACUCUCGGAGAAACUCAGUUGAUUUCCACCUGUUCCAUAGUUAAAGAAGUGCAACUUGGUGGACAUCACCGUGUUCAUUUAAAUGCGUGAGAAAUACAAUGUGUGGUGUGUGAACGAGUGGGAAUGUGUGUGUCAUACGCUGAAUGCGUGAGACUUGAGAGCCCUGUGCUCACGCAUCAUCGAUGUACUCCCGUGCCAUGCAAAACGGGCUUUGCAAAUGUUGCACUCAACGCCUUCCUUUUCAGUCUUGGUAAAGUUCUCCCACACCACUGAUGUUUUAGGUCGGGAUUUGGGUUGGGUUGUGUCCAUGUUUUUCUCAGCCGCUGCCUCGGCCAUGGCUGUUUCUUUUCUGUGCGUCCUGCUGAUGUUUACACGCCGGUGUCCAUGGACAUAUAUAAAGACCCGACGAAUCGAUUACAGAAUUAGUUGGCAACGAAUUUUUUCGUCACGACGAAUCGACUUAAUCAAUUCGUUGUUGCAGCCUUAACUGAGAUACUCCAUAUCUUUAGUUUCCCUCUUUGUCCUAGUGGCCCAAUGAACAACAAAAAAAAACUGGUACAUUUUCAUCACUUUAUAAAAAUAACCAGGAUGGCCAGGAUAGGAUGUGAAAACAGGACAUGUCCUGGGAAAAUAGGAUGCUUGGUCACCCUGCUCCUGUACACAAGCACGCACCCUACAGUAAAGCACUCUUAAAGCAAAGCUAGAGUUAGCAUGGGUGAUUGGCCUGCUUGAUGUCAUUACUUGAAGUUACUACAACUAGAGUAUCUUUGCUAUAAUAGUGUACCAUUUGCUAUAAUAGUAACAGAUCAAAGAUGACUGUAAUAAUGAAGAAAAUGGAGAAUCUUGUAGAAUCUGAUGACCAAAUACAUUUUGUAGUCUUUCAUUUAGCCUGUUUAGCUAAGUCAGGCCAAAAUCCACUUUUAAAGUUAGCAUGCUACUAGGAUCUACCAGUCCAAUUUCAGCAUAGCAAACACACACAAAAGCAUGCUAAUGGACGCACAUGCAUGACUGGUUGUCUGCACUGGAAGCCCUAUCCAUGCAGGGCUGCAACGAUUAGUCGACGUAAUCGAUUACGUCGACACGACAAAUUCAUCGACACGAAAACGAAGCGUCGACGCGUCGUGUUAUUGUUGUUAAGAAUCACAUGCCGGCGCCUCAUGCUCAUCUAUAACUGCAGUGCACUACAGGAUUUGCUGGGGGCAGUAGCGCUCGCUGUUUACAUCCCGCGAGCACACACAGAAGAAGAGUGCACACAUUAUGGCAGAAAAAACUGAAAAGAUGCUCCAAAACUCCGACCCAAAACUUCAAAAGUUUGGGAACAUUUUACGGAGAACAAACCAAAAAAAACACGUUGAUCAAAGCUCAGCUUUCCUACCAUGGCAGCACCACGGCGAUGCAUGAGCACCUGAAACGCCGACACCCCGGAAAUAGGUGUUUAUAAAUAAAGAAGAUAGUGAUUAAUCGGGAUUAAUUGGACGACUAGUCGAUAGAUUAGUCGACAAAAAAAAUAAUUGUUAGUUGCAGCACUAUAGCCAUGACAGACAGCCCACUGUGUUAUGAAAUACAAACACAACAGAGUAAAUCAAAGUAAAGCAGAUGCUGGCUCAAUGAGAUCAUUUCUUUAAGUUGCAGAAGUGAAAACAAUAAUGUAGCUCAACCUUGGUGGUCCUGGGACAUACGUGCUCUGUCUGCGCUCAGUCCUACAUAUUCACAACCUCGUCAUCCCCCAAAGACUUUUUGUGUUUAUCCAGAGUGUAACCAAUGUGAUGAGAUGCUAUUGUUAUGCAUUUGGUGUCAUAUAACUACUUUUGAAAAUUGCCCUUUUUUUUUUUUUUUUUAAACAGACACAGUGAUUUAUUCAAUAAUUUUGUUAGUUUAAAAAGGAAAAUCUACUCCCAUGCUAGCACACCUUCCACAGUAUAGGAGCUGCAUGGCUGCAAGGUUACCCUGGUCCUAGAGAACAUAAGCAGCCAGCUGUUUGUAUUCCACCUGGAGCUGACACUGGAACAGAGGCACGGCGAUGUGGGACAGUGAGGCUCAGACUCACCUCUACAUCUGUAGUACAAAAGAUCAUGUCCAACCUCUUUUAACAAAAACACAACCAACCUUGUUGCUAUAUGAUGAGAGAGAGCUGAUGAACUCAACCUGCUCUUCAACUGAUUUGACACUGCUCUACACUUUCUUCCACUGCUAUUCCACCCUCCUCUCUGCAACAAAUUUCCACUACAAGUUCUCCCCUUCCUUUACCAUCUCAUCCACUUCAUAACACCUUAAUGGACCAAAGGGCUAAUGGUGGUGGAUGGCUCCUCUCUCUUCACUGCAGGACAGAAACAUUCAGAAGAUCUUUUGUACCAACAGCCAUCAGACUUUACAAUUCUUCUAUAAAUGGUAGAUUACUUUUUGAGACAUGACAAAUGAGACUGCAGACAAUUGAAUUUCCCUUUGGGGAUAAAUACAGUUCUUCUUAUACCUUCUUAUAUAAACCUCAGCCUCCCCAUCUACUGGAAUGAAGCUAACAAAGUAGCAAGUAUACAAUAUUUGAGGCCAUUUCUUUACAUCGUCCUCCCACCACUUGAUAGAGGAAGGAUCGCUCCAUUACUCCUCGAUUGCUCUAAUAAUUGAGAUUUGUGCAGAAGGCACCGGAAAAUCUGCCCAUAAUUCAUGCAAGACAUUGUGGGCUGGGAUUCAGGUGGAUAAAACCUUGGUUUUUUUAGUUUUAACAUCUAGUAUUUUGACUUUCCUGUAUUUUCACUAAUUUAUAUAGGUAUUCAAUUAUGUACAUACCACCAAAUUCUUUUUUAUCAACAUUUUAUACAGCGACCAACUCAGAAACACUGUGCUUGUUUUCCCCCUUUUUUCAACUAGGUUGUGUCAUGAUAUUGUAUCCAACUGUGAUGUUGAUUCCUCGCCUUCAUUCAAGCAGAAAGCACUACCUGUGCACCUUCUUUGAGGUUAUUUGUUGAAUUAAAUAUAGAAAAUGUGUUUUGUCCUGUCCACAGCAUGUAUAUUUCAUUCAACAGCCUGGUUAGAGGAUAGCCAGUGGAACUGUGCUGAUUUCAGGUGUGUACACUACACUGUGCACACAACAACUGAGAUGCCAUUCAGUCCAUGAUGAAUAUAAAUGAGUCUGCAGUCACUGUUUCUGCAGUGGAGAAACUGUGGAUUCCUAACUAUAAAAUUGAAGUUGUUUGUAAUUCUGUUCACAGUUAGUCUAUUCUUGUAAAGUCAGGCACGGCUUCUCUCUCUAGAAAAAUCUAUUUUUAUGAUUUCUCUUUUGUCACUCAGUCUUUGUGUCUGGUAACUGAUAAACUAUACACUGUCUGUCAGUCAACCUGCCAGAUCACGAACAGGGAAUUAGGACACUCUUCUAAAAUGACUGUGCCGCCACCACCUUUGGUUACAGGGUUAUAAAGCAAGUUAUUUUCCUUCUCAAAUCAGGUGAAAAAAAAAAAAAAAACUCCCACUCACUGUCACUUCUGAAUAUCAGUCCUUCUGUUAUGGCUGGUUUUUCCAUAAUCUCACAGACGGAGUGGGGUUCACGCCCCAGCUUGGGGAGUUAUUUGUUAUGCAGAUAACAACCCUAUUUUUUGCUUUGUUCCGUGAUAUAUUGACACUACACACACAGGGAUCCCACUGGGCUCAUAGAUAUUACACCUUAUUAAAGGCUUUCUGUGUGUUUGCACAUCUGAUCAUUUAAACAUAAUUCUUUCAGGCACUUUUUCAAGAUUAUAUUUUAUUGCAAUUUGUCUCCCCCCCCCCCCCCGUCACGUAAUUAAAUAGGUAAUAAUUUACAACACUGCUAGACAUUCUUUCUUUUAUUAUUUUUGACGGAUGAUGUUAUUUUUCAACAGCAAAGAGAGGAAAUAAGGAGAAGGCUUUAACAGAACAGAUUUAGCACAGAGGGAAAGAGAAAAUAGAGACUUCGAAUGAAGGACUAGUGUUGGAGGAAUAUUUUAACGCAAUUCAACUUUACUCUGACUUGCUCAGAGCUUGUUGAGACCCUCAGAUGAUUUUUUUGCAUCUCUGCACACAGUUUGAAGCUUAUCUUAGCUCACUUUAAGAUGUCUGUGGGAUCAAAAAGGAGCUUUUGUACAUAUGGUGCCUUCAAACUGUGACUAAGACAUGGAAAAAAAAAUGUAUCUUUGAGUUUGUCUCACCUGGAAAAAAUACUUAAAACUUGGAUUUUAUUUUAUUUUUUUCAAAAUCACAAAGCUAUAAUAACUAAAAACUUUUUGACCACUUUAUAACUUACUGGAUUUUCACAAUAAUUUGACAAGUCCAAAGGACCUCUUACACCAUCUAGGCUUAGGGCUGGGUGAUAUAGGAAAAGGUUUGUCACAAAAUAUAUUUUUUGCAAAUCAGUCGAUAUUGAUAUCAUGAUAUCAAAAAUAAAAUUUAACAGUGCUUAUUGGUAGCAUGUCUUUUUCAAUACAAUAAGCUACAGCAUCUGUGAGGUUUUUGUGUCUCUUCAGCAUUUUGUUGUAAGGUGUUGCACUUGAGAAUGCGGACCGAAUGGUCGGCUGUUUCGGCUUCACAGGAGCCAUGGACUCAUGUGAAGCUCAUGGCUUCACGUGUUAAAGUGCUAUGGUUGGGUGUAGCUGCAGCCUGCUACUACGCAGUUGUUUGCUACUUGGUUCUGAUUCAGCACAUGAUUAGUUCAGAACGAAGCUGAAAAGCAACUCCCCUUUUUAUUGGCUAUUCGUAUAGUCUACCAAAACACGGCAGAUUGCCGAUUAUUGAAAAGCACAUUGACCAUAUUUUAUUUUGGUAUUGAGGGAAAUUAAUUUUCAAUACAGUUAUUGUUUUAUCGCCCAGCCCUAUCUAGGCUCAAACCCAAAAUAUUCCCCAAAUGCUGUUCACAUUGUUGGUUCACACAGUUUUUCUUACAUUAAACCAGCAUUAACAAGGUUUUACACUGUUCUAGCUUUACUUUUCAUGCUAUUCUUUUUAAUCAGUAUGAACCUGAUCACUGCCUAAAGAAAAAAAAUGGAGCUGUAGGGGGGGAAGGUGUGGCAGGAUUCUGCAUCUUUAAUGCCUCCUCGGCUCAGGGCACAGACUGCUUACUGUUCAGCGGUUUCUGUGUGGGAUGGUGCAAGAUGGCAGGGGUUGUGGCUGCGAUGGCAUCAAAGUGAAGAAAAGCAGCGCCAGCAGGGAGUCAAAUGUGUGAUGUGUGAUUUUGUGAGCGAGCAUGUGUCUGUGCAACGGGGGCUAAAAAUUAAGAUUUGGAUGAAACACACUCCUGCUGUCUUUGUUGCGCUUAAAAAUGCAGGUUGUAGUGAUGUCUCCUUUAUUAUUAAUGCUGUCACUGCACUGUAUUGCUCCCUCUGGUACAUAUUUACUGGUUGUAACACUUGAAAGUUUUGUGAGGGAACUCAAUAAUGAUGACCUUAAAAUAACAGAAAACAUUAAUAACAAGGAAGCGAUGUCUGAACCGCAAUUCUCAUAUUCUGUGUUUACUAUUAAUAUUCCUUGAUAUAUCUUCAUUCGGCUGUUUGACAGUCUGUGGAGGAAACACUUGGCUGUUGAUGCACAUUGCUAUAUUUAGACACCGGUGACGCUGAUGUCGGUUUCAUCUUUUUUUUUUUGGAUAUGAUGUGCUGUAGCCCUGCAUGUGCACACUGGGAUCUUCCAGAUUUCAUUACUUAUAAAGCCUGCUUGUUUAUUUGCUGUGUCAGGCUUCAAAAGUAUUGUUCUAAUUUCAAUUGUUGGUUUUAUCACUUUUUUUCAUCCAUCCCUGUGUCUCGAGUAACAUUCAUUACAUACUGUUCAACCUCUUUUAGGCUUUAGAAGUAUUGCUGCUUUUUGUCAAGGUGUCUGUGACUAAAUGGGUUCGAUGAACAUAUUUAAUAUUUUAUUAAUUGUUGGUUUUAUAGUAUUUUGGUUCCUACAGUGUGAGAUAUUAACAUUAAAUUAUAAUAUGUCCCUAAUAAAAUGAUAAGGGUUAGUCUAGUAGCCAAACCAUCUUAGCUGUAACCUUACUCAGUGUUGUUACCACAAUUUCCACCAAGAACUGCAUUAUCCAUUCACAACCACUCAAGUUAUGCCAUAAAUAAAACAGACCUAUUAGCUACCUUUCAAUGAGGAAGGAAACAAAAACCCCUAUUUACACUCUUUUCUGCUCUUUUAAUUCUCUUCUUUUUGUAUAAAAUGAGCUAUCGUACCGCUCACCAUUCAACUUUGUCAAUGAAGAUGAAGACAAAGCCUCUUUUGGGUUGCGUGCCCUAAAUUUGAGUCACUGCAAUCCGACAAAAUUCUAUAACAUACAUAAAGAUGAUAAAAAAUACUGAUAGAAAUAUCUGUAUGAAAAUAGAAAACCCUGUCUUGAUGUUUUGAUUGCUUUUGUGGGUCAAAUAGAGACAUAAAUAUAAAAAAAUGAGAUGAUUCCCUGAUCAGUUAAACAUAAGUUCAGAAUAGGUCAAAAGUACUGCUCUGUUUAAAUAAUUAUCUGCAAGUCAUGAGAAUUAUUUUCAAGAUUUCAAAUACCCUGAACUUGAGAGUACAUUCACUGAUCUCUACCUUGGCUGAAGAGAAAAUAAACAUCAUAUUUUUACUGUAAGUUAUCCAGGAAUAUUCAGCUGAUCCACUUUAUUAAGAAGUAACUGAAUGAAAUAAGAUGAAUAGAAAGAACAGAGUACACAUAUGUCACACAAAAGUAGGGAAGGAUGUGUAGCUAACUGGUUGGGGGCUUGUACUACCCUUUCAAGGUUCAGUUUAUCAUAACCUCAGAGUUUCCAUGGCAACCACACUCUUACCAGCUAACUCACAGAUCAAAUUAACAGUAACAUAUCAUAUCCAUUCAGUAUACAGUCUCACCAUUAUCCUGCUUUACUGUUAAAAAUCCCAUCAAACAUACAAAUUAAAAUUGGUCUGUUGGUAUUCUCAAUUUAGUUGUUUGAUUUGUAGAUGAGAUUCAUGGUCAAGUUAAGACAUCAGCUCUCUAUUUUUAUAAAACAUUUUAAAUUGAGCAAAACCACUAAAUGAAUUGAUCCAAUCAAUCUGCAGGGGGAUGGACCGGUCUCCUUUCCAGUAUGGAGAAAGGAGACCGGUCCACUCCCUGCAGAUUGAUUGGAUCAGGUGUCCAUGUUGACAAUCAAUCAGUGACGUUAUGCAUCUUGACCAAUCAGAUUGAAGGACUUCAACGUGGGUCAUAAACACAUCAAAAUACAGUGAUAAGAGAGGAAGACAGCACAAAACUCUUUUUUUUUUAAUACAAUAUAAUGAGAAUAUUUGAGCAGGUAUUUUUCAUAGGGGUACUUUUACAUGUGACUAUGUAGAUUUGUGGUUGAUGCUCUCAGUUAUUUUGCAGAAGUUUAGUUAGAUUCAUAGUUUUUUUUUUUGACGUAAACAUCAUUGACUGUAUUGGGUUAGUUUCUGAAGUGAUAAGAUUUGCUUCCAGGCAGAUUUUUUUUUAGCACUAGGCAGAGUCAUCCCAGCUGUUUCCCCUUUCCUGCUGGCUGUGGCCUCGCACCAAAUGAGUGUCUUUUUCUUAAACAUAAUACUAGACUGUUCCUUCAAGCACUUGCACCUUUCAAGCCCAUGUUGUAAACACUUAAGCGGUUUCAGGCUUUAAUCAUUGUGCUGGUCUGCUAAGGUUGUUCUGAGGCUCUUAUCCUAAGUGACAAUCCAGUGAAGCAGUAAGUGGGGCUGAUAGCAGGCAGAAGCAUUUGUGUUGUUCUUAUUGAUUGCUGCUUCCCUCUGGCUUGGGAUACUCUUCCCUCUGAAACUGCAGCUGGGCAUCACGCGCCAUGCUGCCAAUUAGAUGCUCUCUCUUGAACACACACUCUGACAGGCAGUGUUUUCACUCUGGUGUUUGUGACCUGUGGGCAUUUUCGUCUGAAUUCCUGACUGUUUUGGUGCGUUACUGGGGUUUAACCAACCUUAUGCUUCUUUUCUCCAACCUACACUGCCACACUUUGAUUGAUCUGGGGAUAAUAGCUGCUAUGGCAAUGUUGUUGCAACAUUAACACCUUAUUGAUUUUAACAGUCAUUUGAUUGUGCGUGAAAAGGUCUUGAAUUCUUUUAACUCUUCAAUGUGCUUUUCAUUACGGAUGUGUUGAAUAAAUGCAAAGCUGAUUUAUUUUCUACAGAUAUUCAAGAGAGUCUUUUCUUUCUGAAAUUGAAAAUCCUGCUCCAACCUGAUCCACUGGACUAAUAAUUAUCCAUUUACCUUUUGAAUGUGAGUCUAAGGUAGUGAGAGAGUGGAGAAAUGAAAAGGUUUGAUUGCAGAAGCUUAUGUAUCCACAGGGUAUCUGGUCAUUGCCCAUUCGGAUGGAAAAUCUCUCUUUGGAGGCACUUUUACUCUCUCAGCUCACAACAUCUUGUUUGUGUGUAAAAUCAUUAGUCCAUCAGAUAGUCCAAUCAGGUUUAUUGGCUUUAUUUCAGCUUAUUACACACAGCGAAGACAUGUAAGCCUUUUAAGGGGAGUUCAUGGCCUUUUAUAGCAAUUGUCUGGGGAGUUGAAGCUCAGUCUGAGUCUGUUUGAAGUGGUAGACUCGAAAUACUAGGUUUAUCUAACAGAAGUGUCACAAGGCGGUAUAGUCAGCUAAAAUCUGAGAAAGAUGGGUGUGUUAGGCAGCAAAACAGACACAUUAACUUGUAAAGAAAAGCAGCAAUGUCUGCCUGAUUGUUUUUAUUUUUUACUUUCUUUUAACAAAAAUCAAUAAGGAAAUUCUCUUUCUUUCAAAACUGACAAAAAAUACUUUAAAUGUCUUUUUCAAAGUUUUGUAGCUGUGUAGCAAGAAAAGGAGUCUAGACAAAAGAGUCACUGUGAUUCUAAGCACAUGAUCUAUAGAGAUGUUUGGUUGAGGGUCAUUGAGGUAUUGUGCAAAUUUUUCAAUUAUUGCUUUUACUCAUAAUAUGUAACAGAAAUGCUUUUCUUGUGGCUCAGCCCGUACGUUUUCAGUCUAUUUUUUAAAGCGAUAUUCCAGCGUAAAAUUUAGGGUCAUACCAUAACACCGAGGUAGACACCCCCUUGCCAGAUAAAUGUUGCUGACCAUUUGCUUCUCUAGUUAUACCAACUUUAGUAACGACCGCAGGAUAGCUAUACACAGUGGUCUGAGGAGCCACACACAAACCACAACCAAAAAGCCACUCUAUAGCCACAAAUAAUGCUCAGAACAGCACCUAACUUCAUCUACAGUACAUAUAGGGUACUAGUACUAGCCACCAAACAUCUCUUUAACUUUGACUAAUUUCUUUGGCAAAGAGACUAAACACAACUCACCUACUCUCUUCCAGCAGCCACUUGUUUGUAGCGAGACCUCAGGCCAGUCCAGUACGGACUACAGCGGGGUGACGCAGCUCAAGGAAGAACAUUUAUGAUCAUUUCUUCAUGGAAAUACAAUCAGACCGAGAUGCUAAUGCAGAAAAACUACUGUGUCUGGAGUGCAAAAUGAUUAAUAUGGUGAUUGUUUCUUCAAGGAAAUGAUAAAGAAAUUAAAGUAAUUUGGUUGAGGUUUGUGUGUGGUUCCUCAGACCACUGUGUAUUGCUAUCGUGCGGCUGUUACUAACAUUGGUAUAACUAGAGAAGCAAGCGGUCGGCAACAUUCAUCUCUUGAGGGGGUGUCUAACUCUGUGUUACGGUGUGUUUGACCCUAAAUUAAUUUUACGCCAGAAUAUCCCUUUAGGUCAAACACAGGUUUAUUGCAGGUUGAAUAUAGGUCUCUGUCUGGAGCCACAAAGAGGUCUGUUUUUCUGCACAUUUGUUCUUAAUCCAUAAUCAUUAUGCAACACUAAAUGUAUGAACUGCUUACCGCUCAGAAGUCUAUCUACACAGAUGCUUGACAAACUUCUUUGAAAAAUAAAAAAAAAAACCAUCUGAAGCAAGUUGUUCUAUUCAGCAUUAAAUUCAGCUUUGAGAUGAAACCUUUAAGUAUUUAUGAUUGACAGCUAAAGUGUGCACACUUCGCAAAAGGCAAGACUAGCCCUGCAGUUUAAGGUUGGAGGGAUAAAUGUGAACUAGAAAAGGAAAAAAGUUUCUCUUUUGAAGAGGAAAAAAAACUUUUGAUUGUUGAUGACAGGAGAAGCUGCACAAAGUAACAGAAAACAUUAUCAAUAACAUUGGGAUUAAAACAAUACGUGUGGUUUUUAUAGCAGUUGAUGUUCUCAAUGAGCAUCAUACAGUGACUGCUGUUUGUUACCCUGGAUCAGGCUUACCUCAAUGAAGGCCAUGAACAUCAUUAGCUCUUGUUGCAGUGUGUUUUUAAACUAGCUCACAAAGUUCUGUUUUCUGAUCCUCUUUUUUAAAAAUCCGCUCAAAGCCUAUUCCAAAGCUGAAUUUUUACUUCAAUCAGAGACCUCAUGUUUGCCUUCAACUGAUGGUCAUACUCUAAUCUCCUUUUUACUCAAAGCCCUGUACUCCAGGUCACUGUACUAUAAACCGCAAUCUUGUUGCCUUUGUCACCCUCCUCUGCCUCUCUGGCUGUUCUGCGGUGAAAAGGCCACAGUGCCUCACAACUCUGGGUGAGCAAUAUUAAACAGAUGCCAGAUUACUGAAAAAGUCGCCUCUGGGUGGAACAUACGGCUACAAAUCCACAACCCUCUGGCUGCAGAUUCACAAGAAGAGCAGACACAGAGGUGUCAAAAGAGAUCAGCUGUUGACAUUUUUUAAAAUGUGUUACUGGGACUGAUUUUUAUCUCCUGAUUUUGUUACUGUGGCUGUGCUGCAGAUGUGUUUCCCUUUGUGUUUGUUUUUUACCCCAGUGGAUGAACAAUUUGAUGCGGGAUUAUGUAAAGCAGUCACACAGACACCGAUGGCCCUUGGGCAGUUCCAUCUCAGCAGCAUUGGAUAGAAGUGAUAUUCUGGGAGGAGACAGAGCGUGUAGUGUUUGCUUUGCAAAAGUGGUAAUAAUCUGGUUGCAGUGUACUGGAUGAUGUUUAAAUGCAACAUACUUAGAAAAGAAACUGAAAUUUGUGUCUCUUUUAGUUUGCAUAUUUUGCUGCUUGUUAAUAUUUUGUGUACUUCUUCACAAAACUUUUUGUGCUUUGAGGACUCAGCUCAUCAGGGGGCACUGGUUAAGUACAGGUGUUUGAACAGGUGCCUUAUUCACAGAGGAAAAGCCCCCGAAGUAUUGGUCCCAUUCUGACCUGAGACUAUGCAUUUCACUCUUGCGCUCUCUUUUCCAAGUUUCCCGUCCCCCUUCAGGUGUUCAGUAAAAGUAAUCCAGCCAAAAACCACCAAAGUAAGCCUCUCAGACAAAACCAAACAAAACACAUAGCCAGAGGACAACAAAGCAGUUUACUGUGAUGCCCACAGAGAGUUACUUUCUCUAAGACUAUGAGUGGCAUUUAAUGAUCAAGCAACUGACACUUAAGAGCAGAUGUUACAACAGGAACAGACCCUUAACAGCAGGUUGCUUUUUCACUCUCUCACAAUAAAAAGGCUGGUCCAAGGGAGCACAUGUCCUUGUUUUAUCAGAGACCCACAGUUAAAGUAAUCCCAUUCUGGUUUGUGACUGCCCAUCAAAGCUUUAAAGGUAAAACUCUUCAGCUGUGUUUUCUGAAGCUGAACAUGAAGCACUUGUGAAGAGAGCAGGAAUAAUUAUAGUUUGACCACAUGUUGCUCUCCACUUAUAAUUUGGCAUGUUAAACUUAUACAAAUAUAAAUGUAUGUUGUUAUCCAGGGAGAAGUUGACACCUUUACGUUACCUUUUAAUACAGUAUAAAAACAAACAGAUUUUGACAGUGAAUUCUGAUAUCAUGUGAAUUGUCAAAAAUGAAAAUAAAAACCCACAAAAAGCCUGAGGGUUAAUCACAAAAAAUAAAAUAUAUAACAAUGACCUGAAAUGUUAUUAAAAAAAAUGUAAUAAAACCCAAAAUGUAAUAAUCGGUCCACGAUGUAACAAGAUACUGAGCCCAAAAUGUAGCAACUAGUUACAUUUUGGGUUUUGUUUCUUUCUUUUUUUUUUAUAACAUGUCAGGCUGAACACUUUAGUUACAAUAUUGGCCAAUUAUUACAUUUCAUUGGGUCAUUGUUACAUAUCAGAUAUCGGGUCAUUAUUACAUAUUGAAUAUUGAGUCAUUGUUCCAUAUUGGAUAUCAAGUCAUUGUUACAUAUCGGAUAUCUGGUCAUUGUUACAGUACAUACUGAGUCAUUGUUACAUAUCAGGUCAUUAUUGCAUAUUGGGCUCUAACAUGGCUUUUAAACAACAAACAAACAACAAAAUAAUGCAGAGAACAUUUUGAGCAACCAUCAGUCAACCUAUCAGUCAGUAGCUCAUGCAGUAAAACGAGCAGGUGUCUCUCUUUAUGUCGAGUCUUAGGACUGAAAGUGCAUCCAGCACAAAAUGACUUCCUCCUAAGAAUCAGACAUGCACUAUUAGGAUAUAAACAGAGUUAAAUCCUGUUGGGAAUGAAAGAGUAUUUGCUCCUGUCUCCACCGCUGAGUGGGGGAUCCAGGUCUGACAUAAGGAAGGUAAGCAGGAGUCUUUAAAACUAGGACACAGCUUCAUAAACAACAUAAUGAAGUCAGCUCUGUUUUAACUGAGUGGGGUCUUGAAUGAAACAAUGUCCAGUGACGAUCCUCUCUGAUCAGAGACCAGCUUUGAUUCCCUUUGUUGUCAUCAGUGUUGUCCUGUGGCCUCUUCCUCAGUGCCAGCAUCACUGCCCACUUGCUGCUCUGCUAUCUUAAAGGGGAUUAAAGGGGUUCAAAAAUGGAGGGACACGCAGUAUAUGCCUUUUUUUGUUUUCUCAUGUAAAAGUAAUCAUCAAAAACCUUGUUCACCUCUGUCUUUGGUGGCCACUUUCACAUUUUAAGCUUAGGUUAUUCUUGAUGCCUUUGUAGAAAGCUAUUAUGCUUUUUAAUUAGUUCAAAACGAGUGCGCAAAAUCACCUAGCAUAAAUGUCAUCACUGUCUGACCAGUGAAAUACAGGAUAAAGACAUAGUACCUGUAUAAAAGUCUACACUAGUCCUUAUAGUUGACAUUUUUCAGCUUUUUUAACACCUGGUGCUCAGAUAUUUUUUUUCUUUUCUCAUCGUGGUGUUUGUUGAACUUUGUGGCCGGAUUUAUUGUUUCAGAUUGGUGUCCUGUUUCUUUGGAUUGUUUUCUAAACCUGAUGCCCCUGCUGUUGGACCAUCUGACCUAAAAAAACAUAUCAAUUUCAAUUGUAUUGAUUCUCUGAUGACAAUUCUGGUGGGCAACCAGGUCACCAGUCAGUUACCAGAUGCCAGACAAACACAUUUUCUCUCAGAAUUACACCUUUAGAUUAAAAGAAGUCCACCUAACCUUCACAUGUUUUUUUUUUUUAGAUAGAAGCUUAGAAACUCCUUUACUUUUUCACAAAUGUGCUCCUUAUUUCCAGGUGAAGAUUACAGUUUAUUUGCAGCUUAGCUUCAGGAGACAUUACCCUCGUGCAGCUAUUAAAUCUAUAAAUAUUACCAUUCUUAAUUUGAUUCAUAAUCCUAUUCCACCACAUUGUUUCUGCACCUUAAACUCAGCAGGUUCAACAACCAAGUAUAUGGAUUUUCACACAAGCAAUGAAAGUCCACACAUUUUUUUUCUCUGACUGUCAAAUAUUUUUCUAAAGUCAUUUGAAUCAAUAGCUGUGUUUCAACCAAAGCAGUCUGGUACAGCACAAUAUAGCCCAGACCGUUCAGCUCAGAUUACCAUCUGUGCAUCUCAUUGGUACAUGACAAAAUGAGCGUUUUAUUUAAAUGGCGUCAGUCGGCCCUCUUUUGCUGCUUUCUCCACAAGCCACUUUGCAACCAGCUUCCACUCCCAGGUCCUUCUUCCUGUGCUGUAACUGAUUUCAUGACUGUCAUCUGUAAUGUCUCUGAUGCCUGCUGUGUUUUGUACCCCAAGAGGUCUUUGCUGCUGCUCUCCUUACCGUGACAUGAAACAGAGGAGAGGUGUGCUCUCCUUGUUGCAGGUUUGGCACUCCAUUUACGCAUGUGAAAAGACAGGGAGCUGUAAGAACAGGGACUUAUAACCACUGCAUGAAAAAUAAUUAUUAAUUCUUUUUGACAAAAGUGGUCUUGGAAGAAAUGCAUUUAAAGUAAUGAUUAAGAUGUGUGGGGUUUUUUUGGUAUAGAGAGACUUAAGAAUAAAGACAUCACUUGAUAAAAUGAUGGAAAAAGGCCAUGCCACUUCUUCCAUCUUUUUUACACAUAUACUGACUUCAUGUGCAUGCAGAUAUUUAGUUUGGUAUUUUAAGCCCCUUUUUUAGCAUCUCCCCAUGGACUGCACUGUAUGUCCUAUUAUAAUAAGCGGCUGCCUGCAGCUGCAGAGGGAACAAUCUUUGUGUUAAAGAUGCCUGGUGAGCCAUCCCUCAUUAAAAGAGAUGAGACAUCCGUGGUUUGUACUGCCGAGCCUGGAGAAAUGCUUCAUGGGUGCAAAUAUUGAUUCAGUUGAUUCUCUCCCUGUGGGAUGAAUGUUGUAGAUCCAUGUGGUGGAGUGUUUGCUCUGAUUAAUGAUCAAAGACUGAAAGUCAUUGAGAUUUUUUGAAACAUGUCCAUUAUAGUCAAAAGCUUGUUUUUUUUUUUUCAUUUUUUUAUUCUUUUAAAAAAUCAUGUCUUCAUUUAGGUGUUUUUGCAAUAAAAUCAAUUGCAUAAGACAAAUUUAAACCAAGGAAAUGUGCAUGAUAAUAUGUUUUAAUUUACCUGUGAACAAAGAUUAGUUUAGACCACUGUUUGGUCAACAGUCUUGAGCAUCGAAUUUCUCAAAGAAACAAAAUCCUUCUGUUUGUUUUAUCUCAGAGAAAAUGAGUAGAGGUGUUAACUGUUUCAUGAAAGUCUCUGUUACACAGUAGACAUAUUUUUUACAUGACACAGUCAGCACAGCAGUGUUUUUGCUGCCUGCUCCACUGUGACGCUCUCCUUUCCUCUCACCUGUCCUCUCACCUGACACACUUUAGAGAUGAAUGGUGUUGAUUGAGACACAGUGUCAACAUCAUCUGCUGCCUGCUCUCUGCUCACUGCUCUACAUCUUAACCAACUCCUAACAAGCUGGCAGCCAGCUCCUAGGAGAGGAAGGAGGCAAAUCUGUUUAUUUGUGGAUGUAGUGAUGCAUGUCCACGAGGACAUGUGUAGAUAUGAAUGCUUGGAAAAUGCUUUAAGCCCGCGCAUGCAUGCAAUUUAUGUCAGUACGUGUGGGGGCGUAUGCAUGUGUCUGUGGAUGUGAGUGUGUGUCACUAUGUAACUGCAGAGCUCAUGUUUUCCAUGUCACCAAGUGUGCAAGAAAUACAACAGGGUAAAGAGAUGCGUGAGCUGCUUGAUUAGAUUAGGAGAGCAAAUUGAUUGUAAGCGUGUAGUUGUCUCCAUUGGAAAGUGCCACUGAUUGUGGAGGCGGGAAAGCGUGCUGGCGCCUAAUUUGAUCACUCAGCAGCUAAUGCAAUCUGCGUUACGGCAGCUAUUGCAGUUUGGGAUUAAUGUGCCAAUAGGCUGAGUAUGGAAUGAGGAGGUGGAGCAAAGAUAGGUGAGUGGGGAUCCCACACAGGGAGGUGAUUGAUAGACUAGCAGAAUGACUUGCAUCCAGACAUUAAAACCGGCCUAUAUGAAAAAAAGAAUUUGAUCCCAGGAUGCAAAAAUGAAGAUCAUAAGAUUUUCUUGGGCUUAGUCUUCAAGCAAAAUUACUAUGUUUUAAAUAUUCUGUUGUGUUAACCUUAAAUUAACCAAAUCUUCUUUGAAAGAGAAGUGUACAUGUAAAAGGAAGAAAGUUUUAUUCAGUUUAGAUCUCCAAAAGGUACAUCUGUCCAUGAAUUCAGCAGAAGACUAUUACUGGAUGUCCAUCUGUGAACCCAAAGAACACAUUUGCAUUUUCCAUCAACACAUAGACACAGCAUUCACAUAGCGCAGUGACUGUCAAUGUCUUUACAUUAGCAUCACUGAAUAAUGGUCAGACACUCCAACAGAAGCCACACAUUAAGAGCAAUCAUGCAUUUUUCGAGUGACCAUUAACAAUAUAUUCGUCAUUGUAAAUUUCAUCAACCAAUUACCGUUUCUUAAAGCUCCUGUGAGUAUUUUUGUCAUUAUUGUGAUAUCCAAAAGCAAACAAGACCAUCAGUGACAAGACUGACAGUUUUUUAAUACUGUAAUUUUGAAUGCCUCAAAGUGGCGCAAGGGGGGAGCUGUCAGCCGAGAAGCUCUAGACACAUUCUUGAAUUUGCAAUCUUCACUUUUUUAAGUUUUGCAUUUGACUAUCAGCAGUCAGCAAGACUCUACAUAAGCAUACAGAGGGCAGCAUAAGCAAAGACUGUUUUGUCAACAGGGGGCGCCAAAACUGUCAAAAACAAAAAGUUCCUCACAGGAGCUUUAAGGAGUGUCAGUGCUUUCUCUACAUCAUAAUUGGACAAGAAUGUUUAAUUUAAGAAUGUUUAAUGUGUUGUUUACAAGUGUGUACUGUAGGUUUCUUUUUCUUCUUUUUUUUUUUCUCUCCUUGUUUUUUUUUGUGUUUACUACUGGUGGCAUAUGUUCCUUGCCAUAUCUGCCAUUGUAUGCUUGUGCCUCCAUCCUUAGUCCUGAUGCAUACUUGAAGAAAACACAAGAAACUGCUAAUCCAUAAAGAAAAUUACUGGCAAAAUUACUGACAUCAUUAGGAUUACUAUUUCUUGCUCUUCGUUGUCAACAUAUCCUGUCUUUAUGACCUUGUCAUGCUUAGCUCCACUCUUUUCUUUUAUUGAUCAGAUCUGGUUUAUAAUAGGGACUCCUUCCAUAAUAGAGCAAGGUGUGCAUGUGUGUAUUGAUCAAAUUGUAGUUGAAUUCUGAUUGACCUCAGAUGAAAUGGGUAAGAGGAAGGAAGAGCUGGUUAUCACAUUGAUGAUAAAGGUCCUGCCUAUCUCCUGUCUACUCCCAUUAUCUCCUGUCACAUUCACUUCUGAUGCCAAAUGCCACAUUAGCAUGCCUUAGACCGUCUCCCACAGUGGCAUCACACUGACAGCUCUUAUACCUGUGUUGCCACCUAUAGAUUGCUUAUUCCGACUGAGCAGCAGCUUCCAUCAUGGUUUAUGCAUUUCUCCACUCGUCAUGGAUCCUUAACAGUAUUCAGGAAGACUCUAAAUAGCAUACAGUAGAAAAUAUAUGUAGUGUAAAACUGGUCUACCUUGAGACAAAUCCUUACUUCUGUUCAUUUCUGCCAAGUUAAAUAAAAGUGGUAGAGGACUGUGUAACACAUGGAAAAAUAGAUGAUAACAAAAUAAAGAGUAAACAAAUCAGUCUGCAACAACCAUGUCAGCUGUUAGUGGAAAUAAUGAGGCAAAUCAUAAACAGAGAGAAAAGGGAGAAAUGGAUGAUUUAUGAAACAGUGUAAAAUGCUUGUUGACUGACUGAUAGAAAAACAACAACACACUACAUCUGUCGACCUUCUUCUUUAAUAAUGGACUCCUACAACCAUGGAUGUUUUAUUUAUCUAUUUCUAUCUCUGUUGAAACAUACAAUGUUCUUCUGUAUGCACAAACAAAAUUCAACAAGCAUCAAUUUAAUAAGUUAAAAUGUUUGUAAUCACACUUGCAUAAGGAUAAAAGGCCACAACACAACCCAGUACAGUACGGAUACAAAAUGAUACAGCAUGGUCAAUACUAUUAUAUUAUACCAUAUGGGACAGUGUGAUAAAUUACAGUACAACCUGAGAUGAUAUGAUGCAACAUGAUACGAUACCAUACAUGAAUAGGAUCUGACAGGAUACAAAACAGCAUGACUUGACAUGGCACAAUAUGACACAGAAUGAUAUGGUAUGAUAUGAUAUGAUAUGGUACUGUGUGGUACUAUACAAUAUACUACCAAUAUACACAAGCUACCUCUUCUGAUGGCUAAAUGGCCACUUCUGACUUAAAUUAGUAAUGCACAAACAGAAUCAAAUUGAUCAGCCCAGAAUCAGUCGCACAAUAUACAAAUCACCAACAAGCAUCCAUACCAGACCAUUAUUAGACUUCAGACCUAGAUAUCAAACCAAUAUGAGAUGGUCAAUAGGCAGAUACCGAGACAAUAUCUUUCCAAUUUUGGAUUAGGAUAGACAGAUCUUUGAGCAGAUCUUUAAACUUUCUUUUCCUCCAUCAUUUUAAUGAGAUAAAGUUAAUUUGAGACUCCUGUCAAAGUUGGUGGUUGUAGUAUUCAGCUAAAUGACUUAGUCGACCAUGAAAUUUGUUUAUAAAAACAUUAAAUUAUCAAAGAUCUAAAGAGUAAGUAAAGCGAACAGUAAUAAUAAUUCUUAAUCCCUUUUAUGUAUUUAUUUUUAUCUUUUAAUUCUUAAUCUUUUCAAAAAAAAUUUAAUUCUUUAUCCUUUUUUUUUAAUUAAUUAAAAAAAGUGUUUGCUUUACUGAAGACCUGAACGAUGACCAUUAAAGAUCAGCUAUUCAAUUCUGGACUUUUGCAGUACUUUUGUUUCUUAUUUUUUCACAUACAUUCAUGAGGGCUCAUUUACAAUCAAUGAUGGUGACACAAACUUAAGCAAUAAGUGUUUUUCUUGAUCCACUGUGUCUUGAAUAUUGCGCAGUGAUAACAUCCAGUUAACAUGAAAUGAAUCUAAUCACUCUGUGGUUCCUUUAAGGAGCAUUCAGCUCUGCAACACUGACUUUAAAUCAUGCUGUGGGAGUUGUGGGAGGGGAUUGAGUGAGAGAGAGAUGGGCUUUCUAUCUGAGGGGCAGAUGUGGUAUUUUAACAUUCAACAUGCCACAGGUUAUGGAUCAGCAGUCUAAGUCAUACUCUUCCUCACACCCUCUGCCCUUCUCUUCCCUCAUAUCCUUUUACUUCUACAAUUACUGCUCAUGCCCUUAUUGGCCCGAUUUCUCCUCCCAUGUCUACUCUAAUUUUCUUAUUUGUCUGCAGGGGCUAGAAACACUUGCAACAGAAGGAAAGGUUAAUGUUACAGAGGGAGGAAGUCAAAGUGUGAGGAUAAUCUUAACUGCCCAACGAGAUCAGUGAUUAAAACUGAUGUUUUUAUAUUUGGUUCACUGCCAGUGAAGGAAGACAAGUAUAGCCAAAAACAUGUAAGCUAUGUGCACAAUUAUGGGGGUCGGUGAUGGCUAUAAAGGUCCGGAUUCUGUCAUUACAGCCAGAGCCACCAAAAAUGCAGCUACUUGUUGAGUCUGUUAGCCAGUGUACUGAUCCUGGUCUACAAUUGAUCAUUUAUCCCCCCAAAAAAACAAAUGGUGCUACAUAAAUGAACAAGUUAAGGAUCAUUUCUACUCUAUGUCUGACACAUGUCACAUGCCAGUACUCUACAUUCAGUUUUUGGUCUGAUGCUGCGUUCCAGUUACCUCAGAAGUCAGAUGUCGGAGCUGGGAAUGACACCACACCCAAGUUGAUGGCGUUCCAGUUCAUAAGUUGGAAAAUCAAGAUAGACGCCUACAGUAAGCCAUUGUUAGCUGUUGUUUACAACUGUCUACUGUACAAACACCAUAGCAUAGUAUUCACAGUUAGACGUUGGGCAGUACAACAUAAACCACUUCUUUAAUUUCACAAAAACAAAACAGAAGCGCUAAUAAACAAUACAUUACGAGAGCUUUUAGUGUUACUCUUUACCUUUAAUGCACUGCGCUGCCAUCUUGGGUAAUGAUGUUGUUGUCAAGUCGGGGUUUGCAAGGAUCGUCCGACUUUCCGAGUCGGAAAUCCGACUUCAGGUGUGCGUUCCAGAUCAAUUUCCGACUUGGAGCUCGGAAAUUCCGACUUCUGAGUACAACUGGAACGCAACAUUAUUACAUGCUUUCUGGAGGCUUUUUGGAAAUACACCAAAUGUUGCAGUGCCAUUAGGAAGCAUUGUAGCCCACAGUUCAAGCUAGAGCAGUGAAAGACAGUGAAGCGACAGUGAGAUCAAUGGCUGAACUUUUUAAAGGAUGAAACUAUAAACAUUGACUUUGUAUGAUGGUAUUUUGUGUCUUGUUAUAUAUUGAAUGGUCCCACAUUAGUGUAAUCAGGAAUUAGGGUGAUGUGAGGAUUUAAGGGGCAGUAAGAUGCUUUGGACAUACCUAAGUUUCCGAUUAGAGAUCGCUCACAAAUGCCCACCUAGAGCUUGUCCCUCAGUGUGCCCAAGUAAAGACAGUUAACUGGUUGUUCCAAUUUAUUAAUGUCAUUCAUAAAGCUGUCCCUCAGAGGAAUGAGGCAGAGCAGGGCCUGGUGUGAAAUACCAUAAUAGUCUUCAUUUCACUCAACGCUUUACUGAGCAGGAUGGCAGGAGGUGAUGGAAUGCAUCCGAGUGCAAUGAAGAACGCUGCAUAAGCAGAGUAGUGAAGGCAGCAUUAUGCUGUAGACCUCUAGACUGCAAGACUUAAGCCUCCUUCUCUCUGGGCUUGUGUGUAUUAAUUUAUAGCCUCUGAUGUGUGGGGCUCAUGGUAUGUGGCUAGCAUACUCAGUUCAGGCCUGAAGGAGCAGUGACACAUGACAGCUGAUGAAGUAUGCAGAUCAAAGUUACUGACAGAUCUGACAAUGAAGUGGGCCUGGGAAUAUGUUACACUGUUUUUUUUUUAUAUCUAAAAUUGUAAGGACUGAUUGAGGGCUUCACAGUUUUGAAUGAAAUAAUGCAUAUCCACACAAAUGAGUGUCAUUCACCGUUGUAAUCAGUUGUCCUGUUGAAUUUCUUCUCGGGGGGAUUGUGAAUGUAAGAGAUAGGGAUGACAAAGUGAACUUUUUUGAGUGCAACAUUUUUGUUCCUGUAACACUGCCCUGUUUUAGCAAACUUACUUUUUUUUGUUUCAUUCCUCAACUUUAAUUUCUCCUGUAUAUGCUUCUGGCUGCGCUAAUCUAUACAAACGGUCUCUCCCAGAUCGCAUACAGUUUUAAUAAUCCUGAAAAAGUUAGAGACUGUAGAGGAUUAUGGUUCCUUUUUUUCUUUUACUGUCUGAAGAAAGUAAAGAAUUUCAAGGAAAAAACAUUGAUGUCAUGAACACGGAUCCAAGUCUCAUAAUUGUGCUGAACUGAUAAACUCUAAUAGGAGGACGUGGAGGGCAUCGAUCAUACUUUGAUCAAUAAAAUACAGGACAGUUCAUGCUGGAUAUAGAGCAUGAAAAACACUGAUUGGAGUUCUAUUUGAUUGUCAUCUAUUGUUACUAUGUCUUCUAUCUCUUCUUCUCGUCCUUGUGAACAAGGCUAUGAUAGGAAGGUCGACUGUGCCAUUUUUUAUUUAUUUGUUGAUAGCAUAUGAGCCUCUCUGGUUUACUGUAUAAAGUUUAUUUAAUAUAACAUGGCUGUAAUAUUCUCAUUAUUGCAUGCAAAUUCAAACAAGAGGGCCAACUUGAACCAUCCUACUUGUUGCAUUUUGUGUGUCAAAGGGUAAAAUGUAAUAUUCAUACAGAGGUUUGACAGGAGAUUACAAAAUGUGAAAAUGAUAUAUAGUGUGUGUCAUGAUAUAGGAUUAAAAGAAAUUGCAAUAUUUGUACAAUUUUCAAAUAUCUAAGCUUUGCAAGACAGGGCCUACUGCGCCCCCCCCCCUUUUCCAAUUGUUGGCAUUAAUUUGUCUGAUGUGCAUCAGCAUACUGAUGCACUGCUGAUUUCACUGAUUACCUUACCUCCAAGCAGAGAGCAGGGACUAACCACCUGGUGGAGUUUUGGGUUGGGAAGAAAACCUGCAGCCUCUCGGCCCCCACAUGAUUGCCCACCCCUGUUCUAUAAGCUUGUUGCUCAUGCAACAUUGAGUUGUUUUCUGUGUUUCUGUGUUGAGUUAACCAAACAGCCUUUUUGUACCAGGGACAGUCUCUGUUUGGUGGCCUAUUUUCAGCUGAAGCUGUCCCUAGAAUGGUCUCUGUUUUUAACCAUAAAAUCAAAGCGUAUGGUAGAAACUAUUCUACAUGUUAGGAAAGACUGAAUAGCAGACUGGGUGUCUCUAUAUAUGUUAUCAAGCUCUCAGAAGGGAGUGAUCGAUAUCAGCUCAUACAUUUAGUCUAUUCAUGCAGCAAUUUCUACUUUUUCUUCUUCGUUGCGAUAUACAUUAUCUUCUUCUUCUGCUUCUUCUGCUAGCUAGCAGGUACAGUAUCAUUGGGACAGGUAAUUUAGGAUUUAAAAUUAUUACUACAGCCGAUUUAUGAUUUGAUUCCAGAUAUGAUCUGUUAUCAGCGUGGAGCAAACUACACAUGGAGAAAGAUGUUAGAAAGGCAAUGAAGGAUUAUUAUUGUGGCUCCUUAGUCCAAGUUAUGUUGGUCAUUGGAUUUUCUGUUAAAAAUGGCUCUGAUAGGUGUAAACUUUAUUUGGGUGCCUAUUUCUGGACAGAAAAAUCCAAUGACCAAAGGGUAGAUGAGUCAUUUUCUUCAAGCAAUACCUCCCUUUCCACUGGCAGUAUGUGCACUGCACCUGCUGGCAGUAGUAACUACAGUUACAGGAUGCUUGGUGCUCCCAUGCCUGUCCCCCUCUAUAACACAGUAAAUGUUGUUGGUAAAUGAAUAAUGCUGCAUUCCAGUUACCUCGGAAUCCAAUGUCAGAACUGGGAAUGACGUUACACCCCAGUUGACAGCGUUCCAGUAAACUUCUAGCUGUUGUUUUCAAUUUUCAUCUGUUGUCAGCUGUUGUAAGCCGUUGUUAGUUGUUGUUAGCUAUACCAGUUGUAAACAAUGCAUAACAACUUUCAAAUACCAUAGCCCUGUGUUCACAGUUAGACGUUGGGCAGUACAACAUAUACCACUUAUUUCAUUUCACAAAAACAAAACAGAAGUGCUAAUAAAUAAUAUAUUACGAGAACUCUCACUGUUACUCUUUACUGUUGAUGCACUGCACUGCCAUCUUGGAUUAUGAUGUUGUCUUCAAGUCGGGGUUGGUAAGGAUUCUGACUUCCUGAGUCGGAAAUCUGACUUAAUGUGUGCGUUUCAGGUGAAGUUCCAACUUGGAGCUCAGAAAUUCUGACUUCUGAGUACAACUGGAACACAGCCUAAGUUCACAAUUAACAAAGAUUUCCAAUCACUGCUGCAGCCCAAACAUCAAGAGUACCUAAUUUCUGCUGUGAAUUUUUUAAAAUUUCCAUAAAUAAUAGUUACGUUGUUUGGAUUCUGUGAUCUUUUUGUGUUGUUACAAGUGUCAUGUUUUUGUAGUGGCUGAGUCGUGUGGUUUCAAGGCAGUGAGCCGCAUUUAACCUCAGCAGACAGUGGUGGUCGCCAGCCCUGACGCUGUUAUUUUGGGGUCACAGGCUGAAAAGUUUGGGAACCUCUUUUUUAAUGAAAUAUUGACUGCUGAACCUGGUUUUCAUUUAAUAAAUCUGUUCAUUUAAGUGUACAGACAUGAGUAUGCAUGUGUGUGUGUGUGUGUGUGUGUGUGUGUGUGUGUGUGUGUGUGUGUGUGUGUGUGUGUGUGUACUGGUAUGUGUAUCGAUGUCCACCAAUAGAAAGCACUCUAUUUUUGCACUGAGCUGUAUAAUAUAUAAUGUAUUUUCCCUCAUAGUGUGGUGCUUUAUGAGGUAUAGAGACUAUAGAUGUGAUAAUAUCAGACAGAGAAGGGCUUGAAUCCAGUCUGUGUGUGCGUGUGUGUGUUUGUAAUUGUGUGUUUCUUUGCUUUUGAACAUGUCUGCUAAUUGGACAGGGUGUGUGCUAUAAAUAGGAUUUUCCUGGAAUCUUUGCACAUCUACUGGGAAGUGGAAUUUGUCUCAGAUAUGUUUCUCACUUUGUGACUUGGUAUGUGUGCAUGUUUGUGUGUGUGUGAGAGUAUGUGUGUUACAUAUCUUGUCUCUUUAUCUGACAGUUUUAAUCAGGCAAUGAUCUGCAAUCCAGGAUGCUCCCUGUUUGCUGUACAUUUAUAUUGUGUCAUUGUUCCGCCGCUCUGCCACUGAGGAGAACAGAACUAUCCUCUGUGUCUUCAUACAUCUCCCUUCUGUCACUGGCACAGCCGCAGCUAUGAGCAAUACUUUCAUAUAGAUCCUCUGUCCCCUGAGACUCGUUGGCAGCUUAUUGUUCUCCAUAUUUUCUUGUCUGGGGAACUUUUUCAUAUUUCGCUGAAAAUGAAGAUAAAUUGUUCCUUAGUUUUAUGUGGAAGACAGAGAACAGAUUUACAUUUUCUUCUUUCCAUGACUCAUUUGCAUGCAUGCUCAUUUUAUGUUUCCCUGCCCAUGGGCGACUGGACUGUUUGUUUUCUGUCUACUUUACCAGUUGUAGUGUGAUGAUGUUGGGUUUAAAUGAACACUUUCCUUAAGGCCAACACUGAAGUGUAACAUGUUCGGAAUAUACCGCUUAGUGAUUUAGCUUUUUUUCUUUUUGCACAAGUACGUCAUCAGUGUGACCCAGAAAUUCUAAAUCUCACCAAAGAAAGUUUCUUUACCAUAUAUUUCAGAAUAGCUUGAUUUAAUUUGGAAACCUAAUUCUUUUGGUAAACAGAAAAUAAUUCCUGGAAUUCAAUUUCUGCACUGGUUUUUGGCAAAUAUGAUCUUAUUUAAAUUUAUUUUUUGACAGCCAUCAGCUAGGCUUGUGUGAAUCAUCUCUGAAAUGUUUCGUCAUCUCACUGACAUAUAUAACAGAAUAUUCAUCUCUGUCACAAAUCCCAUUAAAAUGAUGAAGCUGACUGCAGGCUAAACCUUUUUUGAGGGACCGCGGAUGAAAAACCAUUAGUCUAAAAAGUCUAAUUCCUCUACGAUGAUUUUCUUAGGAUAAUCAGAAAAUAAAUUUAGGCCUAUUAUUAAAAAAGUAAACAGUGUAAGGAUCUUAGACAAUAAAUCGUUUCAAACACCCAGUGAAUACAGGACCUCUUUUUAGCUUUAGCAUAUCAGAAAGGAGGUAGAAAAAACUUAAUCCUCACCUACAAGGAUGUCAUCAGUAACCUUUUCCAAGUAGGAAAACUUUGCUUGAAAACACAAUAAAAGGAAAUAUGUAGUCAUUAGAGUUUGUUACAUGUCUUUAGAUUACAAUCUACCAAAACUCUUAACCACCAUGGUGCUUUCUAAGAGUGUAAUCCCAGUCAAAUAAAGCUGUCACUGUUUUUCUGACUAUGUUAUUCAAAUGUUUGAAAGGCACUGGUGUCUGAGGGUAGAUAAAGGUAGAUCCAUACUGGUUUUCAGUGGCCAUUGCUGAUGCUGUUCAUUAGAGAAGGAUGCUACAGGGUUCAAUACUAUGUCAAUAUCCUGUUGUUGUUGUGUUGUUGUUGUCUUGCAUUUGAUAGAAUAUAACAAUUUAACAAUACUAACAAGUGAGAAAAAAAAGAUUAACUUGGAUGACCAUUUCCUCAAAUAAUGUUGGCAGAAAAAUAUUUUACCCAGGAAAAUAUUGCUGCAAGGGACUUAAUGGAUUUUAAGACAUCCAUAAAAAUAAUUAAAAAAACAGGUUUGGUUAAAAAAGAUAUUAGCAAAAUUAAGGUGGAAAUAGUUUCAUUAUGUCAUGCACAUUACAGUCUAAUAAACUUGAUUAUCUUAGCCAGUAAAAUGUUUUAGAUGGAUUGAAAUAGAAAAAUACAUUAGUUUAUGCUAUAGAUAUGACAAAACAUGACUAAUUUUUAUGUCAGAAUUAACACUACACAGGGCUUGACUCUAACUUUUUUCACAAGGAGCACAUGUGCACCUCAGUUAAAACAGUAAGGAGCACAUAAAGAACUUUAUGGGCACAAUGAAAAUUGAUCAAAUGAUGUGUGUCUUAUUGUAAAACAUAGGUCUUUUGGUCACAUGGCAUAAAAGCUAUCGAAGAAAAUGUUCAAAAUUUGCCGUUAGAUUGAACACAAAAUUUUUUAAGAUGACAAACUAGGGAAAGAGGUUUGUCUUGUUGUCUGAUUACUAUAAUUUGAAAUCAGUCAUAGGUCUACUGGUCACAACAAGGAAGUUAUUGAAGGAGAACAGCCUUUUUUGAGAACAUCAACAGGUAAUUUAUUGAUGGUCCCUUAUUCAACACCUGACAUUAACAACAAGGGUGCCAAGUAGAUUUAACCACGCUGCUGUUGCUGUUUCCGGUUAUGGAGAGUGAGAAGACACCGGUAGAUCCGCAGUGAAUGUCCGUCAGAUAUCCAACCUACAAUUAACUUCGCGGCGGUAUUUACAUGAAAAAACAUUUGUUGCCUCGGCUGAUUUGUUUUAUGCGCACAUGUGCUCCUAAAUACAUUUUACAAUUCGCACACAUCUAUUUUUAGUCGCAAAUCCAAGUGAAGCGGUUGCACUGUCGAGUCCUGCUACACUACAUUAUUUUAUACACCAUAGAGAGCCUGCAAUAGGCUCUAUGCACAGCUCCACUACUUCCUGAACUUAAGGCAGCUCCUUUAUUUCCUGUCUCACAUUAUUGGACGAACUGAUUAAUUCAGAUGUGACUGAUCAUUGUGACAACUCAGACACACCUGGAUUAAUCGGUUUGUCCAAUAAUGUAAGGCAGAAAUAAAGGAGCUGCCUUAAGUUCAGAAAGAUGGGAAUCAGUGCAUAAAGCCCAUCGUUUCAGAUUCUAUGUACUAUCAUUUAGGAUAGAAUAAACCUCACUCUGCUUUCUGGCUCUCGACAGUUUAUCACCAUGAUGAAUUGAACGUUGGGAUUAUGAUAAGUGUAACUGCAGCCUCCCAUAGACCUCUGAAGACACUAUUGUGGACACUGUUGUUUUCUAGGACUUCUGAGGCAACAACCUUACCUGCAGACUUCCCAAAAACACACAGUAUCACUAGUGGCAUUUCUUCUUCUUUUUCCUCUUCUUCGUCUUCUCUCUUGUUGCUCUGUUGAGAAAACUCGUAUGCUUCAAAAGACAGUUGGCAGCCACUCCACACUCCCCCUACGUCUUCUGCAAUCCCUCAGAUUAUCAAAGUAUCCGGUCUCCAUGGAAAACACAGAGGGGGAUCUUUAGCAAGAGACGGUUGCCCUGGCAACAAGCUCAGUAAAGUCAGCUGCCCAGAGCAGAGGUAAAACACAACCGACCAAAACCACAUAACUGGAAGUUGGCAGAAAGUUGACAGGAUGAAAUAGCUACCUGUCUCCGUCUGGGAAGAAAACUGGGGGAGGAAGUGCAAUGGAUCAUGAAGCCGAAGAUCUAUUUUAAAGUUUCAAAGUCCUUUUUAAAUCCUUGUACCCAUUCUCAAAACGGUGAGUCCUUAUAUCACCAUUUACAUUUGUCCUAAAGUAGUCCUUCUCAAAAUUUCUCACUUUGCGUGUUCCUCUUUGAAACAGUGUCACUUAUUUCCUCUUAAUCGCAAGAACUUUUACCAUUUGCAGCUUGAAUUGUUCUAGUAGUGAUGCCAAUAGGAUAUUGGUAUUGAUAGAAAUAUGAAAUACAGUGUGCCAGCAAGUAUGCCAGUUAAAGGUGGAGUAGGCAGGAUCAGUGGAAGUGCCAGUAUUGGGGAGAAAUCUUGAAUGUAAACACUACCCCUCCUAACUAGUUUUUCUCUCGGCCCCUCCUCUCUCCACCCUCUCUGCUCCAGCAAGCCCCGCCCACAAACAGACGCUCCUAACAUUUCAAUUAAAUUCAGAUAUAAUGCAGAUACUUCCGAUAAUUACAAAUGGGGCCCAGUCAACAUGAAGUAAAAAGCACCGGUGCUUCUGUAGAUGCCAACAGACUGCCAGCAAACACAAUGUUUGCAGGACUUCUAUGACUCGGAUAAAGUGACAUACUCCAGGACCUGAGGUAAACAGUUUAGCGGCGCCACAACACACAGCAGGUCCCGUUUGACAAGAAACACUUCUGUAAAAGACACUUGGCUUGCUUUGUUAAAGCAGUUUACCUGUCCAGCGGAAAGGUUACAGGGUCCGUAAGAUCCCAAAGCAUUCACUGAUGUUGACCCGUCUUUUUAGCUCUUGUUCAGGUGGUCUACCUCCUUCUCAGCGCCUGCUGUUCCGCCAGAGUCUCCGGUAUUUACUUUGUUUUGUGCCUCACAACAUAAGGGAGCAGCGUCUGCCUCACAACCAAUCAGCAUGAGGGAGCAGGGUCCGCCUCACAACCAAUCAGGUUGGGGGAGGCGGAGAAUAGCUUUGUUUACAUUUAGAAAGAGCGGGCCGCUCAAAAAUUUUAAAACGUUGAUUACACAGACAUAACAGAACAAUUCGAUAUUUUGAUAUUCCCACAUGUCAUCAACAACUAAUAGCUAUUGACUGAUAUUAAAAGCGUUUUCGUUUAUACACCACAAAAAAAGAUGCAUUUUUAACAGAAUCUUGCCUACCCCACCUUUAAUACACAAAUUUGUCACCCUGAUCUGCCUCUUGUGUCAGAGAGGUCAACUGGUAUCACGCCAAAUUUAAGGCUUUUUCAGGGUUAGUACUGGGAAGAAAAAACUGUAUCAAAACAUCUAUACUUGUACGCCAGGUAUUUUGAGCUGCAGUCAUCAUCACAACAUUGUGUCAUGGGUUGUUAGUGCAAAGCUGCUGAGUGCACCCAUUUCCUUCAAACUCCUAUACUGGAGUGACUUUAAGGAUAGCUGUCAGGCUGGUAACAUGUCACUGACAGAAGCAGUCAUUGUUGACAUUUCUAUCAACUAUGCCUCUGUCAGCCCAGGUAGAAAAUCAUGAAAACUGAAUCUGACAAGCUGCAUGUUCUUUCAACCUACUACAGGUUUGUCUGAAGAUCUACCUCUCUUCCUGACACGCUACAGUAAAACUGACUGCUUUGGUUCAUUUUAUUGGAAGGUUUCUUUUAUCCAGUGGGCUGUGAAGACCUUCAUGCACUUUGAAAUUCUGUCCAGUCUGCCCAGCAGAGAAAAGUGUAUUGAUUCACAGUUUGAGGCCACAUCUUAAAAUCUUGAAGACUAAAUAAUGCAUGUGUAACUCAUGUGGUCUGACAGUUUGUCGAGUUGACCUGCUCAGGAGUAUACAUCCCUCCCUCUCUCUCUCUCUCUUUCCCUCUCUCUCUCUCGCUCUGAACCAACAGUGUUUGGUCUUGACUGAAAGCAACUUUGCUGCUGACAAAGACCGGUCUUUUCUCUCCUGAGGGAAUCUAUGAUCCAAUUAGUUUUCCGUUGACAGGCUGGGAAUGUGAACAUGGAAACACCUGAAAGUAUAGGUCCAAAAAAUGAAAAUGUCAGCCAUAUCAGAUAAAGUAGCGGCACAGGAUGUAAUAGACAAACGUCCAUCUCAUCAGUUGACAGUUUUCCUGUGAGUUAGUAAACUGCUUCUACCUCAGGAAACGCUGACUAUUGUGAAGUGUUUAAGGAGUGCAGAAUCAUCAAUAUGCUGGACAGUUUGAAGACAACAUUGAAGAAAAAUUCACCCUUUUAGAUCAAAUCAUAAACUGCAGAAAUCAAACUAACUUAGUUGUAAAUAGAGGUAAUAUAAGGUAGGUUUCAAAAAGACAGAGAAAGAAGAGUGGAUCUAAAGAUUGACAGACAGCUGAACGUUGCUUCAAGUGUUACCUUCAGGGACGGUCCAUAGUGAGUAGCUAUCAGAGACGGAGUGACAGUAGUUGAGACACACUGUAGACGGCCAGAAAUACUGAUGGAAAGCAGUGAAAAAGACACCCUAAUCACUGGGUUUGGUUUGAACACAGGGGCUUUGUGAUGAGGAUUUUCUUAGCUAUUUAAAUAGUAAUUUAGACUCAGUGGACUGUGGCAAAAGUGAAUGGACUCUAGAAAAAGAGAUGGGUUAAGCUUCAUGUGUUCUCUGGAGUGAGCUUAUAAGAGACUUUGAAAAGUAUGAAUAAAAUACAGGAAUCCUGAAAGACUUUGAGGUUUCUUGUAAUGUGCUUCUUUUUAAUAAAAUAUCUCGUAUUAGUUACACAACAUGUCCCCAUGCACCCACAAAAACUAACAAUCAAUUUAUGUUGCCUUAAUCAGGAUAAUUAAUAAACAGCUUUUUUUUCACUGUCAUUGUUUAAAACUGUAAGCUUUACUCUACUUGGCCUUCUUAUUAAUUACCCAGCUGCUUGAAAUACUUAAUCCUGAUUAGUCAAAAACCUCAUAACAAUGGUAAUUAAAUCUGAACAGCAAGAGCAAAGCCCGAGACAACCAGAUCACACACAUCCUACGAAAUCAAGCUGCAAAAAAAGAGUCCAGCACAUUCAAAUAGGUUAAAAUUUCAUCUCCUCAAUUAAUUAGAAAAGUAUAAAAUGUCAGAUUUGUGUUUAAUGGCCGACCAGACACAGAAAAUAAGAUGCGAAAAGGAGAGUAAGGGAUGUUAAAUCAGUGAGAGAGCUUUUGACCAAAUUCAAAAUCAGGCACAACACAGCGUGCGCUUUGUAAAUCUUACAGGACUAGGUGCAGAGGGAAAUAACACCAACAGGAGAGUUACAGGGGAGACAAUCGUGAUGUAUUUAAUUUCCAAAUUUUUGACUUUAUCCUCGUGGUGCAUAAUAAAAAAAAAAAAUCUUCCUCCUCUUAAAGUUAUUUUUCUCUUUCCUUGACCUAAAACUCUUCAUAUAAUGGUAAUACUUAUAGCAAACGACUAAUAAUAGCAAACGACUAAUAAUCUUUUUUCUUUUUCAUCAUUUGAAUAAAAGAUGAACAGUUUUGAAGCCAGACUAUGAGGUUCAAAGAGCUAUAGCUGGGAAGUGAUUAGUUGAAAACUGUAAACAAUCCAAAUUUAUUGACAAUUAAUCCAAUAUUUUAAGAAAUGUUGAAUGAAAAAGCUCAAGCUAGUGAUUCCAUCUUUUUAGAUUAGAUUUUUUUGUAUAGCUCGCUCCUUAGUCACAACAAAGUGAAAAUCUCUUGGUUUAGGGAAAAAAAAAAAAAAUUUAAAUAUGUCAGUAUGGGCUUGGAAACAGUCAUCGACAUUUCUUAGACAGUGGCUCUGAAUAUGCAUGUCCUGGAUACAAAAUGGACCAUAUUGUGAAAAAGCCAAACCAAAUACAGUUCACACAAAGCUUACAAACUAAUUAAAAUGCACUACAGAAAUCAGUGCCAGUAUGGAGUGGUUAUGUACAAAAUUUGCAAUAAACAAGGUAGUGAACUUAGAAACUCUUGAAUCAGAUUCAAUUUUUAAUUUCAGGGACUUCAUGAAGAGAUCAGCUGCUGCUGAGCAGAAAAAAAACUUCCCCCUGAAUUUGCAUGUACAAGUUUGUUGUACAUUUUUGGCUCGAGUAUUUCGUAAACAAACCUCAAAGUAUCAUGAAAUGUUAGCAAUCAUAUUUAAUCCCAUAGAGCGAAAUGUUAAGCAAAAUUUUUCUUGGAAGAUUUUAAAAGCAGAAUGCACCAAAGUGAUGUUGGCAGCAGAGGAAGAAUGGACUCAAGAGAUUUCAAAUGUAAUUUCUGCCAGAUUCACAUGUGUAUGAAAUGGGCCAGUCAGCCUAAUGAGGGUUCAAACAACAUAAGAGGGUCUUUUUCUUUUUUGGAGGUGUUGCUAGACUCAUCACCAGCCCGCUGGUCAAACAGCCCACCAGGAGAAGAACUCCCACUCCUCCAGAUGGCCUGUCUGCCUUUGAUUGCCAAUAUCUGUGCGGGCGUUGUUUUGGAUACCUAAAUAACUUCAGCAGUUGAAUCAAAAGGUGGUCAACAACAACAUUAGAUAACUGAAAAUUAGCUAUGUGACCUAGCUCCUGAUUACAAAAUAACUGCAGUUGUUAUGAAGAGAAGUUUGCCCAACUUUGCCUCUUCCACAGAUGGUGUUUUGAAUUAGAGGCUGCUUGCAAAAUAGGCGGUAAAAAGGACCAAAAAAACAGCAUACAGUAUUUUUCCCAGCACUCAGUGGGAGCCCCUGUUCUCUAAGGGUUUACUUCUUCAAACAGCACCAAACAUUAAUUUAGGCAUGAGGGCAAAAAUCAUGCUGUUUCUGUCUGUGGUAUUAAUGUCUGACUGUUUUCCAGCACAGCAGACAUUGAUGUACAGUAUGUGCAGUCGAUCUUUUUGUAUAAAAUGAAUUCUACACAAUGUUUUUAUUCUAAGGAUUUGGUUGAAGACAGUAUCUUGGGGAAACCUCUCAAGAUGGAUUGGUUGGCAGUGUUUUGUCUCAUAUUUAUUUUUUUGUAAUGCAAUAGCACUCUCCUUGAAUCUUGCAAUAACUCCAGUGUCUCAUAUCACUAUGUACUGUUGCUCGUCUUGAUCCAGGAGUCACAUCCUUUGCUAUCUCCUCAAAGCUAUUUUAAGAUUUAUAUUAGCUUCUUACUCAGUUCUCUUCCCAUAUAAAUCAGGUUUUUUUGGUGUGUUCUUCACACUCUGUUCUUCACAUCUUUUGGCUCUUGUUUCUCAUUCACUGCACCCAUAAAAUACAAUCAUUAGAGCAGGAUCAGGCGCACAGGGGGCAUUCAGUCAGGGGCUCUGUCAGCAGAAGGGAUUGUUAAUUGUAACCAUUAGGCUGCUGUGGUGCUAUGCUGACAGAGCUCUAAUAGACACUGGCCUUUGGUUUAAAAAUGCCUUUUUGCCCUGUGGACAGCAGCAGGGCUACAGCAAUUUUAACCCAAACCCCACAGCAGCUCCUGUAUUGUAGCUGACAAGGAGUCAGCCCUCUGUGGUUGUUUUUCCAGGGUCUUCAGGGAUUGGAGGCGUUGUUCUGAAACAAAUUGUUACCUUUGGUUCCUCUUAAAAACAUGCCAUUAGUCAGAGGAUCAGCUUCAGUUUCCGUUGCUUUUUUCUCCGUUACACUCAAGCUGACUGUAGCUGUGGGAGAGAAGUUUUUUGUCUGAUAAAUCUUAGCUUUGUUGGAUGUAUGCAGUUUAUAUGGUGUUAAUUGAAAGCUUCAAACAUAAUUAAACCCCUAUUAGACACCCUGUUGUGCCUUAAUUAGAUACUGGCGAUACUAAUGCUUGAGGAUAACAGUGAUGGGUGUUUGAUUUGCUCACAUUUAGAGUUGUGAUAAAAGUAAACAGGAGGAAAGAACUAGUGAAACCUGCUUGGCUAAACAUGCAGAUAAGGGUUUUCUAAAAGCCACUGUGAGAAAUUUUGUGUGUGAGUAAAUUCAUGGGGUCGCUCAGGACAAAGUGAUUCCUCUCAUCUCUGUACUGUUUCUGUCCUGUACACGGGAGUGUAAAUUUUUCUCUCCAUCGUUUUACUUCUUACACCAGUCGUACAUAGCACUGAAUCUUCUUGUGAGAAAGGCUGUUCCAGUAGCAUGCUGUUACUCUUCACAUUUAUCACAUGGUAAUGGUUAAAAGUAUUCAAAUUGAUGUCAUACUUGGUAUUUUUAACGGCUUACUUUGCAGAGCAUUAUUGUUAAGCAGAGCAUUAAACAUAGGCUGCAAAAAUGACAUUUCAAACACUUUGUUCUUAUUUAGGGGUGUCCCAAUAUGAUAUUGAUAUCGGAUAUCGGUCGGAUAUCAGCAAAGAAAACAAAUAUCGGAUUACAUCGACCUGCAACUAAAGUCUCUGAUAUCAGCACUCUGAAACAAGCAGUCCAUUCCAGACUCUGCUCUGGCACCUCUGUCUAGCAGCCCCCUGAUCCAGCAAGCUGAGCCCACUAAAUCACAACAACAGUGUGUACUAAGGUACUAACAAAGUAGCGAAGAGUAAGAGUGAUGUUGGCCUUGUGCAGAAUUUUUUGUUUAAAGGGAUAUUCAUUUCUUAAUGGAAAUGCAGUCAGACUGAGAUGCUAAGGCAGAAGAACUACCGCGUCUGCAGUGCAAAAUGAUCAAUAUGAGUAAUAUGAUUAUUACUUCAAGGAAAUGAUAACCAAUGGGAUACAAUACAGAGGGAUGCAAAAGUUUGGGCAACCUUGUUAAUUUUCAUGAUUUUCCUUCAUAAAUCAUUGGUUCUUCGGAUAAAAAAAAUCAGUUAAAUAUGUCAUAUAGGAGACAAACAGUGAUAUUUGAGAAGUGAAACAAAGUUUAUAGGAUUUACAGGAAGUGUGCAAUAAUUUUUUAAACAAAAUUAGGCAGGUGCAUAAAUUUGGUCACCACAAUAAAAAAAUUAACUCAAUAUUUAGUAGAUCCCCCUUUUGCAGAAAUAACAGCUUCUAAACGCUUCCUAUAGCUUCUUAUGAGAGUCUGGAUUCUGGUUGGAGGUAUUUUGGACCAUUCCUCUUUACAAAACAUCUCUAGUUCAUUCAGGUUUGAUGGUUUCCGAGCAUGGACAGCUUUCUUUAAGUCACACCACAGAUUUUCAAUAAUAUUUAGGUCUGGGGACUGAGAUGGCCAUUAGUAGAUUUUGAGCAGUGUUUAGGGUCAUUGUCUUGUUGAAAGAUCCAGCCCCGGCGCAGCUUCAGCCUUGUCACUGAUUCCUGGACAUUGGUCUCCAGAAUCUGCUGAUAUUGGGUGGAAUCCAUGCGUCCCUCAACUUUAACAAGAUUCCCAGUCCCUGCACUGGCCACACAGCCCCACAGCAGGAUGGAACCACCACCAAAUUUUACUGUAGGCAGCAGGUGUUUUUCUAGGAAUGCUGUGUUCUUUUUCCUCCAUGCAUGACGCCCCUUGUUAUGUCCAAAUAACUCAAUUUUAGUUUCAUCAGUCCACAGCACCUUAUUCCAAGAGGAAGCCGGCUUGUCCAAAUGUGCUUUAGCGUACCUCAAGCAGCUUUGUUUGUGAUGUGGGCAGAGAAAAGGCUUCCUCCGCAUCACUCUUGCGUACAGCAUCUCCUUGUGUAAAGUGCGCCAAAUAGUUGAACGAUGCACAAUGACUCCAUCUGCAGCAAGAUCAUGUUGUAGGUCUUUAGUGCUGGUGUUUGGGUUGACUUUGACUGUUCUAAACAUUCUUCGCUUCUGUUUAUCUGUGAUUUUCCUUGGUCUGUCACUUUGGGCCUUAACUUGAACUGUGCCCGUGGUCUUCCAUUUCCUCAGUAUGUUCCUAACUGUCGAAACAGACAACUGAAAUCUCUGAGACAGCUUUCGGUAUCCUUCCCCUAAUCCAUGAUUGUGAACAAUCUUUGUUUUUCAGGUUAUUUGACAGUUCUUUUGAGACUCCCAUGUCGCUUCUCUCCAGAGAAGAUUCACAGAGGAGGGAAACUUACAAUUGCCCCCCUUAAAUACUCUCUCAUAAUUGGGUUCACCUGUGUAUGGAGGUCAAGGGUCACUGAGCUUACCAAACCAAUUUUGAGUUCCAAUAAUUGGUUAUUAAGGUUUUGAAAUCAGUAAAAUGACAACAGUGCCCAAAUUUAUGCACCUGCCUAAUUUUGUUGAAACAAUUAUUGCACACUUCCUGUAAAUCCUAUGAACUUCGUUUCACUUCUCAAAUAUCACUGUGUUUGUCUCCUAUAUGAUAUAUUUAACUCAUUUUUUUUUAUCCCAAGAACCAUGAUUUAUGAAGGAAAAUCAUGAAAAUUAACAAGGUUGCCCAAACUUUCGCAUCCCACUGUAUGUACUGUUGAUGAAGUUAGGUGCUGUUCUGAGUAUUAUUUGUGGCUAUAGAGUGGCGUUUUGGUUGAGGUUCGUUUGUGGCUCCUCAGACCGCUGUGUAUUGCUAUCAUGCGGUCGUUACUAAAGUUGGUAUAACUAGAGAAGCAAGCGGUCGGCAACGUUAAUCUCUCAAGAGGGCGUCUAACUCGGUGAUACGGUGUGUUUGACCCUAAAUUAAUUUUUCGCUGGAAUAUCCCUUUAAGUCCGAAAAAGACAUUGCAGCUGAGUGAAAAACUUGUCAUGCACAAUUUUGUUCCGAUAUCAUAUCAAUAUCGUCAGUCUUGAAGGCUACAAUGACUGUAUUGUAUUGGAAGUCAAAAAGUUGUAUCGGGACAUCCCCAUUCUUAUUACAGGUCUGCCCAGUUCUGCAUUCCUUGUGCAUUCCUUGUCUGAGCCACAGAGAUUGUACUCCCUGUGUCCCUUUAAUUCAACACAUUCUUUAUUGUAGUGUAAAUGUAUUGCCUGCAUUUACACAAUGCAACUGCCUGUAGUCUGAUGAAACUUAAGUGCGCUGCAGGUGGAAGACUUUUAAAGGGCUUUUUGACAGCAAAGUGAAGUGCUGAAAAUCACACAAUGGCGUAGUUCCAUUCUCUGAGAAUAGUGAUUUGUCAGGACUUUGUUAAAACUAGCUGAACUGUGUGGUAGAGAUGACUCUGGGGGGCUUUUGUUCUGGAGUUGUGCACUGAGGAAACAUGAGCAUUGACUGAAACACCUGAAGUGCAAAGUGCACACACUUGCUGUAGAACCACACCUUAAUAAAUAAAUGGUGGUUAAAUAUCUCAACAGCUUUUGGAUUGGUUGCCAUUUCAUAUUUAUGUUUCCUUUAAGGAUGAAUUGUAACUUGUAAAAGCUCAGUUUUUAAUCUGAUGCUAUCAUGAAGUUUAAAGUAGUUUCCUACUUUUCACAUGACCAAAAAAAAAACCCACCUUAAAAUAUAAUUAGGUUUGACUUGCCAACAGACAGAGCUGGAAUGCCUCGAUAUAUAGGCUUCCAAAUUGAUGUACAAAAUAGAAGACGCUUUAAAUAGUCAGUCCAAAAACUCUGCAAGUUUGAUCUACACACUUGGCACAAAUCAGAGGACUUCUCCCACUUCCUGGCUGGCAGAAAGGAUCCACAUUCUCUCUCGGAUUCUAGUUAAGGGAGACAGUAAGACAUGAGAAAGGUUUUGAGGUCUCAGUGUUCUGCUUAGGGUGUUUUCAGUCAUCCACAUGUCCAGCAGCAAAAAGACUGGGACAGAAAGGAAGUGUAAAAAAGGGAAGACGAGGACUUUUUUUUGUCUCUGAAGAUGAGCUGAGAAUUGCGACAAUUAGUUGAAGCAGUUACCGCUCUGUGUAUCUGAGCUCUCGGAGAGGAAGGCUGUCGUGUUCAAACCCACAGGAUUUUAUUUUGAAUUCUGCUCCAAGGAGCUGAGGUUACCAAAGAUACCAAAUAUGUCAGGUUGUAUCGUGGAGAGAUGUGUGUGGGCUUCAAAUUAUGCAAAAGACAUCUCAAUUUUUUUUAGUUGAGAGGAUGGAGCUCCAAAAAAAUGGUACACAAUGUGAAAUGAGUGUGAUGAUUUCCCUUCACUGGGAUGCAAAUUAAUAGAAAAUUAAAAAAGGGAGGGGAAACGAUUCAAGAGGCUAAUGAGUCCUGUUUUGUAGUCCUCCUGUCAGUUUGCUUGUUUUUCUGUGUGCACUGUGACCACAUGUGCUCUGUGAGCGGAUGUGUGCCCUCUUCCUUUGUGAAUGCCAAGGAUGGUACCCAUGGUUUAUUCAUAGAGAGGUGGUAGAAUGCCUCAUGGUUCAUUUCUAAGGCUACAAGGCCAGGCAGGCGAGGACUUUGUGAAGGACAAUUGAUGAAGCCAAGCCCGGUCAGCAGGAUCAGGGCUCUUUGUUAAUAAUCCAUAUUUGUGUGUGGAAAGAAUAAUUUUAAUCACCUGUUAUGUCUUUUCACGCUCUCAGUCCACGCUGCUUUUUUUAAAAUAAAAGUCACAGCUCCAAUUUGCCCUGUCUAUCAUUUCAUUAUUUAGCCAAGUCUUCGAAACACACAAGCCAAAACUCAUUACUGCUAUAUUAAUCAAACCUUUCCCCGUCCUUGGACAUAAACCUGUUUUAUUUUGCCUCUUCUGCUUAUCUCGACUUUUUAAUUGUGUACGAAGAAGACUCACACAUAAAAACGGUUGGCUUUGCAACAAGAUGCCACAGGAAAGUACAGGAUCCUAAUGAUCCAUUUUAGGUUUGGGGUUUUUGUGAGUUAAUUAUUGUGCUGAAGCUCUUCACAACUUCUGUAAAAUUGAGCCGUCUUUGGUUGACAGGUCAGAAAUGAUUCACUAAUAAUAACUUUUCAGCCUGUCUAGCAGCCUCCAGGUUUGCUGGUGCACAGCAAACGGUUACAGUGUGUAGAGUAUUGUUAUUGUUAUAUGGCGUAUGCUGUAUUUAAGUUGCUCUGGUAUAAGAGAAGCCGACAUACGAAUGAAGACAUUGUCCUGUCUCUCUGUACUGAUUCCCUUGCACUAAUUGUAUCUCGUUAGGAACAAGAUGUGAAUAUCUUUAACAUUAGACUCUCAGAUUAAGAUCUCAAUUAAAGGAGGGAAUCUGUCACCCAGUUCGAAAUGAAUCAUUAUUCAUAUUCAUGUAUUUUCAUAUCCACUAUAUCCUGCCAUGGUUCACUGAAUUCUGAAGCAUUAAGCCAGAACUAAUUGACCACAAGCCUCUCCAAUGGUUUCUUUAAUGGCUUUGUGCUUUCUGUUAAAUCAGUUUUCAGAGAAGAUCUCACUGCUACUCUAAGUUUACUCUCCUCUUUUUAGUCCUUAUUUCAGGCCUUGAAGGCAUAUUAAGUUUUCUCCUCCGUGUAUUUAGAGCUCUGCUGUGUUUGGAUUCACUCGAGUAAUCCUGUGAUUCCGUUUUAACCUGAUUUCAUGAGCAUCAUGUAAAUGAGAACCCAAAAUAUUUUGAGGGGGAUUAAGAAAAACCCGGUUAUCCCAGUAUUAUGGUUACACGCAACCAGGAUUCAGCCGCCUUUUUAAAGAUACAUAAUACAGGACAAAGGCUGUACUGAGGGAAAGUAGUUCUCUGAUUGUUGUGUGGAAAACUGAAGGACAGCACAUUACCUUCAAUGAUAUUUAACCACACAGGAAAUAACUGAGCUUAUACCCAGGCAAAGUAGAAACUUUGAUUGGUUGAUUUAAUUCAAGCAGGUAGUAUUAUAAGUACAGCUUCAUCCUCAAUGUUGAAGUAUAUUGGUGUUGUCUAGUUCGAAUCACAAAUGAGGAAUAAAUUGUUUUUAGAAUAGACCAUGGCAAAAGACAUCAAAUGAGGUGAUCACAUAAGUUAUUUCAUUUAGUCUUUUUGGGUGGUCUCACUGAGAACCCCACUUUUCAGUCUUUUCAAUGUGAAGUUACAGGAGAUGUCAACUGAGAUACAAGGAUGUUUACCAGAUUUUUUAAUGAACUUUGGAUGUGAAAAAGAAAAAAAAAUCUAUCUAUCUAUCUAUCUAUCUAUCUAUCUAUCUAUCUAUCUAUCUAUCUAUCUAUCUAUCUAUCUAUCUAUCUAUCUAUCUAUCUAUCUAUCUAUCUAUCUAUCUAUCUAUCUAUCUAUCUAUCGAUCGAUCGAGAGAGAGAGAGAGAUAUUUAUAUAGAUAGAUAGAUAGAUACAAUGUGUGUCAAGACAUCAGCCUCCUACUGCGGUUACUUUUGGCAUCAAUACAAUACACAAACUUUAUUCAUCCCCAAAAGGAAAUUCAUCAUGGCCCUCUGUCCUGAAUUACAUGUAAAUCCAACUACAUAGAGCUCCAAAGACAAGUGAAUCACCAGAGUCUCUGGGGUCCAUCUUCAGGGAAACUUAAAUGUAUGUCUUAAACUUCAUGAUGAUUCAUUCAGUCAUCGCUGAGCUAUUAAAGUCUCUACUAAAGUAAUGACACUGCCAACUACAGACCAUAAAUGCCCUCAGGUUCUUUAAAAGUGGUAUUUGAGUCCUUAAACACAUAGUAUUACUCAAGAUUUGAUUCUGAAGCACAUAUGGUGUCGUGUAGCAGAGCUUUAUUUUGCAGUUAAAGAAUGAAUAACUUGUUUUCACCUUUUCUUUCUCCAUUUUCUCAUGUGUGGAAGAGCUCCUUGGUGGUACAGAAGCUUGGUAGUUGUUGGGGGAUGGGUGGUUUUUAAUUGUCACUUGAGAAACUAGCCAAUCUUAUUGCCUCUCACCUCUCUAUGCAGCUCACUAGAUCAAUUGCGCUUUGGAGAUCGACCAUGUCAGUUGCUGACAGAGCCACUAUACUUGCAGCUCAUCCAGUGAUUCUGCUCACUGAUUGCACGGGUGCACCGAAAGGUUGCAGCAAACCCAUCGCCCUGACUCCCACCCUUCCAGUCCCAAAGCCUCGAGAGCAAUGCCAAUUUCAGUCCUCAGAUCUAAGCUACCUUCAUUCACAGUUGUCUUUGCACACUCCUUCCACCAGGGCAUGGUAGAGUGACAGAGGAGGUCUGGGCUUGUUAAGACAGAUGCAGAAAAUAACCCCAGUGCAGGCACAAUGAAAACGCUCAGUUCCGGGAUAUGGGACCAUGAGGGACACUCUGAAUUGGACACCUCCACAGAGGUGUGAAGUAGAGUUUUUGUCCCACCCCACAGAGAGCAAGAGGAUGAGGAGGUUAUGGUGGGUGUGAGGGAGGGUAGAGUAGGUGGCUGUAAUAGUGCAGUGGGAGUAGAUAGACCAAAGGAGAGGGGGAGCUCAGGAGACUGUCACCAAUCGUCACCAUGAGUCGCCCUGCCUUUGUAUUAAUUUUCCUUUUGGUGUGCCUGGAGAGUCGGGUGAGAAAUCACCCACCUUAAAAUAGAAGUGUGUAGGAGAGUGUCCAUGUGUGUGUGUGUCCUGUACAUAACCCACUAUGAUGGAGUAGCUCUCACCCAUAGCUGAGGGCCGGGGUCUUUCUUCUUGUUGCCAAAGGGUCCAUGCUAGUUGGAGAGUGUGACUGUGAAUAUAGAACUGAAUGAAUGCUCUGUUCGCCUUUCAUCAAUCGCUUCAGCUAUAUCUUACAUCUGUCCCCUGAGGCAGAGGUGUGCUCUCACCAAACCUCACGAAUGGGAAGACGACAGCUUUUUUUAUUUUCUAAUUUCAGGAUGAUCUUUGAGCAACAGUGAGGGACACUGAAAGGAGACAUUCACUCACAGACAGAGCAUUCAUUGUGGUAGACUGUUGUGCGUCUCUUUGAUGUCAGUUUCGUGGUAUGUUGGCUAAUUAGAAGAAGUAGGAUGAAGAAGAAUAGAUAAUUUAAAAUAAAGAGUAAAGAAUUUACUUUCCUUUAGUAAAGUGUGAUAGCCAAUUUAAGCCACUUUUAAAAAUAGGAAUUACCUUUUUGGUGGUAAUUCGGUGGUCAUUCCUUUAAGACCUUUGUGAUUCAGUGGACACAGACUCCGCUGAAUGGGCUUUAGAAACAACUGCGAAAUGGGCUGUAGGGCUGGGCAAUAAAACAAUAACGAUAUAGAUAGAAAAUUUAAUGGUCAAUAUGCUUUUUGAUAGUCGGCAUUCUGCCAUGUUUUGGUAGACUACAUGAAUAGCCAAUGAAAAGGGGAGCUGCCCCGGGUCCGCUUCGUGCUGAACCAAUCAUGUGCUGAUUUAGAACCAAGUAGCAAAAAACUGCGUAGUAGCAGGCUGCAGCUACACGCAACUAUAGCACUUUAACAUGUGAGGUCAACAGCACUGUCGGUGAGAAAAAAAGUAAAUGAGUGCUACCCCCAGCAGAAAUGCAGAUGAAGGCUCAACAGAUAAUGACAUUGUUGACAACACUGGCAUGACAACGUCGGUGGUGUGGAGGUAUUUUGUUUUUUGAGGUCGGACAUGAAGCAGAGUAAUGUGUACUACAAAUUAUGUCGAGUACAGCAAAGUCGAGGAAUACCUCAAAUCUUUUUUCACCACCUGAAGCAGUGCCACACGGCAGAACACACGCAAUGCAAAAGGUUACAAACCCCAAGUGGGGCAAGGAGCCCAUGGCGCCUGUGCAGCUGAAACAGCUGACUAUUCAGUCCCCUUUCUUUAGUGCAACGCCUUAUGACAAAACAUUAAAGAGACUCUAAGACCUCACAGAUGCAGUAGCUUAUUGUAUUGCAAAAGACAUGCUACCAAUAAGCACUGUUAAAUUUCCUUUUUUAUAUCGUGAUAUAUAUCAAUAUUGACUGACAUGAAAAAAAAAUAUGUUGUGAUAAACUUUUAUCCACAUCGCCCAGCCCCUAUAGGCUGUAGUUACAGAAAGAACUUUACAACUUGCUGCAUUAAUUUUGUUGUUCUUUUCAUAUCGGCUAAGAUCACAACUAAGUAGGGUUGUCACAGUAUCAGCCGUUUGAACUCUGAUAUUACGCCUGUAGAAAUCAAAAAGUAAAACUAAAGAAUGUCAAAAUCCUUUUUGAAUACUACAGCAACAAAAAAUGAGCUCCUGUGCACCCUUUUUUCUUUGUCAAGAUGAGAAUCUAACCUAACAGUCUGACCCAAACUCUUAACAGUGAAUAAAACUUCCUGACACACUUCCUGUCAGGUAAAUGUUCCUUGGCACUCUAAGACUUCUGGCUACUGCUUCUCUCUUUUUUGCUUGCAGCAGCUUCUGGUAAAAAAUAUGAGAGUGAAUCUGUUUCCAGAUUGGCUUUAGUCCUUCUCAAUACUGCUGAACAUAAAAAUGGAAGAUUAUUAAAGAUUUUGAAAACCUAAGAGGCAGUAAUGUGCAGUGUGUGGGUGAUCCUAAAAUGAAAUUAUAUAAAAACAUGAAUCAACAGAAGCAAUUUAGGCUAAUCUUUAGGAGACCUUUUCUUAUAAAUACCAAAAAAACAACCAAAUACACAGCUAAAUUCAUGUAUAAUGUUAUGCAAAUUGUGAUCGCUAUUAUUUUGGAUCGUUUGGUAUUUGAAUGAUUACAAUAUUAAGGUUUAAUGUUUAUGUAUACCUAUCUAGCAAAUAGUAAAUCAUUAUUAUUGUUACACAGUUAAAUUAGAAGGUCAAAAUCUUUGCUAAAUUAUACUUUAUGCAUUUGUACAAUUGUGUUGAAUGCUUGUUUGCAGCACUCCUGUCAUCAGAUCAUUAUAUACUGUGUGUCUUUGACAACCUGAUGAAACUCUGAAAUGACCAAUUUAGCAAUAAUUAUGAAGUGUAAAUAUUAAUAUAAUGUUAUUUUUGUAUUUUUACCUUUAAUAUUGUUCCAUUCAAACUUUGUCAGUACAUUGUUGUAUUCUCCAGUCAAUUGAUUUUGAGCUGCUGAAACAAGAGAAUUCUUAUCUUAUCUCAAAUCACUUUUUUUUCGCCACAGUAUUGAGAAAAGGAAAAGAUGAGUUGGGUUGGUUAAUCUUUAAGAGCGUCUGUGAUUAGCUCGCCAUCUGUUGUUUUCCAAGGGUGAAAAAUAACCAACAUUUUAACAUCAAUAAGCAGUAUCUUUGUUGUACAAGUUCACAAGUUGUAUAAGUUCACACAAAUCAAAUGUAUGUAUAAGUUAAGACAACUUUUAAUAAUCAAUCUAUUACCGACAAAAUUAUAAAAUUAAAAUAAACAUUGGAAAACAUUCAAAUUCCUCAGAAAUUUUUAACAAAAAAUUCAACACUUUCAGUAUUUCUUAUUAUCUCUGUCGGCAGCUUGAUGUAAAUUUACAGUUUUUCAAUAGGACUUUUGAACUGAGGCUACCACAAUUAUAGCAGGAAGUAACAAAUACACGAACAUCACUCCAGCAAGACUUUUAGAGUUAACAAAGCACUAAAGACAAUAUAAGAAACUCACCACUGAGUGCUGAAGAGUUCCAGAUAAACUUUUGUGUGAAUGCCAACAGAGAUGCUGACCUGCGAUGCUGUGUGGGCGGAAGAGGGCAGAGGAAGUGACCCCUGUAAAGCAGUUAUUGAUAAUUAAUGAUUUGUGGGUGAAGCUCUGAAAGGUUCACUAGUUUAGAGGAGUUUAAAUGAGAUUGUGAAAAGUUGUAAAUAGCUAUUAACAUUACUGAGGUGCCACAAAGGGCACUCCUCAGACGCAGACAGGCAACAUGGCAUGACAGAUCUAGUUAAAUGGUUGCCGCAGUCAAGUCAAGAUCCUGAGCACUCUUCUCACCACUCUGCCUUGCUGCUUUUUAAUACAAAUGUAUGCUUGGUUCUUUGUAUCCACUCCCAUAAAUCCUCCAUUGUUCAGGUAAGAAGAAUCCCAGGGUUUGUGAUGAAGUGGUGCCUGCCGUGCCUCUUUUUACUUAAGUCUGUGAUUUUCUGAAUCUCCUAGAAUACCUUCCAACGUCUCUUAGGGAACACCACAGGACAUUCAGUGCCCAGCGGAGUUUUAUGUGUUGGUGGAGGGAAUAAUGAACAGGAGUGAAAGUAAGAGCAGGAUGGUGCAUUUCUAAUCGAAACAAGUGAGCUCAAGUCUCUCAGCUUGAGGGAAUCUUAUAUUGUUGAUUGAGGAGAGUGUUCAGUAACUGCCAGUGUUCACAGCUAUUUUUAUUAUUGCAUUGGGGUUCCUGAAUGGACUUUGUUUCAGCAUGUAAAUCAGUGUCUUUUCUUCAGGUUUUUAUCAGAGUGAUGGUGCAUAUUUCCCCCACAUCCUUGGGAAUAGGAACCGACUCUACUGGAGGGUCUAUAGUAUAUUUUCAGAAAUACAUCAUGCCAUAAGCACACACUUCUCAAAUUUUAUUACAGUGAAACCAUGGAAUCCCACUGCGUAUUCCUGAAACUGCCUGAAACAAAACACAGUAAAACUGUUUCUUUUUGGAUGGGCUCCAGUUAGACCUCUUGAUAUUUGGGUAUUUGCUAUGGUUUCCUUCUCUGCUUUGUUUGUCCGUUUUCCUCUUGAGAAUGAGAUUCUCCGUUGUCUCCUGUCUUUUUUUCCUCCUGGCCAUCAGCCAGAAGAGCCUCUGAGCUGAACACAAACAGAGUUUAAGAUGAAACACGAACACAAGAGCGGAGCUAAUGCACUGGUCUUUGAAAAUGGCUUCUUGGUGUCAUGUAUUUCAAGCCACAUUUGGAUGUGGAACAUUGUUGGUAUAUGUUACUUAUCCAAGCUGAGAGGACAUGACACACUUCAUACAGAAUGAAAGAUCUAUGUCUGGUGUCAGUACAACGCUCUAGUUACACAGUGGCUCCAAAUCCAGAUUGAGUUUGUAGGGCUGCAUCUCAGGAUUCAUUUUUUUGAACAGCUGCUAGUAAAAGUUUUUAGCUUAGCUUGAAAAGUAUUACAUUUUUGGGGAUUUACAGUAUGGAUUACACAGGAAACAAAGAAAAGUUCUCACUCUUCACACCCCACAGGACAGGUAGGAAAAUUGCGUGGUAUCAUAAACUUAUCUCACCUAUCAGCUGGUGAGAUCUUAGGUCAUGAGGUACUGUAAAUUCAGUGAUUUGAUCAUUACCUGCUUUAGCUUCUGUUUUUUCUACCAUUACCAAAUUUUCCACCAUCCUCAAACCAACACUCUAGCACUUUAUUGCUAUUGCUAGAUUAUUUAUUGGCACCAAUUCCAGCUUUGGUGUUGUUUUGUAAUGCCAAACUGCUUUAAUGCAGUUGCAAUUUGAGGACAUUUUCCUCCUUUUGGCAUGUUUUGCAAGUUGCAGUCAUGUUAGCCUCCUCUGAAACAGUAAAAAGAUCCUCACAGGGGUGGUACCAUGUUUGCUCUCUCACCAGCUUGUCACAGCUGUGUGUGUUCAUCUCUGAAUGUAACGACUGCAUUUUGCCACCUGUUUUGUAAGGUCUAGUUGCAAUAAGUAAAUGAAAACAAUUUUAAUCAGUUGGUUUUAUUAUCUGAAUAAUGGACAAUAAUGGAAAUUUACUUUUAUCAACCAAUGACCUACCAGUUUGAUAUGUGUCAUGCAUCGGGACUAAAAUCCAUACUCUCGCCUCUAAAUGAGAGAUACAAGAGCAAACAAGACCGUCAGGUACAUUAUCGACUAUUUCUGUAAUGUUUGACUUCUUCUAGCCACUUGAUAGGUGGCUGAAGAAGGACGCGCAGAAACAGUCCUCCUUCGCAUUUACCUCACAAAGAUUACACAUUUGGGUCAAGAUUUUCCUAUAGGACAAGGGGAACCGUUUUGCCUACAGGGGCUUCAAAAAUCAUCACGAACCCAAAAUCUCUCACAGAAGCUUUGAUUCAUCAUUACUCCUAAAAAUGUCAAAAAAAGAAUUCCAUUACACUUCUCUGUUCACUUUUGCAGCUAUGGCUUUGUUGUCUGUGUUUACUUUCCCGUUAUUGGUAUUGCUUCUUGAGAGGUUUGUUGUGUAUUGUCCUCGUAGAGCAGCUGCCAGAGAGGUCACAGACACAGCAAUCCCCCCAUGAGACCCUCUGUCUGUCUGUUCCUGCUGUCCUCAAUGGCUUACCUCACAAAAAGGCAAACACUCACUGUACCUUUUUAUUUACAUAAAUAGACAAACUUAAAGAGUCUACACAGUAAGGCUGCGCAUGUUCACUGGUCUCAUGAUUCUGUCUUGGAUUGGAUCCGAUUUAAUAUUGGGAUGCAUCAUGAUUGAUUACAACAGGUUACAUCCUGAAUUCUUAUGUAACAGGAAAUCUACUUUUGCAACAAUGAAGACAAGCAAGCAGUCAGAUACAUUUCAACUCCCUGUCUUUAUUAAUUAAGAAUGUUUAGAAAUAGAAAUCAAUUUUAACAUAAAUGCCUUUACAUAGUUAACCAAAAAUAAAUAGAUGUAGCCCUCUUGUAUUUAUGAUUAACUCUGCAGUCUAGCUACGGCCUUUAACAACUGUCUUUUGCUCCAAGAAAGAACAAUUUUGGAUGUGGGAAACAUCACAGAAAUGAACACAAAAAAGAAUGAAGUCUGAACAUAUUAAAUGUAACAUGCAAAUUAACAGUAGUAUUUAGCAGGCGUAAACUUCUCUGGGUGGAAAUGGCUGAUGUGGUUCCUCAGAUUACAGUAUUUGAUUUUGAAUGACAUAUCUUGUUCACCGAGUGCCUUGUCGAGUUCUUGCUUUCUAAGGAGUUUGUAAAAUCCAUAAUGAGCCCAGAUGUCCGCUUUCAUCAUACCAAGAGCAUUUUUUAGUGGCUGCUGUCUGCCAUGUUCCUUGUUUUUUUGCUAUCGCUCUUUGCAAGAGUAUGUCCCUACAGGGUUACCGUUGGCUGCCGUAAAGCUGUUGCUGUUGUUGUGAUCCAACUUGCUUUAUGCUUGUUUUUAAUCAAAAAUAACAGUUAUAAUAAUAAUGGAUUAUGUCCUAUCACUGCAAUGAUGCAGAAUUGUUUAUGUCUGCAUUGCAAUGCAUUGAAAAAUGAUUAUUUUCAACAACCCUCCUACGCAGCAUAUAUGUCAAGUACCUGAUCCACGUACAGAACAGUGCCAGAUUGUCAAGUCUUUAACAUCCACCUGAUGAGUAAGAAGUUAGUUCAUUAAAUAGACCCUUUCCCAAGUGUCUCUGGGACUGACCUGAUCAUGGCUUGACGUUUUUUUUAAAUCCAGCGCUGUCUGCUGGUAUUCCCAAAAGGAAAGCUCAGUGCAUUUUCAUGCAUAGUUAAGUCAAGCUACUGUUAUAGCUCUAGCGGGUGACUUAAUUCGACUACUGUCCUUGCCUCAGGCUACAAGCACCAGCAAAAAUCAAUUUAUUGGCAUAAGCCUCCACUAUGGAAGGUGGUGACAUUAGGCCUGGACGAUAUAGAAAAAAAGCAUAUCGAUAAAAAAUAAAUCAUAUUGAUCGAUAUCGAUAAUUAUCGAUAUAAUUAUUAUAAUUAUUUAACAUAUAUUUUAAUUGCAGCCCUGGAUGUUUUAUGCUAUUGCUGAAUGACCUACUUUUAAUAAAGAACACACAAGCACUGAAUUCAAAUUCAAACCUUUAUUCAACCACCUUUUUUAUUUUACCACAACUGAAAGUUUUUAAAAAAAGAACUAAAAAAAAAAAGAAAUCAACUUAAGUGGCCUGAGUGACGUCAGUAAAUACUGACAAACAUAAAGACUAAAGUGACCAGAAAAUCUGAUAAAUAAAUAUUUAAAUAGUCUUUUGAUGAAAAUAAACAAAACAAACAAAUAUAUAAAUAAACAGAAUAGCUUUAGGUGGGAAUAGCAUACUACCAGUUUUAACUGUGUGGGAAACUGCCCACAGCCUGGUGUCUGAACACUGAAAUAUUUCUCCCGGGGUCGGGAGAUUUAUUUAUUUUUAAUUAUCAUGUGAUUGACUUAAUACACAAACUAAGCACGAGAAGCAGGACUUAUCCACGCCGGUGUUGUGUCGUAGAAUGCACCCCUGCCGAAUGCACCCCCUGCUAGUAGCCAUGAUCCAAAUACUCGCGUCUUUGUAAAAUAUGAGCUCAUUUGAACGUAUUUCCUCCGCACCAUUCUCACCUUUUCAACCCCUGACCCAUUUUCAUGCCUGAAGCGCUGUGUUUGAGAAAUACUUGCGGCCGGGCACUUCAUAUCGCGGGUCGAGAGUGGCUAGAAGCUGGUCGAAGCCAGGCUUUUCAGCGGUAGUUAUUGGCAGUAUGUCCCUCGCUAUGGAGCAUGUUACUGCAUGGGUGAUGUCCUUAUGCCGCUCGGACGCUUUGUCGUAUUUUGGCAAGAAACGAAGUCCAGUUUGGUCUGCUUCACUUGCUUUGUGCUGGUGCUGGCAGCGGUUCCAGAGGAUUCCUCCGACGAUGACGUGGAGCCGCGGCGCGGCCGACACAGCUCGUACUCCUGCGGGUGCGAUCGGUUUAGAUGGUUAAACAAGUUGGUUGUGUUACCAGACUUGGUUUUUACUAAUUCUCUGCAAAUUUUGCAAACGACCGCUGUUCGCUUUUUGUCAGACUUCUAAAAACCAAAACAUUGCCAUGCUGGUGAACUACUGAAACCUUUUUUCGGGACAAUGUCCUCCUUCUCCUUGCUGUAUCAUUUUUUCUAAUACACGUGCUGUCUGUUGUGGUUUGAUAGGGGCUGGGCUUGGUGCCGUAGCGUACCUGGGUCUGCGUUUGUGAUUGGUUGGGAGGAAGUAAUGACUGUAGUAAAAGCUACAUGAUAGGCUAUGAUGAAAAAGAAAGGGAAACUGUGUUUUUCUAUCGAACUUUUUAUCGACCCGUUUUUUUUCUAUCGCACCACACGUCUAUCGAUCAAUAUAUAUUGUUAUCGAAUUAUCGUCCAGCACUAGGUGACAUGCUCCCUUUCAGCUUGUUACGAUUAGGCUAACUCACAGUUGACGUUUUACACCACAUACCAAAACAUUUAGCAAACGCAGCAGGAGUCUGCGCUGUAGGUCCGAUGAUGAAAACACAAAUAACCUUACAGCUCUGUAACUUCUGUGUGUUCAGUGUGAAAGUGACGUUUUUUAUUUCAUGUCUUCUUCUGUCCAGGUUUAGUUUAGUCUAGUUCUGUUUUGUAGUGUGAUUUCAGUCUGACUGACGUGUUUACAUAAAUUUCAAAAGUACAGUGUCAGUCAGACAAACAUAAUAAAUCAUUUUUUGACAGCCUCUGGGACUUCUAUUCAGUGCAAACAUAAUAUUCAAUAAUAUAUUAUUCCUCCCACAUUUAUUCUUUUUUUUUUGUCACAAUCAUAUUAUAUUUGUAACAGGGUUCCCACCCCACUCUCACAUCUCUCACAACAUAAAUCACUGCCUGGAAGUGUAAGAAAUGCAGGGUGAUAUGUUGAAAAGUGAAAUUGGACUGAAAUAUUUUGUAUUUCACAAUAAAUGUUAAAUCACUUUAAAAGCAUUAAUAGUUAUACUCAAAUAAUAAUGAGUUACCAGAGAUAUACUACAUGUAAUACAGUAUUUCUUAAAAAGCUGGACCAAAUCCAAGUGUUUCUGUAGUCCUAAAACAGUCCAGGCUGUCCAUCUAAUCACUCAUGAUUUACCCAGAGGACCAGCUACAUCAGCAUGUAAUGAACCAGCCAACUAAAUGAGGUGACUUUAGCGGGAAUGAUUUUCUUCUCAAAUUGUUUUCUUUUAAAAAUAAAAAUCCCAUUAAGACUCAUUGAACUUUUGGACAAUGACAAAGAAGAGGUUUUUUUUUCUUUCUAUUUUUCUCUGAGGUCUUUUUUUUUUCAUGAUUACUGUUUGGUCUCUAAAUACUGUUUGAAUUCUGGCAUUGUUAAAAUUAUAGGUCUCAUUUUGACCGUAAGGAUAACAAUUAUAUUUUCCCUCAGAGGCUACUCAGAGAGUGGCCAUAAUAAAAAUGUGUUUUUUAUUGAUUUUGUGGGAGAUUACUGCCUGUAAUCAGUAAUGGGAAAAGUUCAACAGCAGGGGGAUGCUGGGGAAACAGGUGCGACAGCGUCUUAGUCGAGGGCACAUCAGCAAAAUUAAUGUUUGAACUUUGACCUGUUAAAGGACUAUUACCAUAUAGCUGGAUGUGUCACUGUGUCACAUAUUUACUUACUUUCUUGUGUUUCUCUUUUCUCUCAGACUAUUAGCCCCUGAAUAUACUAAGCUGUCUCUUUGCAUUAAUCAUAUGUAAGAUGAAACUAACCCCUCCAAGGAGAAGGCUUCGUAUCACUUUGGUUAGUAUUUUUAGUUAUGCCUCAUAGUAGCAGGACAACAACUGAAAGCCAAGGAAAUAUCUUUUUUGAUCUGUUUCUUACCUAUAAAACUAAGUUUUUAUACUAAUUGCAAGUUCACUUUCUGUUUUACUGCCUUAUGGGCAGUUUGAAUGGGCAUUUUCAUAAUUAAUUACAAGGAAAGUUAUAUUUUUUCACCUCUUACUGUCAAGGUUUCCAUGCAUUCAUAGAAGUGUAUAUGCUGUACAUGUAACAGAAUCAAUUACAUGCUGGACAACUUUAUUCAUACCCAUGGCGACAGCUUUUAUCUUGUAAAUAUGAAGUCAAUGCAGAGUUGUUAAAAACUGUAGUAGCAUAAGUCUAUUAGGAUCUGACUCCUAAAGGUUGUUUUAUUAUUGAUUACGUUUAUACAGCAAAAAUAAACAAGGUGGUCUGACAGGCCAUGAAUAAUGUUAUACGAAACUAUGACAGCCUCAUAAAACAUCUUCAAGCUACCUCAUGCUGUGCCAACAGCUGCUGUCCAGUGCAGAUAUCACAGUGGGCUCAAAGAAAAAGCUCAAAUGUCCCCUACAGUUAGAACAAUACUUAAACUAAAACAUAUUGGCUGUUUCUUUUUUCCGUCAGAUGCGAAUACAGAAAAUUUAAAAAGUUGUCACUGCUAAAAACACAUCAGAAAUCCCAGCACCUGCUAAAAAGAGCAAAAUCGCCAAACUGUUGAUCAAUACAGGUUAAACUUUAAAGUUCAAAAUACACUCCAACAAAAAAUGUCUUCAUCAUGAAAUAUUUCUUUGAAUCCUCGGUGUGGUGCUGAGUAAAAUGAAUUUCAGUCACUUUCUUUUGAAAGGAAUCCAGUGACAGACAAGAGGGGAGGAGCAAACACUAAUAAAAACAAAUGUGUCUAUAUUUUUGUGCAAUAUUUGCACAAGGAGAAAGAAUAAAGCUAUUUAUUUUGGUGCUAGGGUCACUUCUUUUCAGCCACUGAUUUUCCACCAAUUUAAGUUGAAUAGACUAAACACUUGAGUGCUGCAAGGUCAUUAAUUUUUAAGAGGGAGGUUACAUAACAUGGAGAGUAAGGCCAUGGGAGUGACCCAUUUUUAGAGCCAUUAUAAGGGUGAGGGAGAGGUAAUGGACUGUGUAAAACACUGGUGAUCAAAAUAUAUUUUGCCCAUAUUGAUGGAUCAGUUUUGAUAGAACAAGUGUGACUGUGAUGAUUGGGACUGUUCAGGCAGCAGAGAGGAACACCUGAUCUGCAUUUUCAGAGGGUUCAGUCCCAUUUCUAUGAGUCCUGCAGGGGAGCGCAUUUCAAUUCAGGCAGCUACUAGACACAGACGCAGGUUAAGUGGAUGCAUGUUGACUUUAUGAUAGACUAUAGGGAGAUAGAUAGAAACCAAUCAAGACCACAGACAUGCAGGCGGAGAGUAGAAAAGGGCAGAGGGAGGAAACAAAGCACUUGUUUGCAGUACAAUUAAAACACUGAGGCCAAGAGUGAGUUUAAAUUAUGAUGGCACACUUAAUCCGUCAACUACUUCUUAGCUCAUUUCCCUGAUGAGGGGAAAUAUGGAUGACUGGUCAACAUAAUGUAGCUACUCUCUAAAAAUAAGACCUCUUAAAAAAGUUUGUAAUAGAUUUUGAUAGUUUUUAAGUAUUGGUUUGUCAGCCAAGACAGCAGUUACCAUGAGAUGCUGGGAAGAGUGUUUUUUUAUUUCCUGUCUUUGCUGUAAUGUCAGAGAACAGCAUAGGUUUGGUUCAGAUCGGUAGAGUGAAAAUGAGGAAAGAAUAACAUUGUGAUUAAAAAGUUUGACUAUAUUGUUAGCUUAAACUACAUGAAGGAAAGAUGCUGCCACUGUUAUAUCAAAUAACGGUUUGUGGACAGUUAUAUUAAAGCCUAUUUUAAAGGUCUUUGAGGAAAUUGGUUGAUAUGUAUGAUUUAAAUUCUUCUUGUUGGAAAGAUGCUUAAAAAAUCUCACCUGGAGUUGUUUCAAGUUGAAAAAUGAUCAUCUUUUUUGAAGCAAUUUUAUUCCAUCAUUCAUGUCAGCCAUUAAGAGUGAUAAGAAGAACCUGAUAUUCUCAAAUUAGGCUCUGCCUUAGCCAGAGAGCUGUGUUAAAUUAUUCAAAAGUCAAAACUGAGGAUAUUAAAAUGGAACUGUAAUGAAUACCAUAACUGCAUAUUAAUAAUUGCAACAGGCCAAAAGUCCAGUCGAUCCUCUGAUAUGCAAAUCUGCCAAUAAAACCAAAUUUUAUAUCUAUGUGGCACUGUAUAAGUUGAAGAUUUUGCCAAAACAUCAUUUAACUGAGAAGAAACUCAUCAUCUCAAACAUGGUGUGUUAAUGAAAUCUCAAUGACAAAUUAUUCAAAUACUCAGAAUGAAACAUAAAAUUUUUGUGUUAAGGUACACAUGUAGCUACAAAUAUUGGAAGCUCACACUGAAAGAAAACUGUAAACUUGACACCUUCAUUGUAAACUAGUUUUAACUUUCUUAGUUCUUAUCUGCUUUUACUCUGAUAUCAGUUUUAUUAUUUGGUAAAUAUAUUAAUGCUCCCUAUUCAGCCAAUACCUGAUUUGGAUCACACACAUGCGCACAGACAUACACAAGGAAUCAAAAACACGGAUUAAAAAUGACACAGUGACUGUUUCUCUCAAUAUUUUAAUGAAUGGUUUAGUUUUUAAAAUAAAUGUAAACAAUGUGUGAGCUUAACUUAGCAUGCAGACAUUUCUCAGGUUUCAUGAAUCCCUUAAAAAAGCUAUCCAACCAAAUGUUGUCACUAAAUUAUUUUAAGUAAGAACCGCAAUAGCUCAUAAUCCACUCAGUGUCUCUCUAAAUGGUCAGUGUCACUAAAUAUGUCCAGCAACAAAAGAAAAAUCAGAGUCUUUAGCAAAUCCAUCAUUUCCUGAGGCAAGGAAAAAAACAGAUACUGUAGGGUGUGGUCCAUAAAUUCAUGAAAAAAUUCAGGUUUUCAUUUCUACCAAAGAUGAAUAUAAGGCUAUUUUUUAUGAUUGGCUUCUCCACUCCAGCUGAUAUAAGGAAAUUGUAUCCUUCCUCCUGACACCGGAGUUAAAAAUCUUUCACACUGAGAGACUAUGACUGUUAUAACAAGCUAAAUGUUAACGUCAGUAUUGCACACAUUGGUACACAUCUUUCUCGCAAUCUGUUUUCAGUCUCUUAUCUGUGACAGUAUCCCUUGGAGACAUGCAUGUGUGCGUCCCUACUGUAAAGUGAACUGUCUUUGUCUCCAUUUCCCAGCUCAUUAUCGGAGCAGGUUCAAGGAGAUGGGUACUCAUUUGCAUAGGCAGCCCGGGGCUGGAACCCCUGUGUGUAGCAGCCAGGUGAUUCAUGCCAUCUCCUACAGUCUUAUUUUGCAGAGGAUUAGAUUAAAACCAAUCAAUCAGCCUAGAUCACCCUGACCCACAGGAAAAAUGAGCUCUGAGACUGCCAUAAGACCAGCCUAUAUGUUUCUUGCCCUCUCGGAAAAGACCAGAAUAGACCCAUUUGUCGCACAACCACGGCAAUAUUGCAGGUCUAUCAAUUCUGUUAAAUUCAGUGAGGAGACAUUUCUGAAAUUCCUGCAAAACUCACACAGCGAGAGGCCAACCCAUGUGAGCAUAAAAAUUCAAAUAAAGGAAAUGUAAAGUGUUGUGGGGUGUGAGGGGUUUGAUCUGUUAACAUGCUGAUACAGCCACCACAAGAGAUCCUGAACAAAGAACCAGUCAACAAAAGGACAUAUUUCUAGCAGCAACUAUAUGUAAAUAAUACCUGUAGUUUCCUCAGGUGGUAUUAAAAAGAGUAUUGCCCAUAGAAGAGAGAGGAGGUUCAGAGAUCCAGACUGGUCACUUUAGGCCCAGAUGUUCAGAUAGUAUUUUUGAGGUCUGAAAGAUUAACUUAUUUGAGUGUUUGGAUCUCAGACAUGUGAGCGACGUGGGGGAACUAUUGUAGUCCAGACAGUAUGAGGAGUUACUGAAGACAAAUGUUACUAAGGGAAAUUAGUAUAUCUUUCAGGGAAGCUGUUUGACUACACACAGUGAAGUGCAGUUCAAUUAGAUUAUUGUAAAUUGUAUAUCUGGAGCCCUGAUGGAAAACACGAUCACCAAAAUUUUCACAUGUAUUUAACUGAAAGACAUACUAGAUACUACAUAUACAUGGGGGAAAUUUUGAUUUCAAAGGUGGGGGACACACGUGUGACUUCAGUACUGUUGAGUAUUGUUGAGACAUAUAGCCUAGCAAACAGCACAACUUGCACACACAGUGACAGAGGAGGCAAUACGGCCAGUGGGUGGAUGGAAGUACAAACCUAAUACAGAGAUGUAAAUGAAACCUCUGAUGAAUGUGGCGUUAUGGAGGGAAAAUGAACACUGCCCUCCUGUAAACUUACUUUGGCAGAUAGUGAUAUUUAUGGACUGACUCUUAUGAGCAACUUGCAAAAUACUAGUCUGGUGGGCAUGGAAUGACUGACGGCAGGGAUAGCCAAUCACACACAAAAAGCAGACCUGUGGCAGAGCCGAUGAAGGACCUUGUGGGCGGUCCAAACUGAGGGAAACCAGUUUUUGGCUUGAGUGACCAUUUAGUCCUGGUGCCUGACGUGUAUUGGUUUGCUGUAGCAUAAAGUAACAUUGUUUUCAGACGGUUGAAACUAACAAAUUACAUCCGUGCAUACUAGUCAGAAGUUUUAUAACUCUUUAGAGAAAUUAGGAAAAUGUGCAGCAAUGCUUACAUAAGAAUAAUGAGGGGAGGAGAAGGUGCUAUCUCAAAGUUAGGACACUUUCUGAAAUGCUUCUUUGACACAUUUUUUGCGAACAAGAUUAUAUUUAAUAAAAUCAAUAUGAAGGAAACACGCUCAGCAUGCCCCAUGAAGCCAAAAUACUUGAAAGUCUGUUUGGUGCCUCUUCUAUCUGCUAAUUGGGUGAUGAAUACUGUACAGGUCUUCUUCAAACAUCAAGUAACUGGUCAGGAGUGAAUCACUCAUUAAAGUGAAAACUAUCAUAGUUGAAAUAAUGAUCACAACAGAGAGCAUGUUUGAGGAAAUUUUAUUUGAUAUGUAGAUGAAUGUUUUUGUUUCACCCAUGUCCCAUCUGUUAACAUGGCAGGCUUUAUGACUGUACUGCAGCUAGCCACUAGAGGAUACUUUGGAUUAACAUUUCUGUGGUAAUUUAACAGCUAAAAUAAGUCACAGACCUCCUGGAAUAAGCGAAGGAAAUUUUCCUCACGAUAGCUCAUACUUUAAAAAAUUCAUCCAUCACGUUGCAAGCAAUCAUAGCUGAGACCGUCCUGUACGGCUCACUCAGGCCUCUGCUAGCUUUACGAUGAUGGUCGACUAGAGGCCUUCCCGUGAGAGCCAAAUGAAAGCAUGGGAUGAAAUUAUGCAAGGUUAAUGUUCUCUUUAGAUAAAAUAUGGUAUAAUAUUUAUAAACUCUCCACUUUUUGUGCAGACCACUGGAGGGUGCAAAUGUAGACGCAUGGAUGGGGUUAUGCAAUUUUAAUGGCAUCACAUGGUAGAGCAUGUUCAUAUUAAUGUGACCAAUAUAUAGUGUUAUGUCAGCAAAGUGAAGGCACUCUGAAGAAACCCAUCUGAUAUUUUCUACUUGACUGAGGUACUCUGCUCAUCAAAAAACAUCACUUUAAUUGACUCUUUCCUUAUUUUCAGUUCCAGUCACUCAAGACUGGAUUCAUGUUUUAACCCAGAUGUAAGAGGCGCUGGUGGAGAAGGUUGUGAAUUUCUUAAUUUUUACAGUGAGUUGGCUGAGAAUCUGUGUGAAAUUUUUCUUUGAAAAAAUCUUCACUCAAGCAAAAGUCAAAUACUAUCAAUCUGAAUGUAUUUAGAAGGAUCAUCAGAAACAAAAAUCCUCUUGUAUGAAGACAUUUGUGUUGCUAUCAAACAGGCAACACAUAUUGUUGGCACAUUUUUGUCUUGCAUCAAAGAGUAAAGAUGCUGUUGGAUCCCUACUUCCCCUGCAAAAAGUCGACAGUUUUAACACAAGAGCAAGUAGAUCUAUUUCCUACCCUUGAAACAUGUUGUACUUUUUUAAAUGGCUUUUGUGCUGUGAACACACAUGUGGGUUUCAAAGUGAAUGGGUUCAUAUGUUUUACACUGUGAGUACUCCUACAACCGAUAAAGAAACUCAAUGGAAACCAUCUACUUUGCAGUUCAUGUGCCAUUUAACUAUCAAAAGAUUAGUUGGACAAGCCCAGAGUCCACUCUUACCAUGUACUUUGGUCAAGCCUGAAUCUGUCCAAUUGUGUGGGUGUGAAGUAGUUGAUAAAACCGAAUAGCAGGAUCUGAACUGCCAAGAUUUUCACUGUAAAUUUUGAGCCUAGUUUUAUGACUGGACCAAGUUAUAAUUUGAACAGGUGGUUGUCUUUAUUUAACUAUCACUUCUCACCUUCUUGAUUAGAGCUUGUGGAGCUGCUUUAUUAAAAUGUCUGAUUCAAACCUCUUUUUCUUUGAAGGUUUCAGCGCACAACAGCAGUCAAUACUCAUAGUAGCUGUGUAGUUUUUGGUACGAGAGCACUACAGCAAAUUUUCCAUGUUGACAUUAGGUUGCCUUUUUUUCUUUUUCUUAUAAACCUUAUUGUCUACAUCUAAGUGUCCUCUUUGUGUCUCUUGCUCUCACAGGAGAGGAAACUAUCUGCAUUCCCAACCAUAGAGAUCUGUAGUGCAGAUGUCACCAACUACAUGGUUCCUCUGGCACGUCAGACAGACUUCUUUGUUCCAGAGAUGAAGGAGGAGGUGAAGACAGAUGUUAAAGAAGAGGACUCUGAUGAAGACAGGGGAACUGACAUUACAGGUAAUUGUGUGAAUAGACUGAUUUUUCUGCAUUUUUUUUUUAGGUUUCAAAUCACUGCUGCAGGGCAGAUGUCAGCUAAAGUGACCAAGUGUAAGCUGCUGAAACAGCUUUCUUUCUUUAUCAAUUAAGUCCGUGACAGGAGCUUUAAUCUGAGGCAACAACUGCUGCUACUUUUGAAGUAUCCUAAAUGUAGGAUGUAUGUCAGAGCAGAUUUGUUAGUGCAAGUUAGCCUGAAAGCUCUCAGUUUGUUUGUAAUCCAAGGGAUGCAGGCCAAAUUGCCUCAAUAAACUUAUUACAUUCAGAGAAACUGGAUGGAUGACAUGUCACUUAGAUGGCUUGUCUGAACAUCAUAUUUGUAUUUCCACUAGUUUAAGAUGAGAUAAGAUGAGAUGAGAUAUGAUGAGAUAAGAUAAGAUGAGACAAAAUGAGAUAAGAUGAGAUAAGAUAAAAUGAGAAAAGAUAAGAUAAGAUAAGACGAGAUGAGAUAAAAUGAGAUAAGAUAAGAUGAGAUGAGAUAUACUCUAUUAAACCUUAUUGAUCUGUCACAGGGGGAAAUUGUUAUAGCAGCCUAAAAAACAAGGGAUAGGGAAGUACAACAAUAUACUUCCAAAGAUUAAGUGGAAAUAUAUUAAAGAAAAACAAAAAAUAAGAAUAAAAAUCACUGUAUAUCCAUAUGUAGACUUUGAAAUGACAGCUAAAAUGGUUGUUGUACAGAGUUUCAGUAGCUUGCUCAGAUAUUUUUCACUCCAUUAGUACCUAAUGUGGAUGAAUGCCCAGUUUGUUCAACCCCGACAGAACAGCCAAUUAAAGGUGUCCCUCAUAUUGGUUGUUUACCAACAUUCCUCUCUUAAGCACCUCAGUAUCAGCAUCAUAAAACCCACCUCAUUAAGAAUUAAAGGUCAUAAGUGUAACCAUGGCUGGAAAACUGUUUUCACAGAAGGGAAAUCAGAGGCAUCUCCAAGAGUAAAAAAAAGUUUGCAGUUUUUUUUUUUUCGUAGUCCAAGCGACUCCAAGAAAAGUAACACUUGAUACCAUCAGCCAAAAAAGCUCUCCGUUACAUCACAAUUGCACACACUUAAAGAAAUGCCAGUUUGUUCACUGUAGUUUUAAGAAAACUUUUUAGAAAUGCUGUGUUUGCUCCAUUAGGUAUGCAGUUUGUGCCAGUACAGAGCAAACAAAAGAGAAUUAUGUGGCAAUUCUUGUUUAGUCAGACACUUUACUGACCCCUCAAUCUGUCCAUGGUCACUGAGGACGUGUAUUAUAGGAGACACUGUUACUGUUUUGUCACUACAACUGUGUUUCUUCAAGCACAAUGUAUUCUCUGGUGCUUCUAUUCUUCCAAACCUGCUGGACCUGUGGGCUGAACCUGUGGCAAUAUUGACUUUGCCAUUGCACAAAUCACCAGAGAGAGAAACGGUGUCGGGUUGAUGGGACAGAGUGGGUGGAGGUAGGCUGAUGCAUAUUAUGUGCUGUUUGGCUUAAACUUGGAAUCUGCUGCAUCUCUUAGUGCAAAAACAUGUUACUUAUGCUAUGGGCAAUGUCUUUAUUAUAAUUGUAUUUGUAAACACUCAACAUACAUACUGUUAAAACCAUAGACUGUAUAAAGAAUGGACAGAGUCUGCCUCCUCGCUGGGUGAAGCCACUCCAAGAACAGCACCCUCUGUUGAUGGGCUGCAGAAUAGGUCAUAAAUCCCGCCUUCACCAGCAAAGCUUAUGGGGCUGUGGACCAACUUUAGAAAUUUAUUACACAGAACAUGGGCUUUCACACAUUAUUCGAGGACAUGGAGGGAGCAGUGUCUGCCUCACAACCAGUCAGGCCGGGGAGGUGAAGAACGGUUUUGUUUACAGUCAGAAUGAGUGGCCCGCUCAAAAAUAAGAUGUUGACUAUACAGACAUAACAAAACACAGCAAUAUUGUUGUAAUACCAAAUGUCAUCAAUAGCUAAUAGCUAUUGACUGAUAUUAAAAGCUUUUUUGUAUAUACACCACAAAAAAGAUGCUUCUUUAAUGCAUUCCUGCCUACCCCACCCUUAAGUAAGUAUUGUUGUUUGUUUUUGAGGCAUGCACUUCAGCACUGCCAGCUCAGGUGUUGUAAGUUAAACAGCAAAUUGAAAGCAGAUGUGAGGGUGUAUGUUUGCACUAUUUGUGGACAAAGCUGCUGCAUCAUUAAUCUAAGUGUUAAUGAGUUUGUGUGUGCAUAUUACAUGAAUUUAAGGGUUUAAUAACUGUAGUCAGAAUUAGAAUAGUUUUAAUAAUAGUUUGUAAGUGUGUGUGUGUUUAUGCUGUCUCAGCCACGGCUGAGCUUUCCUAAUGAGAGACGGAUCAAUCAAGGAAGCAAAGCUUUUCCUGACAAGCCAACUGUGGAAAUCCCACCCCGGCACCUGGGAGAUUGGCUUCCACUUUUUAUCUCUCAACUCAACUGUCCACAUUAUAGACCAUCGUGACCAUAAACUCUGGCAGUGCUUGAAACAUUUGUCCAGCUUUUACCACACACUGGCAGCGGUAAACACUGAUAGAGUGAAAACAUUUUCGUGAUAAUCUGGUGAUCACAGCAGCCAGUGUUUGUGCUGAGAGGAGCUUGUUAAUCCAGCCUCAGAGUGAAACAGGCCAGGGAGACUCAUUUUAACCCUGUUUAACACUCUUGUAGUAAAUAGUUCAUCAGGAAAAAUCACUUAAUAGGGUGCAUAGUAGUUCCAGCUACAAAAAAACCCUACAAAGGUUAUAUCUAUGGUCCACUCAUAAAUGUAUUAUAUAGGCACAUGCAUGUAUAACUCAUGUGAUUGUAUUUACUGCAUCAUAUACAUCAUUUACUGAUAAUUCUCAAUAAAAAUGCACCCAUGUUUUUGUCCUCUUAUUUUAAUGCUCCUGAAAACAAGUGAAUAAAUGCAUCUGCUUUUAGUGGGGUUGAAAAAACUUUGAAAGCACUUUUUGAACUUUUUGAUUGAAAGCAAAAUAUGACAAAGGAAGCAGAUUUUGCCAAAAUACAAGAAGAAUCAUCCUGUCAUGUGUUUGAAUGUUUAUUGUUUGUUUAAGGCCUGAAAUCUUUUAACUAAGCUCUCUUAUAAGGCCCUUAAUAUCUUUAGUUUAUAAAAAAAUAGAAUUUGUUCCACACUUCAGUUUGAUCGCAGUGCACAUCUAAUAUUAAUAACACUUAAAGCCGAAAACAUACAUACUCGUGUUCCCAUACUCUUUUUACAUAUAUUAGAGGCUCAACAGUCACUGAAUUAUAUCCAAAUUAGCAGGAAAUAGACCACAGAAAGGCAAAACAACCUGUUGUGAGCAUGUUUUUUUCACUAUGCUGAGCCCAGCUGACCGGGGCUGCACUACCCUGCUGCCCUGCUCCAAAUAUGCAUCCUGUAUGUAUGCGAUACCCAAUGAUGCUCUACGGAGAAAAUAUGGAACGCGCUUAAUAUGGAUCCUGUAUGUUUUCGGCUUUAUAAUAUUAGACUUUAUUUAUAUAGCACUUUUCAAAACAGGAUUACAAAGUGCUUUACAAAUUAAGAGACACAUAGGAGAGAAAUGAAAAGACGACAAAGACAAAAAUCAUAAAGUUUGAACAACACACUGGUGAUUUAACAUAAGAGAUAUAAAAACAGAUAAAUAGAGCAAAAAAAGGAUUUUACGCCAUAUUAAUAUUCCCACAGUGGUGGAAAAAUUUAAUCCUGCGUUUGUUUUGUUCUCUGUUACAAAUUCUGUUCUGAAUGUCGUUCAUUUUUGUUAUUUCCUGAAGUCAUAUGAAUAAACUUAAUAUGAACACUAACUUCAGCUACUUAAAGAAUGAAUGUACUUUUUGCUAUUUUUCAAUUUAUGUUAUUUGUACUCUUAGAAACAAAGUUUCACAAAUUCUCAGUCAGUCUACAUAUUUUUAUGUUUAGCACCCCUAAUUACUCAGUCCUCGAGGCCCUACUUCAGACAAGAAUAUCCAAAUUGUGUCUGUACUGACAUCCUGGUAAUUCUUUUGUCACUGUCACUCUCUUCUGGUUAUUUAUCUAGACUUGAUCUCUCAGCAACCCUCAGACAUGAGUUGAAGGUGGCAGUAGCUCAGGAGGUAAAGAGGUCACCCAAUAACUCUUAAGGUUUGUGGUUCAAUUCUCCACUAUCCAGAGUCUGUCCGUUGUGUCCUUGGUAAGACACCCACCUUGCUCCCAUUGUGUGUCCUCCACUGGUAUAUGAUUAUGGAUGUCAUGUGGUGGUGGUCGGGGAGGCCGUAGGCACAAACUGGCAGCCAUGUUUCCGUCAGUCUGCCCCAGGGCAGCUGUGACUACGAAGCUACUGUACCACCACCAGGGUGUGACUAUGUAAGUGAAAGAAUGAUGGAUCCAAUGUAAAGCAGUUUGAGGGUCUCUGAUAAAAAAAAAAAUCAGAUUCAUUUUUAUGUCUGUGUUUCAGUAUCUCUUAAAAAUUUCUGAACCUUUAUUUCAAACAGUUUGAGGAAUCUUGAGUCACUGCUAAUUUUCCCAAUGGGCCUAAUUUAGCCAGUAUUUUUGGGGCAGUCCACUCAAUUAGGUAAAGAAAAGAGAUCCAUUAUUUUCAGUUGAAUUUUUUGUAUUGAAAAAUGAGUCUCCCUGGGAUAAAUGCUUCGAUUCAACAGAAAAUUUAAUAAUAAAAAAUCCCCAUGUUUAGUCCAUCAAUCUGCAUUUUAAAGCAAUACCUCUGAGACAGAUCACAUUUACACUGGACCUGUUCCACCAAAUACAGUCCCCAAAGGUUUUGUUAAGAUGUGCUAGCUAAUCAACAGGCCUUUUUAUAGAUCUCAUAAACAACCUAAAUUGACUUCCCAUCUAUAACAUUUUUCACUGCAGACAGGAUGAGAUCUGUUAGAUGUGAUAAUUAGAUUGCUGAGUGAUGUUGAGUUUGGGAAGAAUGAACAGGGAGAGUGACCUGGGUCCAGCGCUCAGAGACUCCCUGUUUAUUGUAUUUGGGUCCCUAAAGAUACAUUUGGUGUAAACCCACUUUGAUAUGUGGAUGAAAUCUAUUUGGGGUGUGAAGCUAGAGGGAAAAUAGCUUGGACAGGGGCAUUUCAGUGACCUUUUGGAUGGUCAAAUUAACUCGAGUCAGAUUUUAUUAAUGUUUAGAGGUAUUUUAUUAGCUGAAGAAAUGUGGUGUACAAACUGUCUACUGUGUGUGUACACAGAUAAGAAAAGUUUUGAAAAAUUGAAGUAACUUAAGUGCAGAACAAACGUUUUAAUUCUGCUUUUUGUUGAGCAAAUUUAGUCAGAUGAUGAGUCAUCCACCUUAGCUUGCACAGCUUGAACAUUAGCUGCCAUACAAAACGCAGAUUAUUUAUAGGUUGUCUUAUUUUUUCUUCAUCUUGUGUGCCUCUGAAGUUUCUUCUGGAGGACCAACUGUGGAAAGCUCAGUGACUAAUGUUUGCUGCGUAGGUUGAAAAUGUGAAGUGCCUUAUAAUUUUUAAUGCUAUUUUUCAAGGUGUAAUUUUAGGCGGUUUGGGUAACAUUUGUCUCUUGUUUGACUUGAUUUCAACUUCAACCUCACUCUCCUCACACUUAGGGCUGCCUUGUGUAUGAACCUUUGACCCUUGUGCACAAUAAAUUUUAACUUUUCUGUUAAUUUUCCCUGAAAUUACUCUGUUUCAGCUUUACAGCUGUGCACAUUACAUUUAUGUCCCUGUUUGCCAGGAUUUAAGGAUAAUGAAUGGCCGUCCGUUCACAUGGAGCCAUAGAUCAAAGGCCAAUUAAAAUCAGGAUAAGUCUGAAAGCAUUAGCAAGCUGAUCAUGUGGGUGAGAAAAUCUCCAUCAAUUAGGCUAAUGGACGUUCUUCUUGAUGGUUUCAGAUAUAUGAUAUGAGCUUCAGACGUUGGUAGAGAGAACGCUUCCUCCCCCUAGAGCUAUAGAUAGCUAUGUAAUGGCACAGCACAAGAAAAUGACAUACAUAGAAGCAGUGGGAGUUCUUUUUUUAUUUAAAACAUCCUUCCCUGUUAACAAUAAUAAUCUGUUGAGUGCAGAUGACACAUCAAAUCCUUAUGUGCUGAAAUAUAAAAUUAAAAGCUUACAUUUUGCCAGAAGUGCUUUGAUAAAUUUCAAGUAACAAAAAAGCAGAGCUGAGCUAUGAUUGAAGGACAGCAGAGAUGUAAGGUUGCUUUUUCUCUGUUUCAUUUUUUUAACUGAUGUAAACAUCAACAAUGCAGCUUUAUCUAGCUCAGUGUGUUUCUUUGAUUAUUUGGAGAAUGAGUUGAAUAAUGUUUAGUUUAGUAAUAUUAAAUAUCAUUGAAUUAAUCAAAAGUCGCAGGUGUACUGAUAGCUCCUCCAAGAUUAAUAUGAGUGGCAAUAGUGGUCCCCUGAAUGAAACAACAAGUUAAUAUUGAGUUCCAACUUAUCCUCUCCCGACAUCUACUGAAUGUAUGGAAUAUUCAAAAAGCAUUUAUGGUGUCCACAGGAUCAAUCAUAGUAACUUUGGAGGACCCCCAGCUUUUUCUGUAGCAUAUGAUUACUGAGUUUUGAGUUACUUUUUUUUUCAUUCAUCUAGAUCAGUGUUGUCCAAUUUCGAAUAUCUUGAUAUUGUUUGAUAACACAUAUCCAAAAGGAUACAAUCUUGUUCUUAAUCAGGGGCAAAUUUACCAAGUGUUUUGGAAAAAAAUACCACAAAUCUAUAGUUUUAUUUUCAACAAAAAUCUGCCGUAAAAAAAAAAAAAAAACUGAAACAAAGGAGUGUUUACGCUUUGUUCCUUUUGUCAGUGGAAGCGGCAAAGUGCUGAAUGUGUCCCUGCUUUUCUGCACCAUAGCUGAGACAAAGUAAACUGUUCUCAUUUUUAUCUAUUUUUUCAUUUUAAUUUUUCUUUAAUUUCCUUGAGGGAACUCCCAAGAACAUAGAUAAAGUUGUAUCUGAUCUAAUCUAAUCUAAUCUAAUCUAAAUAAAACUCGAGGAAACUUUAACUUUUUGGUCACUAUCAUGGUCAUCUUCUGUCGUCAUGCUAGUAUCAAUAUUGUUUGGUCUUCACUGUGAAAAACCUCACGGUGAAGUGUAUGUAUUGUUGCUUCUUUGGUGAACCUCAAGGCUCUUAACUAGAACUUCCUCUCUUUUUUGUGUAUGUCCAUGUUUUAAUAGAUGGGUUUCUUGUGUACAAACAAUACUAGGUGCACGUGCAACCAGGGGGCAAAAGCCUGCUUGGGGGUGAACUGAUAUCAAUGAAGAUGCUGUAUUGUUUGCAAGUUCCCCCCUGACACAGUUGCAAUAAAAUGUCAUUUCAUUGAAAAAUCCCUUUGUUUUCAUUACAUCACAAAUUCAAAAAAAAAAAAAAAAAGAAAACACACUUACUGAAAUGUCCAUGAAUUUCACUCAAUUUACCAGGUUGUGACGUUUUUUUUAGAUGUUUCUAACAUCAGGAGCAGAGUCGUAAUGUUUGCAGAUUGUCUGUUUUGCCGAUUUGUGCAGUUUACAGCACAACAGCUCCUUGUCAUUUUCUUUCUCUGUUGACUCCGCUAGGAAACAAAUAAGAACUGUCCGCUUUCUGCCCCCUGGCUGCACGUGCAUACCUGUGAUGACGUUGCACAGAAACCCAUUUAUUGGAUUAAAAAAGAAGCAAUUUGAAUCUAAUUCUUAAGUUCUUUAGUUGUUCAAGUCUGUUGAGAAUGCCUAUACUCCGCCUUUUAUUAACCCCAGAGAUGUUGACACAAAUAAAUGUAAUAAAUUUGGUGAGAUUUUUUCAGAAACACUUCUUAUGCUCAUCUCCCAUAUUAUCUGCUCUGUAAAUCUAGCCAUGAAUGCUUUUCAAAUUGAUGUGGUUUUCUGCACUCUUACAGAAGGUAAUUCACUAUUUUUGUGUUGCCGCAGGUGCAGACUCUCACAGUGAUGUGAGCUCAGUAAGUGGAGGUGUUCCCUGGGACAGCAGAGAAACAUCCCUGGCUGCCUCCACAGCUGCCUCCUUGGCCUCAUCCCUGCCUUUGAGGGACGUAGUGGACAUCAACGAAGACAUUAAGUUCAGAGACCAGAGUGACAGAGGCUCAAACGAGUCUAUGGGCAGUGGCUCGUCUUUUGAAGAGCUUGACAUGGAUCAAGAAGAGCAGGAGGUGAAGGAAGAGAAGGAAGAGAAGGAACACAAAGAAGAAGAGGUGGUAGCGGAGGAGGAGAAGGUCCCUGAGAGUGAGGAGGGGGAUGGAGAAGAAGUUGAACUAAUGGCAGAGAAGAAGGAGCCCUUGGGGGAUGGCGAGGAGUAGGGGGAUGCUGAGGAGAUAAGGGAUGCAGCCACACUGGCAUGCUAGAGAGUUUCUCAGUUGUUGCUGGUUAUCUGUCGUGUAAUCUGGUUGGUGGAGCUAAUUCUGUUUAUGCCAUGACCAACAUGCCAUAUUUCUGCGCCUUGUCAUUCUGCUUAUUAAAUCCUGUAAUUUUAUUGUACUGUUGAAUCCUUCUUAUAAAAUAAUCCCUGAGCCUAUAUCAAAACCGUCAAGAUUGAGCAACAACAUCUUAUAUAUAUACGUAUAUUUUUUACUACAAUUUGACAUGAAUCCCAUUCGUUUCUGUCCAGAUUAGAUGUGACAGCUAACAGAAUCAUCACACAGCAUGUUUUGUCCCUGUUUGUCUCUUGAUACAUGAUCCUGAGGUCAUAUGUCAAGAGAGCUUAUGUUGUGUGUUUGUGAAAGCUGUCGGAGUUUUGUCACUGAUGGAACAGAAGUGUGCAGGACCUAAUCUUAUAGAGACAUCCACGUAGUUGUUAUUUUUUUAAAUCCUACAAAUGGAAAUUAAAUCCAAAUCAAUAUAGUGGACUUUCAGUAGAUGACACGAGUGACCAGGAUUAGGUUUUAAAAUAUCAUUUAAGAUGUAAACUUUUUACUUUGGACAACGUAAAGAUCUUUAUUAUAAUCACUCUGCGCUUAAUCAGUUGCUUCACAUUUUUACCAUAACGCCCCCUCCCAUAACUUUCUGUUAAACCCCUCCUCCUCCGCUCUGUUUGAUGCCAAAACUUUCUCACUUUGAGAGACUAGUUCUGAUCCGUGUGUAGGUGGAAAUCUGGUAAAAUGAUGUACAGUACAUUGCCAUGGUUGUGUAUUAUGUCUGUAAUAAAAUGUUUGAAUGAAAAG